GGGGAAUGGUUUACGAAGAGUCUGGCAACCAGUAUCCCAUCUGUCACUUAUCUGUCAUCGGGCAGGACAGUCACAUUAUUCUAGAAGAGAAGCAUUAUUUCACUGAAGACAAUUAAAAAGCUGUCACUGACAAAACGGGAGGUAUGGGUGCUGGAGAGAGUACGACCAGAAAAGUGUCUUUUGGUGUUGAUGAUGAGGAAAGAGUCCGAAUCCUCCGCGGAGUCAAGGUAAAGCUAAUUUAGCUAGCGUUUGAUAAGCUAACAUUACUUUUAUGUUACGCCCAUCGCCAGGCUAAGCUAGCUGUUAGCAUGUUGGUGCACAUUUAAUGAAGUUGCCAGUGUCUUUUGAAAGGAAAUUAUUGCUAAACGUACAAUGUGUGAGAAGGCUGCUGACAGGGGGAAGAUGUAAAGGGAUGCAGGGGCUGGGGCAGGUCGAGAUGAGACCUGAAACAACCCCUUUUUUGGAUGCGCCAGACUCCAUUCAUAUAAAGCGAUAGAUGUGUAUGUGUCGUGGAUAUCAGUGAAUUCACAUUUCUGAAGGAUAACUUGCAUCGUAAUGAAUACUCUUUGAUGCCAUGUGUAAUUCGGCGUAUAUAUUAUCUUAAAUGAAAGGCAUUUUUUUUUGCAAUUCACCCACAACGCUUGUCAGUGAUGUAGAUAACGCGUCUAGCUAGCUGUCAAUAAGGCGAAUGAAUCGUCAAUGGAAGCAAGCAGUACGAUGAAAAGUAUCAUAGUGAUCGGUUGUUAAAUUUGGGACAUUUUUUUCUUUCAUGUCUCAACAGUAUCCUUUGUGGCUCUAGCUACAAAGAUGUUUGUUACAGCCGGGGUGACACUAAAUUGACCAAAUACUAAAUGGGGUUUGGCUAUCUGUUGUCCUAAUGACACUGCUGACUUCACGUGUUGCUGUAGAUUUUGGAUUUUUGCCCAUUGAAAGCUGUGGAUAUAUAACUAAGGAAUACAAGAGUAUAGCUAAACAAAAUGUCUGUUAGAUCCAGGCUUCAAUUCAUUUCUAAAGUUAUGAUAUAGGGGCGCCAGGAAUGCACGCACUGUAGCUGCACCAUGAAUAAAAACGGGAAUAUUUUGAUGCCCUUGUGCAGUAUGUAGUAAUAGAGAAAAUACAGUUUACUGGAGAAUUGUUCUUCUAACAGCAACUCCCUUGGUGAAGGAUGAGAAUUCAUGUCCUCACAUGAAAACCUGUGUGCAGGUGGGGGCAGUAAAACAAUAGGAUUAUGUGCAGGAGAGUGAAUAGGUUAAAGGAACAGUGUUUGUUAUUCAGCAGCAUUCAGCAGAACAGACUGUAUAGAAAUAGAAUAUAAUAUUUAAAGGUACACCUGAAUAAGUGAGUAAUCCCCUAAAUACACAAAUCAGUUUGUGUUUGUGAACUUAAAAUUAGCCUUUUAGAUCAGGGAAGGAACUGGUCCCUUUGCACAGGGUCCAAGGUAUUGCAGUAACAUGCAGUAACACAGGAUGGACAGUAGUCAGUGAAGAGGAAGACAGUGGUUGUUGUGCACAAAAGAAGUUCUGGUUGAUGAUUUUGAUUGUAAAAACUUGUCAAAUAGAGUUUAUACUUAUUAUGUGUCACAGGAACCUCCUGUCCUUAAAGACCACCAUCACUGCCAAGAGGGGUGAGCAAGGGGGGAUCUGUUAUUGAUAUUCCUUUUUAUAUUUUCUACACAAUACUUAACACAACUUAAAGUUACCUGAGGUGACUUAUUAUACAAAAAUGAAUAUUAUGUUAUCGUAAAUGAACUUGACACAAGCAAUUAUGCCAAAUAUUCCCACCUCUAUGCACUCUAAGCAUCAAACUGAUGAACAGAUGCACUUUGUUGAUUGACAAUAAAUAAAAACCUCAAAAUACUUGACAGGCUGAGAAACCUUUACUACUGCAUAAUUCAUGUGCACAGCCUUUAAUCCUUUAACAUCAUCCUAACAUCCACCAUUAGGUUCUCUUUAGAGCAUGGAUUGGAUAAUAGAGUUCUAUGCAACAGCAUUACCAUAUAUAAUAAAGCUAUGUUUUUCAUAGCAUCUAGCAGCACAGGUUUUGUUUUGGGUUUAUUCAGCUGAGGAGCAAAUUUACUCUAAAUGAAUAAAAAAAAUUCAAACAUUGACUGUGAAGAGAGUAAGUGAAAUCUGCAAGUAAAAAAGACAGGAUAAGUUGAAAAUUCGCCUUGGAGUUGAAAAUAUUACCACAGCAAUUCACGAUCAAAAGCUAAGAGUCAUUUAGAUUCUGUUUUGUAGUUUUAAUCUACUCAGAGGACUUUUUAAUGUUUAGUUUUAGUCGUAUUUUUAUCUUUUAAGGGCAGAGAGAGGCUUCAGUAUGUUCUUACUGUGCUGUAGAGAUGGGAGAAAUUGUGUCAAUGCACCUUUAUUUCACCAGCCUGUUUGAGGGUGAUUCCAGGAAGAGCUCACUCCUGACCACACCCAAACGGUGAUCCAUGGUGUUUGGUGUAAACUAGCUGAGUCUGACAGUAUAAAGGCCCUGAAAGAAUAAAGGAGAUAAACCUGUGCAAUAGCAAUAUAGAAAAGUUUGUAGUUGUGGCACUUGAAUGCAUCGUAGUGAUAAUGAAAUGUCUGUAACACGCAUAUAAGUGUAGAGACUUAUGGAUAUUCUUAUUUUCAUACUCUGCCUGCACAUUCAAAUGUUGUGAGUCAUAGAAACAGUGAGUCAGAGAGAGUGCCGGUCUGCUUUGGGUUUUUCUGGAAGCUAUAUUUAACAAUUUCCCCUGAACACACACACACACUUACACACACAGUCAGAGGAGAUGGGCUGACCCUGAUUUCAGGCAAAGUUUUCAGUUUAAUGUGUUUAACCUUAGAGAAGAUAAAGGAAUAAUUGAUUUAAACAGAGGUGCCAAAUGAUGUGCAUGAUGCUUUGUACUCCAAUAAAAUGUCAUUAACUUUGUAGAAACUUAAAAGCACCCAAACCUUAAAGGUUUACCCUGAAGUCUCAGUUCUUUGUUUUUGUGCUUGUCAAGACUAAAUUGUCUGUUUUGUUUGCACUUUAUCUCUCCGGUUAGCUCUCAGAAGAUGUUCUCCAGAGGAUGAAAGGAGUGGCCAACAUUGCUCCAGAGCGCAAACCUCCAACAAGCUCCAACAGCCAGAAAGAAACGGGUAUCUCACACCAUACAGUGUUGCUCUCUCACCAAGCUUUACCGAUUAGCAAAAGUUCCUGGAUAACAAAGUUAAUUGCAAAAUCUAUUUUGGGGUUUCCUAAUUUUCACCUGCGAUUUCAUCACUGUGGAUCUUUUUCUCCAACAGAACACAAGCCAAUAAUAUUUAUUGUCUCUGUCAGGUCCCUCAAACCCUCGGCCCCAGGCGAACUCCCAGAACCGAGCCCAGCCCAAGCCCCAGUCCACCACCAACCCCACCAGCAACAGCAAACCAACCUCCUAUGCUAAAGAAGAACAGAAAAAGUAGGUUGAAACAAAUUUGGGAAUUUUAUAAUCCACCUCUUGGCAACAUGUUUCACACUUUUCUCAGAGAUCAUUACCCUCUAAACUGAGGUUACAGAGUGCGACCCCAAUUCCAUAAGAGUUCGGAGGCUGUGUAAAAUAUUAUAUGCUGUUAUAUGUGUAAAAUUUGGUUUAGCAUUAUUUUGUUAAAAUGUGCUAGGUCUUUUCUGAGAAAGUCAUUGUCUAGAUGGCAGCAUCGGGUGCUUCAGAACCUGUAUAUAUAUAUUUUUUUUUUUUCAGCGUUAACGGUGCCAUCCCGGAUGUGUAAGCUACUCAUGCCAUGGGCACUAAUGCAUCCCCCAAAACACAAGUGUACUGAUAGCAAGCUUGGUUGUCCCUGUCAUACCUAAACAUCCGGGAUUUACAACUGUGUUCACUGUAGGACUGGGCGAUUAUAUGAUUGUAAUUAAUGAUUGUCAUAAAUUUCAGCUCGAUCACGGUGAUCAGCUGUGAGCAUGUUUAAUCGAACAAACAUGGCGGAAAUGUGCGUCACAAAGGCCAAUCAGAGUCCAGCUUUUCCUGCUCACUUCUGUAAGUUGCUGGAAAGUAAACAGAAUGACCAAACGUGGAGCUAAAUGUGGAACUGAGGGCAGCAAAAUGGAUGUCUGCCAUGACUUUGAGUCAUCCUCUGAAGACGACAUUAUUGAGAAGAAAAGUUAUUUAAUGUUGGUUUCGUGGCGGUGGUUGGGGUAUCUCCAAAGUGGCGUUGAACAAUUAAGCCGAUGUGAAAGGGUAUGUCGGUGCCCUCAAAAACCGGCAACACAACAGAUCCAUUUCAUCAUUUGAAGAAGUACAGCCUGCCACUGCUGACAGCACAAGUAGCAUUAGCAGCUGAGCUACAACUAGCGGUGCAGCCACCAGACCAAAGCAGCAAUCAAUCAUAUCAUCUACGUUUACAUCAUCUAAUGUUUACAUUUUAAGGCAUCUUCAUUAUCCCUGAGGGGGCGAUUUAUUUAUUUUGGGUCUUGCAUACCUGCAAAAACACUCAGGGCUGUAAACUAGUUUACUGUAUUAUUUAGUAUUUAUCUACAUUUAUUGUACUGUUGAGUUAAAAUGGUUUUAUAUUUUUUUUAUUUUUAUCCUAUUUGAUUUGCUUUGUUAUUUACAAUGUAUGAUAGUAAAAUAUUGAACCAAACUCUAGUUUUAGUUUUUAGUACAGAUGCUUUAAAACUGGCAGUUUAAAAAAAACAAUAAAAAAAAAAAUAAAAUCAUGAUAAUAAUCAAGAUCAGAUGAUUUGACAAAAUAUAUUGUGAUCUUUUUUUUUCUUCCAAAUCGCCCAGUCCAAGUUCACAGCCAAAAGUUUCUGGAGGUGAUUUUGAGCCCAUACGGUGACUUCUACAACAGAGUGAUGAUGUCUAUCUUAAUUACCUGCCAGACAUCCCUACAGGUUUUGUUGUGCCCAUUCCAACUUUUUUUUGACACGUUGUUGGCAUCAAAGUUUUCACAAAACAUUGAAAUUUCAAGGUUCAGCAUUUUAUAUAUUGUCCUCGGGCUUAUUUUCAAUGAAAAUAAGGUGUCAAAAUCUGUUUAUAUCAACAUUUUGUACAGAUCUAACCUAGUGUAAGAACUAGGCUUGUACAAACAGAGCCAUAUCGGGCCAAGUCAGUGUUAGGGUCAGGUGUCCUGGGGUUCGACAAUGAUGUAAAUAGACUGUGCAUAGAUGACUAUGUCUUCGAUGGAGGUUGAGCAAAAGAUCAGAGCUAAAUUUAACCCAUAAGCUUGUAGUGAAACAAGUGCCACCUCAGUUAGGUUUACAUUGCACUGUGUUUACUAGUAUCGGUCAUUUUUUAUAGAUGUCCUUAAUACACACAGGAACACACAGAAAACUAACUGCACUGAAAAUGUAGAAAGUUGGUCAAAUUAGUUACAAACUGAAAUUUAAAACAUUCAAAAGUUCGAUAAAGAGUAAAUUACACCUUGUAAACCAUCUUUUUAACUGCUGGAGAUCAAAUUAAAGCCUUAAAAAGAUCAUGUUUGUCCUCACUGUGAGUGCACUUUGCUCAAAUUCAACUCAUUAUUCUACCAAAUAGACUUGACGUCUCAUAAAGUCUGGUAUAUGCUGCCCUCUUCUGGAAAGAUAUGGAAAAAGCACUCUCACUGCAGACUUGGAAAGCAGAAACUGAUGAUGGAAGUGUGUGUUUACGUGUUUCAGGUUUGAACGCCAGCAAACAAAGCUGAAGGAGGAUUUGGCGAGGGCGUCACAAAAAGAUAGUGACGCGGCGAAGGAGGACAUGAUCAAAGCCCUGAGCCGGGAACGACACAACAAACGCCAGGAAACAGAGAGGACCAAACAACUGGUACACACACACACGCACACACUUAACACAUGAUUAAUUUUUUUUCCCCCCAAACUGAAAGCUCACUUGUUUCUGUCUGUGCUCCUUUCUCAUCCCCCUGUUACACAGACCUUGUGUCUUCAGGCGUCUGGUCUGAAAUAGACACCAUCACUUUAAAUGGGCCUCUUUGUUGGUCUCAUAAAAAUUUGGAUUCUUGUUGCAAAACACCAGGCACACAUGGACCCCUUUUACAUGUUAAGUCCUAUUCUGAGUCAAUUUUUGGUCCUCCCUUUCCUGCCAUAUCUUCAACAGUGAAGGAUUAUCAUGGUCCUUUCAGAUGAAGGGGGUGGGGCUUAAUUGUGCAGGUCCAGCAGUAGAGUAGGUAUGGUAUGUGAUAGUGUCUAUUUUUUGGGUUCAUAUCCCUACUUCUAUUAGAAUGUUUGUGCUGUAUAAAAACAACAGUAGAAAAAGGAUACACUGGCAUUUGAGGUAAGAUCAGUAAGGAGUAUAAUGCAGAGAAACUCAAUGUGGACGUCAUUACUCAACCCUGCUUGCUUAUAGUAAAUAUUUCUCUCAAACACUUGCAAUUUUUUACAUAUAAACAUAUAAUUUUUUGUGGCAGUUGAAAUCUACACAAAGCCAGAUCAAACAGGCUUAAGUGUUUGACUUUUCACAUACACCCUUCCUCGACAAAUUCAAGGACUGCAUGUAUGAAAAAGCCUUUAGAUUACAGGCUGAUUGCACACUCUUAUUUGCUGCUGUGUAAUAUUUGGCCAUCUUGUUUGAAAACUUUAUUACAAGUUGAUACAGAAUUUAAUGAUAUGGUUUUCCUCGUAUAUGAGGCAACGUUUGUUGUAAGCACUCGAAACUUAUUCAUGGGUUCUUGUUUCUUUAUUUGUUCACAAUGCAUUGGCAGAUGAAAUCACUGUGUUUUGCAUUUUCACCAUUAGUGAGGAGCAGCUUGACCAUGAUUAGGUGAACAAGCACCUCUGCAAAAUCAUUUAAAAAAGUUUUCACUUCAUUUGAUUUGAGGAAUCGUCUUCCUCCUGUAACAUCCACAGGUGACCUGUUGGUGGGGCUGUUGUCAUCUGUGUCUAAUGUUGAGUUUUGUUCAGCUGUCAUUACAGCACUUUUGACUGAAGUUUUACACGCUGUGAUAAAAGUGUGAAAGCGGAUUAAUAAUUGAGUGUCCCUCUUGAGAUAAGUUUGUGGACGGUCACGUCAUGAUUCAGUCUGGUCAGGUUUUCUCUGGUGUAAUCACGUGUUGGAGCAUUUGCACCGGCACAAAUUGGGUCUCGGGAUUGUAUUUGUAAUUUCCAUGCUUAUACUCCCUCUGCCUCCUCCUCUCACUUCUUAUUCUCCUCCUCCUUUCACCUAUUACAUCCCUGUUCUCUUUCUAUCUCCACCUCUCUUUGCAUUUUCCCUCUCCCUCCUUCCUGUCUCCUCGCCAACCCCCCACCCUCUAUCUCUCUCUGUCUCUCCCUCUUUCUUUUCUAUCCCAGCCCAUCACUCUCUCCCUCCUGCCCUGGAGACAGUAUUAUCAGUGCAGUGCAAGCCGUAAAUUGCACCCUGAGAGUUUCCUGAAGCUGGAGAUAGGAGUACUGCGGGCCCACAGGCUUAAUCGUGGAAAGGGGAGAGCUUGUUUUACACUCGAGCCGGCGCCUGUUUCACGUGAUUCCUCCGCCCCUUCCUCCACCUGCCUCCCCCGUGUCGAGACAUGCUGUAGUUCUCGUCUUAUCUCCACUCCAACACACUCCCACCACUAAUAGAAAGCCGCUGGAGGGACGUUGUGAGCAGAAUGACCGGUCGAGCGGGACCGGACCUCCUGAUGCUGUAGUCUCCUUGUAAUUACUGUUGCAUGUGCGAUGAAUUCAUAUACAUACGUACACAUGUAGAGCAGCAGAUUGCUCGUAUUCUGUUGUCAAAUGAGAUUUUUCCUCCGUGUCAUGAAAUCAAAAACAUAAUCACCUAUCAACUCCUGCAAAAUCACUGUGCAGUCGAGCAUGUAGAGUGACACAUUUUCCUAUCUGCUGAGAACUUGAUAGUUUUAAAACUCAAUCACACUAACAAAUACCACCAGGUUAUGGCACGUGAUUAUGCAUCAUAUUUGGUUGACAACUUUCACAGCGGUUAUUCGCAUAACAUCAUGGUAGACACAGUGGCAGAGAGCUCAUGCUAAGAUGCAGUGUCAGCAUUAAGUUACAAAGCUGCAAAAAAAAAUUUGAAAAAGGGAAAAAGCUGCUGUGCAACAGACUCAACAUAUAAACAAGAAGUUGCAGCUCUCUUUUUGCAGAACUAAAAAGCUUGAGCGAAGCAAAUGGGUCUUUGCAGUUUGGAGAAACAGCUGGAAUCAGGCCACCAUCCCUUUUCACCUUACAAAUCUGCAGCUGAGCCAUAAUGCAGCUCUGCCACCGGCACACUUUUGGAGUAACAUAUCAAUUCUGUGACUGUGAUAUUGGAGUUACAGUGUUUGAAUUCACAUUCUAGGCACAUGAGGUUAAUCAGAGGUAUUAAUGCCUCUGAAGCUGGUGUUAAGUUGGUCCGCCAUCACACCUCUAUGACAUUCACAUUGAAGGUGCAAAGUUCUAUGGGUGUAAAUAAUACACCUUUAAUUGGUAGCAUGAAAAGGGCGGAUGAAAGAUGGAUUCUUUCUUUAACAAGAAUUUGAGGGAGGCAGCCACCGAAUGUUCAUUCUGCUUUAAAAACCCACAUUAUAAACUUAAUGUAACCUUAUGAGUGAAUGUUUUAAAGGUACUUUUUUAAACAUCUUUAAAAUAGACAAAUUGAAUUCAUAUUGAUGUCUUAUUUUUAACACCUUGGAGAGAUCAAAAGAGCUCCAGCAACACUUGUAAUUCAGGAAACAACUUUAUUAGACUGACGCGUUUCAGCUUGUGGCCUUCAUGUGUUCAUCAGAAAUGCAGUAGUUGUUUGUAAUGCAUUUUCGAUGACCCUGAUGAAGGCCACAAGCUGAAACGUGUCAGUCUAAUAAAGUUGUCGCCUGAACUACAAGUGUUAUUGGAGCUCUUUUGAUCUCUCCAAGACCUUUUCUCUCCAAGCACCAUGGAAGUUGGUGAAGUUGUGCCAAAACUUCUGACCUCUAAUUUUAACACCUUAAAAUCAGUGUGAGGGGAUAGGUGUCAACCAUAGACUGUAUAUACUAUGGACAACUUGGUUUCGCCUCCCGCUUGUAUAUGGAUUUGAAGCCAAAAAGCUCUCGGUAAUACAGGGAUUUUUUUUCAUUUCCUGAAACCAGCGCUGCGCAGUAGAGUUGUGCGCAUUCGACAGGAGAGUUGCCGAGAGUCGCUGUGAUGACGCUCAGCUCAAACAGCGUAUCCCCCCGGUGAGCUACACAAUCCCUGAAUGCCAAUAGGCUGUAUCAGGUGUCAAUUAAAGAAAACAUGAACCCCCUAAUAACUUUUAAAAACGGAGCUUCACAGAAAAAAGAGGACUUGAGCACAAACCAGUCUUACUGUAACUACAUGUCAACAUCACCAGCAGGGGGGAGAAAAAUUUAUGUUCUGUGUCAUAAAUUUAUAAAAUUUGUCCACAGCUCCAUAAGCUUUGCUGGUGGAGGCAGGAUUUAUGACCUAUACUGCAGCCCAUCAACAGAGGGUGCUGUUCUCGGAGUGGCUUCACCCAGCGAGGAGGCAGACAGCGUCCAUUCUAUAUACAGUCUAUGGUGUCAACAGAGCAGCUGAAGAAACAGUCCUGCUUACGAUACCUGGUACAUUUCACAGUCAAAAAGUCAACAGAAUGAAUUUUUUUUGUAAGAUGACUCUUUGAACGCGUAGAGGGCUGCUUUGUUCACAGUGGGCGCCAAAAUUGUCACAGAUCAAAAGUCCCUCACAGGCACUUUAAAGAGAAAUGGGAAAGGUUACAUUAUAGCAAUGGAGUGCACUCACACAGUUGCUCUAAAACAAAUAAUGAGGUUUCACUUGUUAAAUUUUGGGAGUAUACAUAGAAAAGUGGUUGCAAGAUUUAAUUGGUAAAAAACAAACAAAAAAACAUAUUGAGUUGGUGACUAAGCAACUUUAAUUUUACUAGAAAAAAAUCUGUUUGAAGUACAUCUAAGCAUCAAAGCUUCUAUUAUACCAUCAGGCUAUUCAUUAUGAAGCCCCUGGCUUUUAACAAGGUAGACAUAAAAGUUAGGAAACCAUAUGCAUUGCCACAUAUCAAUAUCUACAGACCACUGUGUCUCGAGAUAAUUGUGGGGAGACAUAUUGCAGUAUAAAUUUAAUGACAGGGAAGUGACACGUGGGCUUUAUCUCAAUGUGAAUGGUGGCUCUCAUAGUGGCUCUCAUGGGGCUUUUAUUUAGGCAGUUCAAGUUUUUGUUAAUCCUUUUGGUAGUUGUGUAACUUUGCUGUCACUUCCAACAUGUGUAAAGACUAACAUGAGAUAUCUGCUCUGAUGGGAACUUGUACGGCUCAUCAGCUUGAGACAGCCUGUUAAUUCAAUACAAUUUCAGGAUUCAUUUGCAGUGAUGUAAUUUUUGCUCGGAGGAAAAAUGAAGCAGACUAAAUAUAUGUGAAGAUGAAGAAUAAGGAGCGACAGCUGAUGAAGCAAGAAGGAUGUGAGGGGGAAAAAGUGACUAAACAUUUUGUGAAAGGGUUAGUAUGAAGAACGAAGAGGAGCCGAGGAUGAAUGGCAGUGAAAGAGCAGAUGAUACGCAUUUCCUGCAGAAUUGAGCUGAGGGGGAGGGAAUGAACCGGGGGGGGGGAUGUUCACAAGUGAUGAAACAUUUCCAGGAAGAUCAUGAGGAGGUGGAGGAGGAGGAGAAGGAGUGACUGUUGCUAAUUCAACUUCUCCGAUCAUUUAUGAAAGGGGGAAUAAGAAAAGCAGGGGGAAAAUUUGAAAUGAGGGUAGAAAAGGACUAACAUUUGGCACAUUUAGGAGAACUUAGAAAGAAAAGAAAAGAAGGGUGAUGAGGUGAAACGAAUCAUAUGAAUAAAGUAUAUCUUAAAAAUGACUUUCCCUCUGGGGAUUAAUGAAGUGUAUCUUUAGAGGGUAACACAAAAUGUCAACCAUGAUAAAUGAGGGAGACUGGAAAGAAAGGAUGGCCAAUUCAUCAACAAACAGAUAGAUGGAAAACAGAAGAGUGAUAUUGUCAAAGCUUCAUAAUGAAAUAGGAAAAUAAUGUCAUCGCUAGGGCUGGGGGAUAUGGCCUCAAAUCAAUAUCACGAUAUAUUGAGCAGUUCACCUCAAUAACGACAAAUGGACAAUAACUACUCCACAAGCUGCUCAACCCCUCCCACAUUAACUUUGUCAACUUCAGCCGCCUCUCCAGCCGCUACAACUUUUGAACUGUCCUCCAUCUUCUCACCUGUUUUUCCCUCUUUGUUACGGACUGGAUGGGCUGGAGUCACGUCGCAGACAUAGGACAGUUUCUUAAAGGGAAAUGAGACCAUAGCCUACCUACACACAUCCAAAACCAACUUUUAUUCAUUUAUUUUUUUGAUACUGAGUAUAUUGGCAUGGGCAAAAUAAUGUCAGUUAUUUUCGUAAAUUUUGGUAUCUGUAAAUUUUCGGUUUUUCACCUAGCCCAAGUCAUCGCACAAGUGAAAGUUGUUCUUCAUCAGGUCUUUAACAGUAAACAGUAAAUGUACUUUUAGAGUUUGAUAUCCUAACUUGCUUUUUCAAUCAACCCAAACAGGGUAUCUAAAUUGUGUAGCUAAAGUGCAGGCCAUACGGUCUGUCUUGUGGCACAUCACAGGUAGCCAAGAGAUGCCACCUUGGUGAAGUCUUUGAUUGAAAAGUCUAUUUGUUAAAACCAACACAGUAACUUUAGUAUUGGUUUUAUGGUAUCAGCCAAUUGCUUUAAAUGCAUGGUUAUGACUUGAUGAGGGAGAAAAGUCCCAGGAUGCCAAGAGUCCCACAAUGCCUAGAACAAUGAAGUGACUGUUUUCAAUGCACAGCAAAUAGAAGCAAUUCUAAUAUUGAACACAAAAGUAUUUUUCAUUAAUUUUGUGAAACAGUUUGAGAAAUCGCUGAGGUCUUUUUUAAAUUCUGAGCUCCAAGCAGAGGUCCACCCUCCCACUGUGUCUGCAGCCAGGUCCUUCUCGAUCCUUUGGGCCAGUUGAUGGCACAUUGCAAUAACCCACUCUGGCUGACACUUGACAGGCUGCUUCAAAAACAAUCCAGAUACUGUUUGCAGACACUGCAGGCAGUCUUGUGAGUGUGACUGCAGUGAUAAUUAACCAUUUUUCUCGUCCUAAAUGACAGCAUCACUGAUCUAAAACUGGCCAGUGUUUAAUUUGUCUUCUAUAGACUACCUUAACAGGUCCAUUAAUCUCAGAAAAGAUUAGAUUUGAAGCAGAAACUCUUCUUUAAAACUCUGCAACAUUUAGCUGUACCUAGGUAUGAAAGUCUUUCUAUUAGAAAGAUUAAAGAAAUGUGAGGAAAUCAAUCAUUCUGCUCAGUGACUAAGAUUUUUUUUUCAGUGUUGAGGAGGAGUUGGAGAUGUAGGAAUGAAGCCGAGCAUUUUCAGCAUGAAUUUGAGAUCAUUCACUUUGUAAAGAAUCUCCGAGGAGCAGACAGACCCAUGAGUUCAGCCUUGAGAGUGGCACAAAGGUGUGAGCAGGAGGGAGACAGGUGACUAAGUGCUUCCUGUCCUGCAUGCGUGGGCGCAGCUCUGAGUCACUUGUCAGGGAGCCAGACAAUGAUGAGCAGCAUCUGCUAUUUAGUAGUGUUUUUCUCCCCUCUUCCUUUCACUCGCUCACUCAUUUCAUCCUGUCUUUUGUCCUCUUCUCAGUGAACCGCCUGAUCCCACUUUUCCUCUGGCUCUUUCUUCAUCUUGGAGCCAGAGGCCCUCACCCACUGUAUGGCGCUCUGUGAAUAGUCUUUGUUAAUAGCAAAUCUUCUGCAGAUUAAUUUCAGAAUGAGUGUGGGGAACGGGAGAAUGGAAUGAAAGGAAGUUGAACUAAAGGGCUAAAAGGGAUUUUCUCUUUUUAUAAUGUAUUAAUGGCCUUUUGGUUCCUGUUGAAAGCAAAAAAAGGUUAUAAGUCAAAUUAGCAUAUGGUAAAUUUGUCUCCCUCCCUCUGCUCUUGCAGAACAAUUAGAACGUCUAUUUUAUUAGUUGCCCUUUAACUUCCUUUUGUGGGGAUUCAGCUAAUUCAAAAUGCCAUCCACGCUUUUCUUAUUCUUUGAAAACGCCUGUAACACACAAGUAAACCAUUUAGCAUCUCAACCAGGAUGUAAUGGUACAAGGGAAAUAUAAGCCUGUAAAUUGUCAACACAUUCUAUAAGUCUAGUCGCACGUGUUUGGGUGUAAACCAUAGAUUGUAUAUACUAUGGACAACUUGGCUCCGCCUUCUGUCAGUAUACAAAUUUGAUUCGGAAAUACAUUCGAUAUUUCCGGGAUUUUCUCAACUUCCUGGAACCACCACUUGCACAGUUACAUUGUACACAUUUAGUGGGAGGGUCAUUGUGAUGACACUAGUAUCAAACAGUGUAUCCCCCAGGUGAGAUACACAAUCUUCCUAGGCCCAUAGGCUGUAUCAAGUGUCAAUCAAAGAAAACAUGAACCCCCUAAUAACUUUUAAAAAUGGAGCUGUACAGAAAAAAGAGGACUUGAGCACAAACCAAUCUUACAGUAACUACAUGUCAACAUUGCAAGCAGGGGGGAGAAAAAUGUAUGUUCUGUGUAAUAAAUUUCUAAAGUUUGUCCACAACUCCAUAGAGAUUGCUGGAGGAGGUGGGAUUUAUGACCUAUACUGCAGCCCGUCACCAGAGGGUGCUUUUCACACAGUGGCUUCACCCAGUGAAGAGGCGGACAGGAUUCCUUCUUUAUACAGUCUGUGGUUUAAACACUUUGAAAUGAUGUAGUUAGAACAAAGAGGUCAAUUUUCUGCACCCAAAACCUGACUUAAACUUUGGAGACAUUUAAAAAGCUUGAGACAUUAACCAAACCUUCUUUGACUCUUAAAUAGUUAACUCCAAAUGUUUUCAGACAUGAGAACUAGAAAUGGAAACAGCACUGAAAUAUGUAAAAACAUGUUUUAAAAGAGCGGUGAGGAGGCCUUUUCAUCGUAUCAUUCAUCCGUUCAUUGCUCUAAAGUUCUCUGACUAUGGGAGGUAUCAUAGCCUCUGAAUCUGGUGUCCAUGUGGCCCCAUCUAAUCAUUUAAUGUAGCUCUCAAGGGUUUAGCAUUCAUUUACAAAUAUCCCUGCUGAAGAGAGGUGUCCACUUGAUACCUCCAGUGAUGUGCUGGUUUCUCCUGCCAACCCCUGACCCAUCUAUUAGACUGUGGGAGACAUUAGGGGCCAUGCAGUAGGCUACCAAAUUUACCUUACCAGUGGGAUGAGUUUCCUCAGUGAGUGCUCAUCAGUAUUAAAGCACUGGUGGGAUGGGAUUGCAUCUGUUUGCUCUAUAGUUUCAGGCAGGUAGUGAACAGUGGGUCUAAAGUUAUUUUUAGCACACCCAAACCUGUUGAACCUGAGUAUUCUGCUCUCAAAGACCUGAUCCAAACUGUGAAGUUUUGAGCAUGAGAGCUAAUAAACUUAAAGAUACCUUUACACACCUUAACACAAAAGAGCCCUCUUUUUGCAUAAUGUAUCCUCUCAAUCUAAAGGGACGUCUUUUGAUAAGAUAAAUAACUCUGAGGUUGUCAUGAAGAUUAUAUUAGGAUUAGAUUUAGGAUCUCCAGUCUAAGUGGCUUCUCCAGUUUUAUGUGGCAGCAUGAUCACAGUAGAAGUAAAGCCCAGUUGUUUCUGUCAGCUUCCUUUCUUUUGUGAAAUAUCUGCACAAAAGUGUCAGCUGUUGAGUUUCAGCUUUAAGGACCAGGUAUGCUCUAAAUGGCUGAGCCUCCACAAAAAGCACAAUUUACAGGCUUACAAACUCUGGGCACUCUCCAGGGUACUGAAACUUGAGUCAUGUAAACCUCAGGGGGGAUUGCAGUUUGACAGGUGCUGAAAGCAUGGGUUUGCAGACUUUCCAGGGUUAAAGACUGAGGUUAGGUGUUAAUUUGCAAAUGCAGAGGUUCAGGAAAAGGUCCAAUUUGAGUAAAACUCAUAAGUUUUUAUCUAUGUUUAUUCAUGACACACCUGUUUGAAAAGCUGGAGCAGCCUGUUCCUCUAAGUGACACUAGAUGGCAACAAAAGCCUAUCCCAUGUCUCUUAAAGGUGAAUUCAUCUUUUUCUUUUCUUUUUUUUCCCCCCUCUCGCUGUCUUUCUCUUUCAUUCCCUCUGUGACUGUGUCUCUCGGCCCAUUAUGCGUGUUAUUAAGUUAAAUUUGAGGUGUGAAAUUCUCUCAUUGGAAAGCCGGUCACAAAUGUUAUUGUGGAGGUUAAUCUAAUCAAAGUAAUCUGUGCUCGCACUAUGACCUUUUAUCUGUGCUGUUGUUCUUAUUGCUUCAUGAUUGGCAGCACAGCGGCACAGUGACAGAGAGCGUUUGAUUGUAAUGUGUUCAAUUUGUGGUCGUUUUCAAGGACAGUGUCACAUGUUGACCUUCUCAUAAACUAUACGUUGAUAUAUCACUCAAUCUUUCCACAGAAAUAAGCCUAAAUCAAAUUAAUAGCGUGGACUGUCCAUUCCUUUAUGUGUGUUAAUACUUUUUUGGUUUCUCCACAUUUGUGUGAGUCAAAAUAGAAAGAGAUGAGGCAGAGAAGAGGGAGAUUAAAAAGAAGAAGAUGCUAUUUGAAUGCAGAGGUAAACACAAAUCAAAAGUUGUCCUGAGACUAAAUGAGGAGGAUUCUGUUGUUGUUGUGUUUUACUUACCCUUUGUUACAGAAAAUGCGUUCAGACAUACUUUUGAGAGAGGGUCACCUGCCUAUCAGCUGCAGAUGUAACACAAGUAAAACACAAGGUUGCAGCCUGUGUGGACAGCCAGGUUUAUUAGACUCGAGGCAGAUCCUUCCCAUCAGACGUGCAAAGACUAAAGAAUAGAAAACAGCUCUCUGUGCAGACACGUUUUUAACCAGUUCAGAUCAUGAAUGAUACAAACUGGAGUGCGUCUAUGAUUGAACCUCAUUUUUGAAGUCUCAAUGUACCCUAUCUCAGAAAUCAAAGAUGCACUGGAAAUACUGAACACCUCGUUUGCUUGAGUGAAAUACUGCCAGAGUAUGUGUUUGGUUCCUUUGGGUUGUUAUAGUAUCCAUGGCAUUUCUCUCUGUCAGUAAUCAUGAGCAGGUUUUUUACCCUGUGGUAUUGGUCAGUGAUGACAAUAACAGAGAUAUUUCACUUAAAGCUCGACAUAAGUAAUAAUGUAAUAAUAAUACACAAUAAGACUUUUGAUUUAGGAGUAAAGCAUCAUUACUUAAUUUUUCCACUGCGUAAAUUAGACAAUCUAUUUUAAACUUAUUGAGGUACUCUUUAUCAUGUAAUUAUGUAAGUUUAUGGAUAAAGGGUUUCUCAACUUUCACAUGUUCCAUGAAGCCCCUCUAGCAGAGAUGUUAAAACUUUGUCUUAAAGGGACUCAAAACUUUCUUGAAACUAUAUUUCAGUCAGGGGUGGGAGAAAAAAUUGAUUCAGCAUAGUAUUGCGUUAUUUUUGCUGGUGAUAUAUCGUAUCGUCUCAUUUACCAAGUAUAGAUUUUUUCAAAUUAAUUGUUAAUAUGAAUUCAAGUCUAUGAUAAUGGAAAAAUAAAAUCAACAGUGAGUCCAGUGAGGUUGGCAGAGGUGACAUCAUAGAGCAGGAGAAAGUUAGUGCAACAAAUAUAUAUCAGGUUUACAAGAUGUGUUACAUGAAAAUAAAAUACAGUGUAAAUAAGACAAACAUAAAGGAAAGACAAAUGCUAAAUUAGUUAAAUUACAAAAAUUGCAAUUAUAUUAUAUUAUAUUAUUAUAUUAUAUCUCAAUACUCACCCUAUUGCAAAAUGUUAAAAAUCGCAAUAAUAUCACAUCGUGUGGCCACUGGUGAUUCCCACCCCUAAUUUCAGUGGUUUUAUAUUUCAGUGGGGAGUUGUUUUGAGUUCAGACUACACUCCUGUAAAGUUUGGGGGACUUAAAGGGACACCUGAAAAAGUCGAGCAAAUACCAAAAAUAUCCCACCACCAUUCGUGGUUGGCUCUACCCUUCUGAAAGAGCUCACCAAUUAUGUUCCUACAACACUGUUCCCCUUUUUUACAUUUUUUUAUUCACCUUUUGUUUUCAUGCUUUCUUCUCUUUUUAGUUUGGUAUUAAUACUCAUGUAGCAAUGAAGGAGGCAGUCACAAAUUUCUCAGUCAUUCUUCAGCUAUCAUUUGACAUGACAGUUGACCAAAAGUCAUGUAAAAAAGGAUUGGAGCAAGAAAGGUUUCGAAGCCUUGACAUGGACGAUCAAGGAUCAGAGAUGUGUUGGCUCUCAUCAAAGGGCAGUUUGUAUCACAGCCUGCCGAACGACACAACCAUCUCAUUAAAUGUAAACUAUUCAAAAAUAAUGAGCAUCACAAGCAAAAGUUGUAUGUGCGAAAUGUUCAGUGUGGAUGGAAGAACGGUCGCUGACACCAGUUAACGAUUCGGUGGGAGGUUUCCUCUCCUGGAGUUUGGGUCAAGCCCCCAAAGUUAGGAAAGUUUCUGCCUGAAAACACCAGACUAUUUUUACAUUUUUAAUUUGCUUUGGCUUUUUAUGUUAGGUAUUAAGCUUUGACUCUGCAUUGAGUAAUCCUGACGAUAUGGCUCUGGCACCACAUGGGUCAUGUUAUUAUUUUCUGUUAUUAUUUUCCUGUUUUUAUUCUGAUACAUGAUGCAAUUUAGCACAGUGUGUUGCUGCAGAAGCCGUUUUUGGUCGAAGGCAGGUUUAUAGAUGGUUAUAAAGUUUCUUAAACCUUGAGAUCUUUUCUGCAACUUUACGGUGUGUGUGUUUAAACAUUUAUGGGUUCUUAUGCAUCCCUGCCCUGUGGGUCUGUCAGGGUUGAAGUGUAGUAUGUGGACUAAAAAUAAGGCACAGCAUUUGUUUGAAAGUAUACAUAUAUUUUUUAUAUAUCCAACCUGAUGAGUAUUGAAAAUGUAAUCGUAUAUGAUAUGGUAGUUAAAAGUGAGAAAUUCUUGCUGUUUUGUUGCCAUUGCCAAUAAAAUACAUAACAUAAGCACAAGUGCAGUACACCUUAAACAUCUCAGGUCCCUAAGCAACACCGCUACAACUUUACAACAUACCACAGGGCCAAAUGUCACACUAAAUUCAUUCCCAGAUGCUGUUAAGAGGCAGCAGCACCACCACUUCAGAGUGAUAUUGUGCCGGGAUCCCUCUCCUCUCUGUCUCUGUGUUUGUUAAGCAGCCCUAAAAGAUGAGCCAGAUGUUGUCUCUGAUUGGACCAACCUGCCUCUCUUGUUUCUACCUAAACCCUUGUAAUCAGCCGCAGAUUCUCCACUGAUGGAGCGACCGUGUUGUGUCUUACACACUCAGAAAAACUCAUUCAGACUUUGGUUAAGAGAAGCAGCUGUGUUCUUGCACACACGCACAUAAGAGUGGCAGACUGAGGCAGAUGGGGACACGCUUCAUUAUAACCGUACAUAUGAGCUGGUGAGGAGCUUGAUGUUGUAUCAUGUACUCCUCUGACUGCUUAUGUAGUCCGACAUAUGGUUACACACAGCUAUUAUGCCAUUUAGAGGAGUGAAAAGCAGGUUAAAUGAGUUGCUUUGCGUAGCGAACAGGUUUAGGUUUUUGAAUUUCAAAGGCUUUACAUCCUUCAAGCCUUGCAGAGAUUACUACAUGAAUACAAAACACACCUCUGGUUAAAUUAACAGACGUAAGAACACAGACACAGUUUGUCGGCGAGCUUGUUUAAAGAGGAAAAGAAGGAGAAAUGAAGACUGAAAACAGUAAAGGGAAGGAAAUGUUUAAGAAAAGACGUGAGGAAGUGAAGGGAUGAAAGGGAAAGAGGACAAGGGACAAGUUAGACACAGAUGAGCUUUGAUUAUGGUGUGGAGUGACUUCUAUUUAGAUUAUUUAAAUGUCUAUUAUCAUCCUUUAGGUGUUGAUUUUUAAGUAUUUUCUAAAGUAGUAAUAAUGGUGCAUUCCAUUUACCUUGGAAGUCAGAGCUGGAAAUGACAUCACACCCGAGUUAUCAGGGUUUCAGUUUUUCAGUCGGAAAAAAGUAGCCAGUGGCUACGAAACUUAUUCUUGCACUUGCCUUGUCCAAAUAUGAACAACUUCUGGACAAAUAUGCAGUCCUUCGGCAACCUGCAAACAUGGUGGAUGAAGAGGAAACACAAAGGUGCAGGAGUGAGCCUAUUUUUUCUUUCACAGGAGCUUCUACUUACUGUUUACAACCAGCGCCGCCAUCUUUAAAUGUCGACUCUGGGGUUGUGUGGAUCGUCGGAAAUCUGACCUCGGGGGUCAUUUCAGUUGAAAGUUUCGACUCAGAGCUCGGAAAUCCUGACUUCCAAGUACAACUAUAAUGCACUAUAAGUGGCAGUGGAAUUCGGUUGGGUUCUAUUUAUUCUUCCAAACUAAAAACCACAGAAGCUGAGAAUCCAGUAAGUUUUAGUACCUCAAACCAGAGAUCCAUCGACUGGUGCAAAUAAAUGAAACAUGGCAGAGAAAAAAGGGAAAAUAUGUUUUUAGCAGAAUCAGUCUUUUUUCAGAGUGUCAUAUAAAGUGACAUCAGUUUAUGAUGCUGCUGGAUCAGCUCUCCAUCAGCCCAAACUGCUGUUUGUAUCUGCAAACGUACUUUAAUAAGUUUGAUGGAAUCAACACAGUAUUUUUUCUCUGAAUGUUACCUGCACUGCGAUCAUUUAAUAAUGUCCUGGUGUAUCACCCCCAGCUUUCCCUCCGCUCUCCUUGUUCCUCUCUCCUCUAAGCAACAGUAAUAGCUUUAGGAUGCUCCUCAGCAUGGCUGCCCAGGAACUACUUCUGGUUCAAUCAGGGCUGAGGAAAUAUCCUUGAGAGAGCUCUAUGAUUGUUACACUGCUUGUUAAACAUCAAGGAAUCAGUCAUGUUUGCCAUCAUUACAUAAUUCAGUGCAGCAAAGUUAGAGCAAACAUGGUUCCAUUUUAAGUCUCAAAAUAAGUCAAAUCUUUGGUAUGGCCAACUUGCGUAAGGUUGAACCGCCAGCAAAUUUAUAACUGGACUUGCACAACCACCUUGUCCAAGAUAUCUUUGUGUAAGUGGCUCUGGAAAUGGAAGAAGAAGGAGUGGGAAUGUCAGGAAAUGAGGCUGUGGGCUGUGAGAUGGGGAGAUGGCAGAAGUGGCAUUGAGGUAAAUGGAGGGAAAGAGGCGAGGGAGGGAGCAGGUGAAGCACAGAUAAGCCUGCAGUUGUAUCAGUAAUUGUAAUCUGCAGGACGUGACAUGGUUCUGCAUGUAAAGCUAUUAGCUGGCUCUGUGCUCAAAAGCAGGCAUCCCUCACCUUGAUGGGAGAUAGCUGGGCGAGGUAUCCAACAUGUGAGCAUGUGGGCAGAUGGGAAAAUCUUGGCACUUUUAAAACAUCAGGGCCUAGUAAAGAAAGAAUAGUCAUCAGAGUCAUUGCAUUUAUCUCCAUUCUAAGUGACAAUGUGAGGAAUAAAUCGUAGUCUCUGGCUCAGUUACAGGGGUCAGUAAUUGACAGAUUUUCAUAUGAGAGAGAGAGAUACUGUAGCUCCCUGAAGCAGUUAAAAAGUAAUUGUGUGUCAUUAUGCUAACUUAUGUAUUUAAACUGUAGUUAAAUGAUUGAAAGGACUUCAGGACAGUGUUCCUGUGUUCCCCACUCGACUUGGGAUGCUCAGUUUUUCAUUGUACAAUCAAUAUUCUCAACAUUUGAAGUGGAAGGUCCAUGUAUUAACCUCCUGAUUGGUUUUCUGAGUAUCUAAUUCUUAUUGAAAAAUGAUAAUCUGCCUGUCCUUUACAACUGGCCCUCAAACUAAAACACCAAUUUAUGCCUUGGUCAUGAGAACCAUUAGCAGAGAAGAGGACAGGGACACUACAAUAAAGAUAAGCAGAUUUGAGGCUGGCUGAGAUGAAGUAAUUUAAACCUAUUUUUUGUGUCUUUACUUAAAAUUCACGUCAGGAAAACAGUGGGUUACUGCCUCACCUAAGACAGUGAACAUGGAAUAUCAAGUUACCUGUGAAAUACAGAGUAUUAGCAAGUGCUGGAAAAAACAAACAAACAAACAAGCAGAUAGGGUAGUUUUUCAUUUGGGCCUUAUAUAAUACACUGCAGUACAUUUAAACAUAUGCUGUCAGCAGCAAAAUAAAUAACAAAGAAACUUAACAAAUGAAUCCAUCAAAUCCCAGGUUACACGCUUCCUCAUUCUCACACAUAGCAAAGGUUUACCCAAGCACACUGGAUGGACAGUGUUUUCAUCCUAUUUGUUGCUUUUUUUAUAUGUUAAAAACAAAUGUUGAGUCAAAAUUUUGGAUGACAAUGCUUAAUAGGCUAUGAGCAAAGUUUUAAAUUAUGUGGUGAACAGGUGUUGGAGUUAUCCAAGGGUGGACACAAGAUGUACUCAAUCUGUGAUGUCACCAAUUGGCCAUUCUCCGGAAGAGUGUAAAAUAAACAUUAUGCUUACCAAACAGAUAUGUCCAUUUUUGCUGGGGGUCCCAAACUUUGCGAGUCAGUCCAAAAAAUAUGGCUCAUGGAUGACUUCGUAGCAGGGCAACAGUGGAGGAGGCAUCUGGAGAGCAAGUCAAUUAGAAAGAAAAAGUAAAGGUGUGCUGUGCUCUAAAUCACACAAAGCUACUACAGAGGUAUCAGAGGGACGGUUUCAGGCCUGAAAAUGAACAAAAUAGCACAACACUUCCUCUUUAAAAUCAUUUGAAUAUCAAAUCACAAGUUAAUCAGUUAAACUAAAUUCUGAUUUAAAGGAGAUAAUGCAAACAGAUGGGCAUACGGGCAAGAUCUGAAGACAAGAUGGCUCUGGUAGUGGUAAUACAAGUCCAUUACACUACAGUAGAAAAAGGCAUUAACAUGCACUCUGACCACUCAGGAGAUCUGAUACAUGCUGGAUGAGCAAGAGUAAUGAGUUUAACUUUUGUUGAGCUUUAAUAGGGUGCAAAAGUUCCUUUUAAAAUACCACAAAAUGUAAAAAACACAAAUGAUGUUGUGCAUGGUACUGUGUUUGGUCAAGCAGAUGCACAAACAUUAUGAUCAUUAGGAGUGGUUCCAAUUGAAAUGAACUCCUUUUUUUUGUAGAUUUGCUAAUGUGCUUGACCCCAUGUAAAAAUGGGAGUAUUACAUGACAAAAGGAGCAGUCAGAGUGAAAAAGAGUUAACUACAAAUGGAGAAGAAGGGCAAAGAGGAGGAGAGGCGCUAGUGGCCCAUAUUUCAACUCCUUCCACUGCUUAUAGCGGCCCGCCUGUAAUUAUCAGUCAGAUUAUUAUUGAGUGCUAAUUUAUUGCCUCGCUGGGAGCUAUGUGUUAAAUAAACGCAGCGGAGUAAAUAAAGAGAGGGGGAGAACCAGGGAACGGGAGAACAGACUGCUGCUGCUAUCAGAUGGCAACACAGCACACACACUGCCCACAGGGGGAAGAGUGAGAUGCGUGAGUGUAUAUUUAUACGUGUCUGUCCCCGGCACAUUCACAAGCCCAAACACGAGUGCACCAUGCCCAUGUGUUGUGUUGAUGAUCCAUUGGACUGUUAACAUUGGGGCACUGCCCUCAGAUGCGCACUUCAUGUGUUCCUUCUGCACUGGAUCAGGGAGUUGGCCCUCCACGGCUGAUAUCACUAUGGCGUCUACCCGGCAAACACACUGACUAACAGCCGAGACAGACGCCAUCUGUUGUCCCUACAGCUUAGCCUCCAAACCUGCAGUGCAGUAUGACUGCUGAAGAGCAGAGCUGUAGCACUCUAAAAAAUGAUCUUCUGCUUUAACUCAGUCUGACAAGUGAAGAUUUUUAAUGUCUAUAAUACAUCUUGACCAAUAUGUCUUUCUUUUUAGCUCAAUAUGUAACUGCGUUUAUUCAGAAAAAAAUCACUUGUUGUGGUGGUGGCUGAUUUAGUGGAUUUCAGAAAAGGGCCUGCCUAGUUCACUGAUGUCUGUUGAAGCUGUGGCAAGUUUUUGGUCGUAUCGCAUGUUUAACUGGUGGGCUCCACAGCUUGGAAGGUAGUCUUUAUAUUUUAUUCUAUCCUGCAAUUAAUGCAACAGUUGAGCACAUCUCUAUGGUGCCGAACUAUGGAAACCAGAUUACUGACAUUCAAAAUUGGCAUAGAAAACAGAAUCUAGCAUUGUAAUAAAAGUUGAAUCGACAUUGAAACAAGUAUUGGCAUUGAAAAAUGUUGGAACAGAGGCAUAAAAGAUACCAUAUUUCAUUGGGAUAUGUUCAGAUUUCUACCUCAUGUCCCAUCUUUUUUCAGUGUCUUUUUUUAGUGUCAGUCUUUGUUUUUGUUUUGUUCUUUCUCAAAAAAAAAAGGGAGAGGAAGUGCUACAUAGAGUCAAAGUGUUCAAUACUGUAUCGUCAAGAUAGGUUGCUCUUCGGGAAAUGGAUGAUUUUUUUUUUUUUUUUUUCAAAAAAUGAGAGCAAUGACCUGCCAAGUAACUUGCCAUUAAAGUCCAUAAUGGAGACGGCAGUCAAAACUGAAAAUCCAAGGCACUCUGAUGCAAAAAAAAAUCCUUUAUUUAAACAGGGAUGUCAACACAUUUUGCCUUCAAAGAGUCUUCAUCCGGAUGUCCUGAUGUCUUGUUGUGACAGCCUGUUUGUUUCAGGAACACACAUAAACAAGAUUACAUCUUCCCCUAGUAUUAAUGAUACAUAUGUUCCUUAUCAAAUAUAGAUACUCAGUAAAUGUAACUUUUGUACAGCCAACAUGUUGUAAUCAUGCACAUGUAAUUUGUGCAUCAUAUUUUAAACAGAUAAUGAUCUUAGUCAAAUAUCUCCCUAUAGGGGUAUUUCAUCAAUAAUACUGGGCAGUCCUACAAAGGACCUCCUCUUACACAAAGUCAGCCAACACCCUUUUUUUUCAUGGACUUUAUUCCAUUUAGCUCUCUUUUUGUCUGUGAAACUUUCCAAGAGCAAAGGAAAAAUCAGAAGAAUAGAUGCAUAUUAGGACUUAUAUAUGCAGUUGUAUCUUGUUGUUGUAAUGCUUCCAUGUUUGGACUAUGGCCCAUAGUGUAUACUGUUAAUUCAUUUGUUAGAUGCUUUGAUGAACUGUCAUUGUGUGUCAUCAGUGCUGUCUAGACAAAAUGAAUAAAAUCAAACCAGAGGGUUUUUUUUAUUUUUAUUUUUUUUAGUCUGUCUGGACUGCGGGUCACUCUGCACUCAACUUUGAUCAAAGGUUGUAUGUUUCCCAUUUGGUGAGCGGACCAUCAGAGAGAUCACAAAGAGGUUGAUCAUUAGCUGAGCCUCCAGCUCUGCACUCCCUCUGCUAUUGAUGACAGGACUCUGGAAACAGAGGGAGCACAGAGCGUGUCCCACCAGUUAAAGAUUGGAGACAUUAGAGAAUGUGUUUAACUUUUGAAUUUCCACAUGUAUAAUUAAUCUUUACUACAGAAUCCUGGAGUGAGUUUGGGUUUCGUCUCUAAUGAACCACACCAUAGUUCUCCUGGAGGCAGACCAACACUAACAGCUCAGUUUGCUUCGCUUAGUCCACCUUAAGACACAACUGGCAGUGUGACCUGUGGGCAGAGGACUGCCAAAAAAAGAAACAAGGAUUGGCUCAAAUGCCGCUGGAUUAUUGCAAGUUGUUGUACAGGCUCCUUUCUCAUCAUCGAAAUCACAAGUGGAAAUACAGAGUGAGUCAUCUGUGUUUUGAAAAGCUGUACUUUAUAUGUAGCCUGAAGAGUGGGAUCUAUUUCUCUAUACAAAAAAAGGUCACCACAGUUACUACAAAAUUGAGUUGAGACUUAAAAUACAUAAACAACUUUUUAUUUGAUCAUGGAAUAGAAUAAAGAGGUAAGUGUCUUUGAGAAACUGAUGGUUUGGUUUUAAUGUGAAGAAUGGUCCAGGUUUUCUUCAUGGGUAAGAGGUAAGACAGGAAAGAAAAAGAGUUGAGAAGGUGGAAAGGUUUGAAGAUGAGGUACUGAAAAUGUAAAUGUGAAAAACCACACAGCGUGGCUCUAACUAUGGACCGUUAGGCCGGAUAUCAGAGUGGAUGUUUAAAGGAUAGACGUCUGACAUGCCUUCUCUUCAAGCGCCCAUGCAUUACUGAGGGCUGCCAUGAUAAGAAAGGUUGGAAAUGCACGUUUGGCAGGUAGUUUUUCUCUUUCUGAAAUUCUCAGUUUUGCUCUGUUUGGUUCCAUUUUGCAGUUUUUUGACCUGUUAUUUCCCAGUCGCUGUUUUGCAUGCACAUUUUUUACAAGGAUGCAAAGUUUUCAGUGACCUAAAACUCCCUUUGCAAGAAAUCACAGACAGCUGUGUUUCAAUAAGUACCUGCGAACAUGAGGACUUUGUCAAGGACUAAGAAAUGAGUCACUCCUCAGCAGGUCAGCUCCAGAAAAUGAUGCAGUGUUUGCUCGGUGGAGCUGUCAGUUUUUCAAAAAGUAGACUUUGAAUGAAUAUUAACUAUGACAUGUUAAUGUGAGGAUAUGUUUGAAUUUCGCAGUCCAAUCAACUAUAGCCUUUUUGAGGCUCGCCUUCAGCAAGUGUGCUGCCUUCAAAAAGGAAAUCAUACAGGGUUGGACACAUGUUGCUGUUGCACUAAAUUACUUCCACACUGCUUGGUGCUUCGUAACUUGUCCAUUUCUUCUACUUUUAUUGAGGAACUUUCUGUACUAGUUUACUGAGAUCAAGAGGGCAUGGAUUGGCCAGGUUACAAUGAUAGCGCCCCCUGCCCGAUCAAACGGCAAGCUAUGUCAGGCUGUCUGUAUUAUCAUAACAUUACAGUCGUAAUAUGAACUUUUGAACAGUAAAGGUUGUUACACAUCGGCAAAUUCGUGAAGCGAAUUUGGGAAGCGAAUAAUUUGCUUUUUACACAACCUGAUAAAGUCAAUGCAAGCUUCUACACCCCCUACGAACUUUUGCAGAAGGAAAGUGUACAAUUUUUUUGCCCCUGUAGCGAAUUUUGUGAACAUUCAGAGGCCAACUGUUAUAUAAAUUUAUAGCCCAGUAUAAAUGUUACCUCAGACGUGGCAAGCUGUUGCUCUGGAUCAAUUGGCUCUCUGUAAUUUGUCCUUUUCUUCUGCAAAUGCGGAGUCGGCUGAUGGAGCAGUUCUUGAAAUUGUGCGAGGGACAUUCUAAUGUAUUGUAGGAAUUUCUCGGGAUACAAUUUGAGCUCCUGGAUUGUUGUGUGGAGCUCCCCCAUCUCCUGUAUCAAGCUCAGUAAUGGAUGUACCCAGACACUUUGAUUAUUUUCCUUUUGGUAUUUACUAGGCUUACAACCAUGACCAUGUCAUCACCACUUGAGGUUGUUUCUCCCUCUUCUCUGUCCUCCUCUGUUCUCUCGUGGCGUAUUUUUAUGCAAAUUUUGUUAUAUUUUGCAUUUUUGCGUCACUUUUUUGCGUCGCUUCGCGAAUUCACCAGUGUGUUCCAAUCCAAGAGUUCCAAUAAAGGUUUGCAUUUUAGACAAAAAGUGACAACUCUAUUUCUCACAGCAUGGAAAACAGACACAAUCCUGCAAACAACUACUUAUCAACAAUUAAAAUUGAUGGCAGCUAACUUUGUUCAAGAUAUUUAUGUCAAAAUAAAAUCUGUAGAUUUUUGCUCCCUUUCUCUAAACCAUGGCCAAAUACCAAGGUCUGCUUUUGUAAACCAUAGGCUGAUUUUACUCUCUACCAGUUCACCUGAUCAUCUCUGUUAAAUGUCAUCAUCUGAGAGAGAAUGAUGACACAGUAAACAUCAAAGGGUUCAGAUGAUUAUAUCAUGUGACAUUAAGUAUAUGGAAAGUAAUAAGCACAAAAUGAAAUACCCUCAUAGGCUUAUAGACGGACUGUGUUUGUGUAAUCCUCUCGUUUCUCUCUUUAAAUAUAUGUGAUUCUCCGUCUAUUUAUGAGGUCAAUUCUGUAAUGAAGACUCCUGAUUACUGUUUUGACCUUUUGACACCAUAACUGUAGUAACUGCACUCUUUUGCAGCAUUGCUAUUAGCUGCAUUGAGUCAGUGCUGAGCAGAGUAUGGUGACUAUAUUUAUGUGGUCAAAGAUCAAAUCAGCCUUUGUUGUAUUUUGGAACAAGUGUGUCUUCUUUUCCUAUUUUGGUUCUCUUUCGUUCCAGCUUUGUUUUUUCUUUGUGUUAGUUUUAUUGUAACUUUUUGUCUAGUUAACUUUUAAACCGCACUCUUCCUUUCCUAUCCUUCCUGCUUAUCUUUCACCUCCUUUACUCCCACUUGCUCCCUGUCUCACACUCUUACACAUUUUUCUGUGUGUGUGUGUCUAGCUUCUAAAUAGAUGCUUCACACCUCGAGCUGUGAACUGAAUUGAUUUAUAUGCAGAAGCUGCCUGCAGCAGGGGUGACGUACGAUAAUACAUUUGUAAGCUAAUCUCCAGUUUGGCUCAUGGCUAGCAGCUGCCGUAUUCAAUUAUGCACCUUGUUAAUAAUUGAAAGUAUUUUUCUUAACAUUUGUGAUGUGUUUGGCCUCUUGUCUCUUGCAUUUUCUCAUUCUCUCUUCUUCUCACUCUGACAAGUUUUUACCUCCUAUCAUUGCCUUGAUUUUAAUAACUUUCAAACAACUUAAAAAAUGAAAUCAUAAUAUUACGUUACCAUCUUUUGUGUCAAGUUUUGCUAAAGGACACAGGUGGUGGUGGUGAUACUUUGAGUUGAAAUGGCAAAGUUUUUGAUGAAGAUAUUGACAUUUAGCACCAGCAUGACAGUACCUGUAUGGCAGCAAUAUAGGAAUGCGACAAUAAAAGUAGCUCACAGUUAAAGAUGAUUUUCCAUUUAUGGUCGAGGUGUUUCGGUUUGGUUUCCACUGCCUAGUGCACCGUUUCUUGAGAACAUUUUUGCACUUAUACCACGUACAGGCUUAAUGCUUUAACUGUUGCUUGGUUUUAGUGCUCUGUACCAUAUUUUACUCCACAUGUGACCACAAUGAGGUGCUUGGAUGUUAGGAAGUAGAGCAAAAUAGAACUAAUAACAGUUGAGAAUAUUUUGUCCCUUUCCUAAUCUUGCUAAAAAUACAAAUGUAUCCAGGAAGUAGGGCUGCACGUUUAAUUGAUUUUAAACCCUGAUCAGAUUUUUUGAUUUUGACGUUAAAAAAAUCGUUAAAUUGAUUUUCCUCUCUAUUCUGUCUCAUGCCUCCAGGCCACCAUAGGCUUCCCCUUCCCGGGGGAGCGCUCCCCAAUUCCCACACACACUAGUGUAAACAAACAUGGUGUUUGCCACAGGACGCAAUAAUUUUGUGGAUAAAUCAUUUGUGUGGAAUUGGUACGGCUUUGCAGUUUUGUAGGAAGAGUAAACCACUCCUUGCUGUAAAGUCUGCGUGAAGGCGGUAUCAACUCGUCCAAACAGGUAAACGCAAAAGUUUUUUGUUGCGUCAUCUACACAGAAAUGGCUUUUCGGCUGACUGUAAAUGAUACUUUCUGAAAACGGGUACAAGAUUUACAUAAAUCUGUAAAUGACUACCAUUUCGUCUCUGUGUGGAUGCCCAUCUGCAUCUCUCAAAAUGAUUAUGUGACACAGCGUAACUCUUUUAUGGCGCCUGCGUGUGUCCUGCCUAAAUAACCUUUACACGCAUGCUCUGUACUCUUAUUCUGUCUUUUGUGUAUUUCCUCGGCAGCGUUACAGCCCCACUUACUGGCUUGGCAUAUGCACUACAGUGUUUUCAGUGGUUUCUUUUUAAAGGUUAAAGAAACAUUUAUUAAAGUGAAGUUUGGUGAAGUUAUCAAUGAAAAAAAAUCGAAAAUCGAGUUUUCAGAGAAAAAAAUUCAGGAUUUAAUUUUUUGGCCAAAGUCAUGCAGCCCUACUAGGAAGAAAAACAAAACGACAUUUCCGCAUGUUAGCAAGGACAUAAGAAGUUUGUCCACAGUGGUCAGCAAUAAGGGCGGAAAAUAAGAUCUUCUUAGAGUCGCUCUGAGUGAUAAAACACAGAAAAACUACGGAUAUUCAUUGACACACAUCAGUAGAGACAAAGACGGUUAAAUAAAUGAGGGAUAUUAAAAGACAAUGGCUUGUAUUCCCAAAAGAGAGUCACAAAUAUGAGCAUGUAAGCUUCAGUCAGCCUCUGUAUUUGUCUGUGACUUUUUGUGUGUGUGUGUGUGUGUCUGUGUGUCUGAAGUCACGCCUGGCUGCCUGUUAUCUACCAUAGACUCUCAGGCCCCUAGAGGGACACCAGAGGAGUCAUCUGAUUCACUUGCAGUUUCUUCUCUGACUGCAAAUUAAAACAGGACCAGCACACAGAUAGGGAGGAGAGCUGUGCUUUUUAAUUAAAUCCAUUCUGUCUCUGCUUAAUCCCCGCCAAACUGAUUCUCUUUUAACAUGUAAAAUUAACACAUGAACACUUUCAGCCGCUCUUUUUCACCUGCAUUAACAUGUGGCAGCUGCGGCUUUCACCUGGCAGUGGAAGUAUCUCUCCCAUCAUGAGUCGCUCGCUCUUUGUCUCUCUUCAGUUAAGGUCUGUUUAUGAAACACAGACGAUCAGCUCUGAUUUGAUUUGGCGUUCAGCAGCCCUGAUAAUUAUGAUGAAUCUUCCUCUUUCUCUGUGUGAAUGUGUGUAGAGUCUCUUCACCUUUUUGUACUGGCGCUGCUUUCAGCGCUGUUGAGCUAUUAGUCAGACCUGGGACAAAAGCGACUGCUUGAUUGGCGUUAAUUUGCUGUGUGCACCAGAUGUGUAAGAUUUUAAACAUUAGAUUGGUUCAAAAGUGUCUGGCAGGCUGUCAAUCUCAGAUUUUCUCUGCAAAGAAUAAACAAACUCUGUUUGUUGACUGUAAUAAUCUGACAGCAGACCCAUCUGGUGUCCAAAUAACUUUAAGUCAAACUUUUUCUGAUGUUGAUUAUUUUUUUAUAAUGUGAGCUUUUGUCAGAGUUUGCUAAGAUGACAGUUUCUUGAAAAACACCCUGAGGCAACAGUGUAAGUAUUUCAGCGGCGAUGCAAGUGAUGAAUGGUCUUUGCAUGAUGGAUGUUUCAACAGUGAUAAGAUAAUGACUGGAUACAUAAUAUUUUCAGCCAGUGCCUUCCUUCUUGGUAGAACCAGGGAUUUUUGUUUAAGAACUCUUGAUAGAGAAACACAUGGGUAUUAUACAGAGUAAGUCUGUUAACAUUUGAACCCCAUGAACAUUAACACAGGUUGGCAGUUGGACCUGAUAUGUGAUAUUAAAUGAAAUUGUAGCCCCUACUGACUUUGGUUUGAACUGUAAAUUUGGUACCACAUCUUUGAAAAUGCUGCCCUUUAAAGAGGUAACUCUUGACAAAGUAUAUAGUAGUAAGAGGUGUCACUUCUCCAUCCAGUUCAUUACCCAGGACCAAUACGAGCUCUGUACUGUAGAGUGGAGAUGCUGAUUGUACAUCUCUACAAUUAGACACAAACUGAGAGCUGUCUGCAUGGUAGGGUUGCUCAAACAAGGGUACCUCACAAUUUGAUUUGAUUUCGAUCAUUGGAGCUUCAAUUCUUCGAUUAUAUAGAUUUUUGAUUUGAUUAUUGAUGUCACGAUUCUUCGAUUAUUUCCAUUUUUUAAGCUUUUUUCCAUACAAAAUAGAUUUUGUUUUUAUCUGUGGCUACAUUUUUAAAUAAAUAGCCUAUCAAUUAACUCAGUUCCUCUAAAACUACACUUAAUAAGUAAAUAAGGUUUUUUGAACAUUUGACUUGUAUUUUUUGAAGGCACAAAAUAUUUUAUUUUGCGACUGAAUGACUGUUAUGUAAACAUUUGCACUUUGACCUACAUAACUUCAAGCGGGAAGUUUGGAGACAGUCUCCAGGAUGGUCCUCUGUGUGGCGGGCACAACCGGAGGAGUCCUCUCUGUUUUGGGAUGAAAGCAUACAAGGUGCUGCCUCAUGUUUGUGGGGUUGCUGAGGUACUUUAUUUUUGCUUUGCAAAUCUUUCAAAUCCCAUAGGUCUUGUCAGUGGUCUUGUUUGCGCUCUCACGAAAUCCAAAGUACUUCCACAUGGUUGCAGGCAACCCUGGUGGCGAGAGAAUCUGUCGCUCUUUGGAGGCUGCUGAAGCUGUUGCCAUUUUGCAAAGAAACUAACCUGCUCUGUUUGUUUUGGUCCCAUUCACUAAACAGUCUGGGCAGUGUGUUAAGGUUCCGGUUAUGUUUUUUUUUUUGUUCCGGUCAUGCAGCAAAGCAUUGAUGUUAUUAGUCAUUUGUUUAUUUAUUUUAAGCAUCGUCAUUAAUUUAGUGAUGCCACAUCGUCAUGUGAAGCAUCGCGAUGCAUCGUCGCAUUGAUGAAGCGGCAAACCCUUUAUGGUUGUGUUUGCACUUUAAAACUACGAGCAAAAAACGCUUUGAGAUUGAGACUUUGGUUCAAAGCAGAGCAAUAGGUGCACAACUUUUGGUGUGAUUAGCCAGCUGUUAAUGAAGAAAACCCUCUGAACUUUUUUGGCUUUGCAAAAAUACAGAAAAUUUGACUCAAUAAUUGCAACAAUAUGAAUAAAUAUGUCAAUAAAGUUGAGUAUUUGGCCUGAAAUAUCCUCUCAAAGUGUAUUAUACUCAGUAAGUUUUUUGUGUCGUGAGUUCCAAAGUGUGACCAGUCAUGUUUCAGGUAAUGCACCAAAAUAAAUCAAUAUCAGUUUCAAGUAUCAUUUUAGUAUUGAGUGUUGUGACAGUGCAGCUAUCGUAGUGAUAAUAUGUAUCCUGUCAUCACUAAUCUGAAUAUCAGUUUAUCAAACACCAGACUGAACCUUCUGGUAGCUGCAGUUUUGACAUCAUAGUACAGUAAGACGUUGGGAAGACUCCUGUUUCUAACUUCUGUCUGCUGUGUUUUACUUUAGAUAAUGACUCAAGAAAGCCUUCAAAUGUCUGAUGAACAAAUUUAAUGCACAGUGUUUGGCUUCCCCUGCCAUUCACCCUACCAUGAAGCUGAGGGUCUCAACAUGUAAAAUUAGUUCGUAAAAAUGAAGGACAUGAAAAACUGGGCAGAAUAAAUGGCUGUAAGGUAGGUUGAGUUUCUCUGAGCUUAGCACAAGUUUGAGAUUUGUUCUUGUGUGUACAUUUUGUGAUACCGGCGCUCAUUUGAAACCCAAAUAAGGCCCAGUUUUAUGUGGAAACUUGAAAGUUUUAGGACACAUGGAGAAAAGAGUUUUUAAACGAUGAUUUCUGCAGUUUUAAAAACUUGGCCAAAAAUCUUGAUUAUGCAAGUUUUUUUUUUCCUGCAGCAAGGUUCUUGGUCGAAGAAAUUAAUAGAAAAUAAAUUGAAUAAACAUAAUUUCCAUGUACUCCCUCUGGACAUUUGUUCUUUGCUGGCUUUACAAAUACAAAACAAACAUUCAAACAUAACUAAUUUUACAACUUGGAGCUCUCUUAUUGAUUUGGUCGGCUAGAAAAAAGGUCAGAAAAGCUGAAAAGGUUGCAAGUCGACAUCACUGUGCAUCCUCCUUUUUCUGAUCACAGAUCCUCUGCUUUUUCUCCUUUGCACAUCUUUUACUGAACCUCUGCAGUCUGCAGAUGAGGUAGAAGCCAUGGUAAGCUCCUCAACCUCCGUCACUGUGUCCAUACCUUCCACCUCACUCCAUUCUUGUUUUAUUUCACUCUCACUGAGGGUCCAUAAAGGGAUCUCACAGUUAAAAGAUUGGUCAGUGGUUCUAAGGUUAAUCCACUGGAAAUCAAGAGAAAGUUUGAAAGCAGUUUGGAGUUUUAAAUAAGUUUAAAUUUUGUUUUGUGUGCUUUUUUACGACAAUAGAACCACUUUUCUCUUGGCCAAGUUUGAUGAAAAACAAUAAUAUGCUCAGAUGAAGCAAUUGUACAAAAAUACAAAAAUGAAAUAAAAUAAAUUACAGCUGAAGAUUAGAUUUAAUCUCUAUUAUCCCAGCAUGAUUCUGUCUCUGCGUGUGACCAAUUUACUCUCCUCUGACCAUUUUUCCUUUCCUCUCAUCUUCCUCCUUUUUACACUCCCUGUAAUUCCCUCACAGAUGCUGUUUUUAUUUUCUCCGUCAUUCAUCCAUUGAAGUGUGUUUGCAUGUGAAUGUAAGAGCCUUCCUGCCAGCACGCUGUCACGCACCUGGGCAUGUGCAUGCUUGUGUGAGUGUGUGUGUGUAUUUGUCACCUUCAGUGCUUCGUAACUACUUCAGAAAAGAGUGCGAUCCACAGCGAGAUGGUGUGUGUUAUAAUUUUCUGUACCAGCACAGACACAGGCGCAGUGAAAGGAUGGAGGUAGAUGGAUCGAUGGGUGGUUGAAUAGAGAAGGACGCGAGUGGAAAGUGAAGAUUUUCAAAGAAGUGUAAUUUGAGGGUUGUUGCCUGCUGUUUGUGGUUUCUUUCUUUUUCAUGCUAUGCAGCGUCUUUUUACUUUUUGCACUUUAACUUACUUGUUUGCAUGGUCAAAAAUACCUGUCACUGACAUGGGAUGUGUGCAUGCGUGUGAAAUCUCGUUUAUAUGCUUUGUCCUUUUUUUGUUAUCUUGUUUUUUCAGUGGUGUUUUAACAGUCUCAGGAUGUUUAUAUCGUGGUUUACAGAUGAUCUGUGGAUGACUCUUCAUUGUCUAAGCUAGGGUUGCCAACCGUUCCUUGAAAAACAGAAUAAAACAGAAUUAUUCCGUAUUUAGAAACAAAAGUAUGUGUCCUGUAUUGAGCUGAAAAGGGACACAUCAACUUAAACUGUUUCACACACACACAAAAAAAGCGUCAAACAUUCAUCAUGCUGGAAAGGGUGAAGGCAGUCAGGUUGGCCGGACCUGCCAGUGAGGUGUCCUGCAUUUUUUAAGGGAGUUGGCAACCCUAGUCUAAGCUGGUGCUGUCAAUAUUGCAAUAUUGGGUGACCUGCUCCGACCAUCUAUAUGUUGAAUCUGCUACCAUAGUGGCCAUGUUUAUGUGAUGCCCUACUCUGAGUGUGGCAUCAGAUAGUUAUAUAGUUAUCUCUGGUUAAGGAGCAGCCACACAGACUUGAUACACAGGUGAUCAAGAGAGAAAUACACAUUUGAUUACUUAUUGGCUAACAUCAAAAACCAAGGAUCAUUAUCAGUUCAGGUUAAAUUUUAAGUUUAAAAAUCACAGAUCUGACAGGAAAGAGAAAUGUUUUCUCAAUCUUAAUGAUCAUUUACAGAUGACUACUUCAGGUUUUUUUAUGUUUAUGCUGCUGUUUAUUUUUACAUCAUGCUAGCGAGCCAACGCUGCAAAAGUACAAAUCGGUGCAUGUGUCUUAAGGUCCUUACACACCGGGACCGUUUUUACCGUGUGAUUAUUUUGGACGUCAGUAUUUUUUUUCAAACCGGUAUCCUGUCAAUACAAGCGUUCACAUCAGAGACAUUUUUGCGUACUGCGAUAUUGCGGCAUUUAUCUUUUCGGAUCAUGGUCAAUUUCUCUAAAGUUACGCAUACUGUGUGACUUCUGACCAAUCAGAUUGGGUGUUGUUGCAACGUCUGAUUCACCGGUAUAUCCAACAUGGCCGACCAGCUGAUUGUUAACAUGUUGGAGAACAGAGUGCUUUUUGAUGAAAGACACAAACAUUACAAAGAUAACAACCUGAAACACAAUUUGUGGUUUGUGUGCUUUAACAGUUUGCUAAACGUCUUUGUUUAACUUUCAUCUGUGCUAACAUAAGCUAACAGUUGUUACCAUAGUUUCAUGUGUUUAUCUGGUACUGGCCCCGACUCAGUACAUCCUAUCAUGACAGAAAGCAUCUCAACACUAGUGUCUAGUGUCUAGUCCCCUGCCUCUUCAAACUUGGAGCUAAUUGUUUUAGCAGAACUUCAAAUUGUCCAACGGACAUCUGAAAAUAGGUUCUGAAGCGACUGUGGUAGUUUCAGUUCCUGAAUCAAGCAGUGAAACUCACCAAGUUCUCUUCUUUUUUGUAAUAUUGAGUGCACCCAUGUGCUACGUUUCUUUUGAGAAAGCAAAAGGAGUACCAAUUCACCAUCACUUGAAGUUGAACGGUUCCACCCUGACGCUGUAGGAUGGUAAGAGAAGGUCCCGCCCUCCUUCGCCUCUGAUUGGCUAUAAGCGCUGACCGUUUGGCUUGAGCGUGUGAUGACGUUUCCAGCUUUUCUAGCCAAUCAGAGGCGAAGGAGGCACGACUUUUCCCGGGAAAAGUUUUCCCCGGGAUGCGUCUUUUCCCCCCCAGAAAAUCGCAAAAUUGCAUCGGGCUUGAUGUGCAUAGUCAGGCUCGUCACAAUUCGCCUCUAAAUAUUUCGCAAUUUUGCGUCCUAUAUUUGCGUCGACCCCGGUGUGUAAGGACCUUUAUUUGGAUCAUGGGAUUAUUUGCCUUUCAGCUGCUUAAUCAGGACUUCAGUACUCUUGUCCUGAAUCCUAUUAUUAAAAUUUAUUAUUAAAUUAUUAUUAAAAUCUACCAUUUAUUGAUUUAUCUUAAAUAUUUUGCUGGCACAAGGUUAAGAUUUCUUAUUGCUCUACUGGAUCAAAGUUUAUAAUGAUGAGGGUAAGACUUCUAGUGUUACAGUUUUACCAGCAACCCCUUCAUAGGAACUUGCAGUUGAAUGAAAAUGUAGUUGUCAUAGCUACAGGCUUGUAAUCCCCAGUUGGGGUCGCUAUGUAUAACUAUAACACCAAUCUCAACCUGUACUGUACUUGACAUCGUAUUGUUGGCGGGCAAAUGUAAUGUAGGAACAGGCACCAGCAUAAAUAUUAGCCCUUCCUAAGAAGUCAACUGUAAAAUUUUCUGUAUGCGUAGGCAAAUGUUUGCCUCUUUUCCGGUUGUAUCUGUGAUUUUUAAUGUUAAUGUUCAAUUGAAACCAAAUACAGGUUUCCUUUUCCAAGCAAAGCAAAGACAACCUUAGCUGGGACCUUGCUGCAAUGAAGCAGUUUGUUAUAAUGUUUCCUGGGAAUAGACAUGGAUUUCUGAUACUCAGGGAAAAUCCAAGUUAAACAGCAGGGUGAUAGAAGAACACAGAGGUAAAUGGUCUGUAAAUAGUGCUUUGUAUUCUUCCAAAAGCUCAAAGCACUUCAACCCUACAUGCCAAAAACACCCUUUCACACACAUUCACACAGUGAUGGCAGAAGAUGCUAUGUAAAGUGCCCAUCAGUAUGAACUAAUCCCAGUCACACUCAUUUACUGUACACACUACUGGCUUCGCCACUUGGGAGCAAUUUGGGAUUUAUUGUCCCACCCCAAGGAGCUGGGAUCAGACGUCUGGCUGAAAUAUGAGCCAUUACGCCAGAGAGCCAUAGCCGUCUUCUUCAGUGUUGGCAAAAAUGGGAUUCUAACCAGUAACUUAAUCAAAAAGAAAUCCUCAAACUUCUUCUUUGUAUGAAUAAUUUCUAGAUGCCUGAAAAUGCUGGAGAGGCUUAGAUUUUUUAAAGAGUUUCCAGGAAAUGAUAACUCUAAAACACCACCAUGUUUUCCAGUAUUUGACUGGAUCUUGGCUUGUAGGUUAAGAUCAUUGUGAAACAUAUGCCAUAAUUCAAGCAAAAACAUCAAUAUUGCUGUUGUUGAUUUAUAUAUAUAUUUAUAUGUAUAUAUUUAUAUGUCCUUUUGAUCUGUUCUGGCUGUCUGUGAUACUGUGAUUGCUUGGGGCACACAGCCUUUUGAGAUGUCUGAGGGUUGAUUUGUUAAAAUUUGGUUUUACUGCUCAUUGAUAUCUGCUAAGCACAUGUUUACAUUGUGGUAUUUUCAUUCAAAUUCUGUUUACCAACCAUUUUCUGACACUGAUAUGUGCUUUAUGCUCUCCUCAUUGUUAUGCAUGUCUGUACUGCUUGUGGGGAUAUAUGUUCUACUGUAUGUGCAGAGUGCCUGAAAUCCAUUUUUACUGUCUCUUUUUAUUUAUUCUUUAAUAAAUGCCCCACCCCCACCCCCCACUGCAUGCUGCAUUAUUGUCAGGGUAAUAUUGAUGGGAAGAAGUCAAAGGGGUCAAUACACUUCUAAACAAAUUCAAUGGCCUAAGGGAGAUCAUUGACUCACUGUUGUUCUUCAUCAUACUGUAGUUUUAUAACAGAAUAUGAUCACAGUAAUUUAGUAAAUAAUCUUAUUCUCAUAAUUAAAAACAUAAAACAAAGUCAGAAUAAGUAACUUUACCAAUCUCUAAAAAUGAAGUAAGAAAAAACAGCAAAACCACUCUUUAAUCCCCUCGUCUGUGUGUGUUUCUGUGUGUGCACUCUUUCAGGCUCAGAAGCUACAGAAGAAAGAUUCACAGCUGAAAGCGCUGGAUGCUUUCUACAAGGAGCAGCUGGCACUACUGGAGAAGAGGGUACAGCAUUCACACAGACACAGACACAGACACACACACACACACACACACACACACACACACACACACACACACACACACACACACACACACACACACACACACACAUACAUACAUACAUGCACACACAGUAUUCAUUAGAGGCACCCUCAGACUUCCACAAAGUUGCACAUACAGCACACACAAAAUGAGAUGCAUAAGCACACAGAUUUUUCUAAAGCCCCCCCACCCCCAAAAAACAGCCACACUAUUUCACAAUCACAGAACUGCAGGCACAGAGACAUUUCAGUUUUCCAAAUGUGCAGAUGAUAUGUGCAAACCCACUCAGUCUACCAUGGCUGUGUGACAACAAAAAGAGAAUAGACAUCAAUGUUUCUGUUAACUGUCAGUAUGCAAAUUGUUCAACAUGAAUGGAAAAGUUGUCUGAAUCCAGUGGAGUUGGUUCACUGUAAAACUGUUCCACAGUGAAACCUGGUUCAAAUCUGAGUGAUUCAGUUCAGUUCAGAUCAGUUUAGUUUAAUUCAGUUCAAUUGAAUUCAGUUCAUUUUAGUCCAGUUCCAUUCAAACCAGUUCAGUUCAACUCAGUUACACUGAUUCUUCAUCCUUAUUCAAUUCUAAUUAAUUCAAGUUAAUCCCAUUCUGAUGGGUCAUGGACCCUUUUUCAGUAUGUCACAGGCAUGUACCUGGGUGAAAAAAGGAAAGCAAUUAAAUCCUGUGCUUUUAUUUUGAAGGGCAUUGUUCAUGCAGGGGACUGUUGUCUUUUCACACUCCGGAAAUGCAGGUGGCGAUAAUACCAAGUUAUGCUGAUUCACACUUACAACUUUACAGCAUAGAAGAAGAGCAGAAAGUUUGAAAAUAUGAUGCUGACUACAUGAGAUAUGGGUUUACUUACAUCAAGGACAAAGAAGCGCAGAAACCUCCAUAGUGCAGUAUUGGUUGUUAUAGAUCCACUGAGUGAGUAUUCUCAGCUAAAGCUACAUAACUUGAGUCUUUUGAAAUAUUUCUCAGUAUUGGACUUUUUGAGUUUGAAAACAAACAGAUGCUGUCAAAAAUGACUGACUGAAAUGCUCUGUUUUUAUGUCAGCCUUAUUUUUAAGGUUCAGUGUUUUUUAAAUAUAUUUAGUGAUUGGGUACUCAGCCAAAGCUACAUAGAUUGAAGUGAUUUUGAAACUUAUCUUAAUAGCUGGAGUUUUUUCAUUUCAUGUUUGUACAAGAAAGCAUCUCUGAGUACUAUGUUAAAAAGGGCUGAAGCUAGCUACAAUAAUGCAUAUUGUAACAGCCUCAUGAUCAAUAGUUCUACUUAUUCAAUAUGAGUAACAAAGGGCUGUUCAGUAUUGAUGCACUCUUGAAACACAGUGUCCUUAUGAUUCACUUUUUCAUUUUAUUUCAAAUGCAGCCGAUUGAUUGUAAAAGGGUACAGUUUCCUGACUUGCAAGUUGAAAAUUUCCUCGAUUUGGGUCACAGCUUGUCAUAAAGGGUGAGGGUGGGUCUUUAGGCCACACCUGUUGAGAACCAGACCAGGUCUGUAAAGAAAAAUGAAAACUUUGGGUACUCGAUGCUUUCGAUUCCUCUUGAUAUGUCACAGACCUAGUGUGCAUCAGUAAACUAAUAACGCUCUAAUAGCCACAGCAGUUACAGUAUAGCAAUUUCAGUGCACAAAAACAAACAAAAACAAAACUUGUUGGAGGAGCUCUGCACGGAGUGUGUCUAUAAAUGUGAUUUAGAGGGGAACACAGAUUUAAACCAGCUCCUGAGUCUCUAGAGAGCCCUCAUAAGCCCUUUCUGUCUCUUUCAUCUGUCUGACAUUUACCAGGCAGAAAAGGUGUGGGAGCUGCUGGGCUCGAGUUAAGUCUCAGCUUCACUAGACAGCCACACAAGAAGGACCUUUACACAGGUUCUCUUGGGGUAGUUCUCCUCUAGUGCUCAGAUUGAAAGACCUUUAUAGGACAUAAUGUGUAAAAUCUAAGAGCUUUGUUCUGUUUACUAUGGCUAAUUCAAGAAAAUCCUACAAAGGGAAUUCAACUCUCAUGAGGCAGCUGUAAAUGGGAAUACCAUCACUAUAGAGUGUUACAGUUUCCCCAUGUGGUUCAUGUGUUUGAAGCUGAGGGAAAACUUUAUUCACUCAAUUUCCCUUAACUAAUUUAUCUUUGUCAUCCUGGAAGAUAGUUGACUACUUAUCAAAGUUGUUGGGAUAUUACUGAUAAAAGUCUUAGAUAUUUGGUUUAGAAGGUAAAAGAAAACAAUAUAGUAUGGAUGUGUGCAUGUGUGCAGGGUUCGUAGAGGUUGUGUUCAGUGCCUGCAAUAAGAGGAUAGAGUUCUUGGUGGCCACUGACUCGAGCAAUAAGCCUUUUUUCUGUUUGGUUAAGCUUUUUAGUCAUAGCAUGUCCAAUCCUGUCCUGUGAAAGAGGAGACAAGAAAAUGGGCUUCCUUUUUCCCUCUUUUCUCACUUUCUUUCACCUUACUCCCUUCGUUUUCUUUCUCUUUGUUUUGAACAUGCUGACAAAAAGGAAUACUAUGUAUGGGCAUACAAAGCAUGUUGCAUAACAGCAUUUACUCUCUAUAUGGACACCAUUAACGCCUGAAAACUAGGGCUAUUCUUUAAUCCAUUCAACAAUUUAAAUUUAAUCAGUGUUGUUAGGGGGGUUUGGACCAAUCAGAAUCAAGUGCUUAGCACACCUGAGUAAUGAGCAAGACAGUCAAGUAAUAACAUGGUGUGUCAUUCUUUGAUUAAUAAUCAGUUAUUGUACAACCACUUAAUCAGGAUGUAAUUAUUAUCAGGGGCAAUCAAUCCCGUGUCAUAUCGUAUCGGUUCGUAUUGUAUCAUAUCAUAUCGUAUCGUAUCGUUUCAUAUCGUAUCCAAUUGAAUCAAAUCGUUUGGUAUCUUUCCGUUUGCAUGUACACUCACCGGCCACUUUAUUAGGUACACCUGUCCAACUGCUCGUUAACACUUAAUUUCUAAUCAGCCAAUCACAUGGCGGCAACUUAGUGCAUUUAGGCAUGUAGACAUGGUCAAGACAAUCUCCUGCAGUUCAAACCGAGCAUCAGUAUGGGGAAGAAAGGUGAUUUGAGUGACUUUGAACGUGGCAUGGUUGUUGGUGCCAGAAGGGCUGGUCUGAGUAUUUCAGAAACUGCUGAUCUACUGGGAUUUUCACGCACAACCAUCUCUAGGGUUUACAGAGAAUGGUCCGAAAAAGAAAAAAUAUCCAGUGAACGGCAGUUCUGUGGGCGGAAAUGCCUUGUUGAUGCCAGAGGUCAGAGGAGAAUGGCCAGACUGGUUCGAGCUGAUAGAAAGGCAACAGUGACUCAAAUAACCACCCGUUACAACCAAGGUAGGCAGAAGAGCAUCUCUGAACGCACAGUACGUCGAACUUUGAGGCAGAUGGGCUACAGCAGCAGAAGACCACACCGAGUGCCACUCCUUUCAGCUAAGAACAGGAAACUGAGGCUACAAUUUGCACAAGCUCAUCGAAACUGGACAAUAGAAUAUUGGAAAAACGUUGCCUGGUCUGAUGAGUCUCGAUUUCUGCUGCGACUUUCGGAUGGUAGGGUCAGAAUUUGGCGUCAACAACAUGAAAGCAUGGAUCCAUUCUGCCUUGUAUCAACGGUUCAGGCUGGUGGUGGUGGUGUCAUGGUGUGGGGAAUAUUUUCUUGGCACUCUUUGGGCCCCUUGGUACCAAUUGAGCAUCGUUGCAACGCCACAGCCUACCUGAGUAUUGUUGCUGACCAUGUCCAUCCCUUUAUGACCACAAUGUACCCAACUUCUGAUGGCUACUUUCAGCAGGAUAAUGCGCCAUGUCAUAAAGCUGGAAUCAUCUCAGACUGGUUUCUUGAACAUGACAAUGAGUUCACUGCACUCAAAUGGCCUCCACAGUCACCAGAUCUCAAUCCAAUAGAGCAUCUUUGGGAUGUGGUGGAACGGGAGAUUCGCAUCAUGGAUGUGCAGCCGACAAAUCUGCGGCAACUGUGUGAUGCCAUCAUGUCAAUAUGGACCAAGCUCUCUGAGGAAUGCUUCCAGCACCUUGUUGAAUCUAUGCCACGAAGAAUUGAGGCAGUUCUGAAGGCAAAAGGGGGUCCAACCCGUUACUAGCAUGGUGUACCUAAUAAAGUGGCCGGUGAGUGUAUAUAAUAUAGUAUGCUCGAUCGUGCUUAAUCAUACUAUGUUGUAUAAUAUUGUCCACAUAUUUCAAUUCUUAUCCCUGCUGUUGAAUGGUAUUGAAGGUUUUUUGGACCUUGUUUUCCAUUUUCAGUUUUUCAUCGUGUCAAACAUUAAGCCCCUGUCAUUGUGAAGCUGAAAUUCCACACUGGUCUGAAAUGAUGUUUUUCUGAACAUACGCAUUCCUCUUCUAUAGUGUUCAUUUUCCUUUGUUGAAAAAGAAAACAGAGGAUACUUUUUAACUUGAUUUGAAUAGUUUUGAAGCUGACAUGUCCUCACCAUUCAGUGCGUUCAGUUUAAUGAAGAGUGGGUUUGUUGAUCCUUCCAGAGUGAAUUUAUUCAUGAUUCUUUGAGGCUCUUUUGCUGAGGGUUGAAGAUUGGGUCUGUAUUUGUUCCUUCUCUCUCAAGAUCCUGUGGCUUUCUACUUUAAAUGACAUACAAAGAACGAAACAAAGAGGGUUGAAAUUAGCAUGCAGUGAGCUUAAAACCUUUCUAACCUAAAUGAACAGUUGGGCACACAUCUAAAAUACAAGCGUACACAUACACACACUCAGGUCUUGGUGUCAGAUGCUGGCUAUUUGUGUUGGUUUCAUUAAUAACUGGUUGGGUUUACAGAGGGAGCAGAAGACUGGCAGGCUGACACAUGGGAGGCGCAAGCUGUGUUUGCAGUUGAGCUUUGAAUGUUUGUAGAAAGACCUUCAUGUGUUGGUAUGUAUGAGCCUCUGUGACAGAGACAGAAGGAGAGAGAGGGAGAGAGAGAGAGUAAGAGAGAGAGAUGAGUGUGUACUGUAUAUUCAGGUGUACUGUAUAUGUAAAUGAGUGAUUCCUGCGUCUAUCUGCAGGAUCAGUGUGUUUGCAGACUGCACCAGAAGCCUCCUAAUGCCUUGGGUUUAGUCUGUUUGACUGCUCAAAAUGUUCUCACUGCUUGAGGUUUACUUUUUUCACACUGCACAGCUGAGCUGAUCCAAGAUGAGUCAAGUCAAACUGAGCGAGGCUUAUGCUAAUGUUGUGUCGCCCUUUGCAUUAACAUACGUCCUGGAUUGAGAUGUAAAGAAAAGCAAAAUCUGUGAAAAUAUGAUAUGUGCAAUUAAAAGAGCAGUUUCCAAUUAAAGUGACAGUCCAACACCUGGAAAACAAUCUGGAUGGUACUUAUUGUUCACCAGUCUUCUCUGAGUAAAAAUAUCUUUUUGGUGAUAUAGAGAAAUAUGAUCGAAUUUAGAGGGAUGUAGGUCUGCAAAGCUUCAGUGCGAACCAGUUGUUACUCCAAGGAAUUUCUCAGAUUUUCUCUGUCUUUCCACACGAUUCCUGGCACAUAUAAUCUUCAUAUUAGCUCGCAGUUUCUCUGUCUGCUUUCUGAUUUUGCUGUUAAUAUUGAGAGAGUAUUAAAUAUUGAGUGAAAUCUAGAAGGACAGACACAAACUGCAAGCUUCUUUAAUUUUGACAAUACAGUAGCCCAUCUGUAAUGCAUUUAAUCCCCAUUGUAACCUUUUUUGUUUUAUAUCAUUUCAUGAAAAGUUUUUACCAGAGACAUACAUGAUCAGCCAUGCAGUUAUGACCACUGAUCGGUGAAAUAAAUAUAAAUUAUUAUGUUAGUACAGUGCACCUGUCAGCGGGCAUUAAAUGAAGAUUUGGUCCUCGCAGUUCAUCUUAAGGAGUCAACUUUAGAAUGAGUUAGACUGACAGCAUCCAAUCCAGGAGCAUAUCUUCAGAGUCCAGUCUAGUUCACGUGUCUUUAGGUCAGAGAGCGUCUGCACGAUAUUAGACAUGUGGUCAUAAUGUUAUGUGAGAUGAUAAAAUUCAAGAAGGAUUGAGGAACAGCACCUCAAAGAUUCUUAACUGUGCACAGAGGGAGACACAUCACAGUUUGCAAGAAGAAGAAUGAUAUAAUGAUAAGAAUAGUAAAAACGAAAAUAAUGAUUAUCAAAAUAUGUAUCCAUCGUAUCACAUCGUGUUGUUUGCACUGCAGAGAUACAUUGUUUAGUAUCAUUAGUAUUGUAUUGUGUUGUGUUACACCGUUCUGUACCCUGUCAUUCAUUUCAAAUAAGCUUUAUUUGUCAAUUAUAGAAGCAAUCAGAAUCUUGUAUUAUAUUGAAUUAUAUCACCAUAUCGUGUCUUACUGUGUAGUAUUGUAUCACAUAGUAUCCUACCAUAUCCUAUCGUAUAGUACGGUAUGGUAUAGUAUCAUAUUGUACUAUGUUAUAUCAUGUUAUAUAGUGCUGUGGAAUUUUCUACUUCUGAAACUUGAAGUCUUUGUUUAAAACUAGUCCUUACAAGCAAAAACUAGCGUCCGACUUUAUUUCAGUGUUUGUAAUCAUGGAUUUUUGAUGCAUCUUCAAGCUAGCAUCAGUGUCAGUGUCUCACAGAUUUCUUUUCUCUAGCUCACUUCAGAGUACAACCCCUUGCAGUCAUAAAUCUACUGAUGGGUGCAGGAAUAACACCAAACUGAAGAGUGGUAGUCCAGGUAGAUAUCAGAAAUGUAGUUGAUGUGGGCAAGAGCACUCCGGACUUCCAAAUACACAUGUUAAUAUUGUUUUAUUUCCCCUUUUGUCUUCUACUCUUGCUCCCUCUCACUGACUGGUCUCUCACUCUUACACAAACACUCCUUUCAUUGUAGAGGAUAGUUUGAAGAUAGAGGAAAUAGAGCGUACAAAAGGAGAUAAUAAUCCUCCUCCAAGUCUGACAGGUUGCUUGACACGCUGUCAGCAGGGGCCUCCACGUAGUGCACCAAAAAAGAAAAAAAAAACAAAAAACUGCACACUACACUCAAAAACGCUUUUCUCCAAGUAUUGCCACUGGCAGUUUCUUUUUUUUUUGUGGCCAAACAGACUGGCAGAGGACUUUGUUUAUGAUGGCAUGAAAGAAAACACACAUACUGCACACACCACAGGUAAAAAUUUGCAUACACACAGAUUAACAGUGCUGUAUCAGUAUUCAUGACAUGUUGGCGCCCUCUCAAGUUUUUAAAUACUUUGUUAAAACUCCCACUUUUUUGCUGUCUUGCACUUUUUCAUGCAAUACUCUGAGGGCCCUGUGCAGCUCGAGUCAAAGUUUAACACUUUCAUCCUGUGAAAAGCUAUCUGCUCAAUAUGCUGCAGAGAGAGCUUCAAGUCUGCUUAUUAGUUUAGCUUGUUAGCAGCUUUUCCACAGAGGCUGCGCCCAUCUGGAGAUGAAGAUAUGAGUUUCGUAUCAUUACUUAACACUGCAGGAUUGCAGCUUACAUUAGGGUUGCCUCAUUAUUUUGCUUGUCCAAGAAAAGUGCUUGUGUACUUUCCUAAAGAGUUGUAAACAAAAUCAACUGGCUACAUUUAAUUUAAUGCUGCUGUUGAGAUUUUUAACAGUUAUGAAACAGUCUUCAAUUAAUUCUGAUGCCUCGAGAUGACCCCAAAAAGCAAACAGACCAUCAGGGAGAAAAUAGACAGUUUUUCAAUAGACUUCUUAAAUUCCUUUUCCCACUGCCUCCAUGUAAGUGUCAGACGAAUAUAUUAGCAGUAUACUGCUGAAACAACCUAUAUUUACAUUUUUCACUAACAGUGAGCGAUGCAGAGACGGAUCAAAGGCAACGGGACGAUUUUUUGCAUAAGAACAAGACAAGAUCAGCAAUGAGAUAAGACACAAUGCUUUGUCAUCAGGGACAUAAAAAAGUCACAAAACUAAACUUGCUCACAGUCUCUGAAGGUGCGAAAUUUCCGAUCUUUGCAAGAAAAUAUGAUCCAUCAAAAACUGGAGAUGUACAUGUAGAGUAUUAAAACUGUCACCGUCAGCAUCAGAAUUGCCAGUUGGUUUCACUAAUUAUUAAUGUUUUUAUUAGUGAAAGCAUGAACUGCCAGUCACAUGUUGUGUCGAAGCUCCAGCGCAGCCACCCACCACGAGCUGGGGCUGUAGCUUUGGUUUGUGGAUACAGCCACAGUCCUAACAUGCUUUAUUACCUGGAUGUGAACAGUCACAGAUCACAGAUGGCAUCUUGGAGCUCUGCAAAGUUUGACACUAUUUUGACAGAGAAAAAUGAAAUCAAGAUUUAUUAAGUCUGUGCUGAGUGAAACUGGCAUAUAACCACUUGUUGACUUUAUGUUGACUUUAAACUGCAAGGAGGUCUCAGCCACUGUCUUCCAACCAGUUUAGUAUAAUUAACUCAACCAUUCUGUGAGGGUAUAUUUAUGGGGUUAAAUUGUCUUCAUAAAACUGCUCUUCAUAAAUGUCACUUGAACUUGCAUGUCUCUGAUCUCUCUCAGAGACAGUAUAUUAUUCCCACACUGCCAACAUUUCUUUCUAUCAUUAGUUAGAUGUGCUUAAACUGAUGCAACACAACUGAUGAAAAAGGGCAACUGACAAUGGUUCAUAUCACAUUAAUUCUUAAGCAAUUGGGCUAAUGUUUGCUGAAACUUAAAAUGACAUCUGUCCAUCUUUACAUGUCUUUAAAAUUUCAGUAACUUAAAACCAAAUCAAAGGAACCUUGAGCUAAUCUUUUAGAAAACUGAUUGAUUGAUUGAAGGAGAGUCACUAUAGAGAGAGAAGUGAAUUGAGAGUUGACUCUUUCUCUGUGUGUUACAGACUUCUGUCUGAUGAAACAGUGACAGUUAAUGUGAGCUUAUUGGAAAUACCCAAGACAUAGACAAGUGAUACUACUAUCAAGUCUGAAUGUUAAGUAGGAUAUUCAAGUAUUGAAAUUAGUGUGUGUAUAUCAACAUGUAAAUUUGUGUUGUAUUGUUUGGUGACAUCUUAUGUCAGUAUUCAUUAGUCCAUUAGUGACUACUGUGACCCUUUAGUAGCUUCAGUACAGGAGAAAAAUAGAAGGUAUGCAGAAAGGAGAAACACUUGAGGAGGACAGACAUAUGUAAAUACGAAGGUGCAUAGGAUGUGACACUUAGAGCUGUCCCUUUCAGCUCACAUACAUAUUGUGUAUAUACACAUAAAGACGGGGUCAAUGGUGUUACACCAGAGAAAACUCUUCUGUGUUUUUCAGUGGAUGUAGCCGACAGUGUUAGGUCAGACUUAAAGGUCAGAUGGAGUAGGAGUGUAUGUGGGUUAAAAGACUGCACCUUUUUCAUUUGGAUCAAAGGGCGUGUGUAUGUGUGUGGGUGCGUGUGUGUGUAUGGGUUUAGAUGUGUUUGUAUGUGUGUGUCUGGAUUUUUUUCCACCCACCUGUGGACCUUUGUGUGUGAUGUCUAAUAUAAAAAAAGACAUUUUUGGCCUUGGCAAGUGCUCGUGUUUCAGUAUUGUGCAGUGUGGAAGUCUGACUGAAACAACCUUUUCAGCACUAAAGCUGGUCAACUGAAGAGUGUGAGAGGCAUGAAAUCCUCAUCUUUAACCUGCAAGUCGUACUUGUUGCUGAUUCAGUUACACCUACAAGUCAACCUGAAAUCAAUCUGUUGGAAGGAGUUCAAUUUCACCUUACCCUGUUGACACUGUGGCAAGUUUCUGUCACAGGCUGGUCUUGAGAGUCAGUAAACAAUCACCCUGCUAAACGUCACAAAUGUGAGAGGUUUUGCUCACCCUGUUAGAAUUCUAAUUUCUGCAAUCAUCUGCUUGCCAAACAUCAUCCCUUGCUUAGUUGGAAUGAGUUUUGGUUACUGCAGAGGAUAAUAGAGGACUGCAGAAGAGGAUAAAUGUUAGAAAAUAUCUGCAGAUAAACUCACAGACAUUGUGUAUGGAUAUGAGGAAGCUCACUGUCAAGAGGAAAAAGAUGUGAGUGUAGUAAUAAAGGGCAAGGGAUAAUGGUGACAGAAGCUUUGGUGUGAAAAGUAAUAAAGUAAUUCACUGCAGAUGACAGUGCUGGAUAAGAAACCCAGCAAACACGCCUAAUUCACUGAUAUCACCAUGGUAACUGGUGAUGCCACCCUUAUUCCUUUGUUCCUUUGUGUAAUCCAAAAGACGGUUUCAUUGAAAAGCUCUUUGAUUGCAUGUUUCUGGGGUUUCAUGUUCCUGUGCAAGAUUGAGACUUAAAAUGUACAUCCUGGAACUGAUCCUGGAGUGUGUGGGCAAUCCUGGGCUAAAAAGAAGCAUAAAUCAUGUAAGCAUACUCAUACCAAGAAGAAAUUAAAUAGAGCAACAUGGGCAACACUGAUGCAAGAAAUGCAAAAGUAUUAUAGUGGUGAAAUUCACAGCAAAACCAAAGUCACCAAUUGAUGCAGAGGUAAAAUGAAUGUUUUUGUAAAUGGCAGCUUGGAGGAGUGCAAUGUCGCUUAAAUCUGCCCCAUGCUCUUUUUCUGUUAUCUGUUGAGCUGGUGGCCUGAUUAAAGCACACAACAGAUAACACAUAUCAAGUGUAGUUCAAUUCAACAGCUCAUCAGCAUUCUAUUAGUGGUCUAUCCUGCUAGCGUUUAUGCUAACCUGCUGUGUUUUGUAGUUCUUGGAGAGGUCUGGGUGUUUAUCUCUGCUGUUUUGUAGCAUCUUUUGCACACAGGUUUCAAUAAUCAGUGGGUUUUCCACUGGAGUUGGCUUUUUAGGCAAAGUACUCCCACAAGAGAUUUCAACAGCAGGUUCUAUUCACCAGCUCAGGGUGAGGAAAAUAUCUUACCCAAUUUUGGCCAAAACUAAAAUCCAGAUUUUUUCUCUCCAAAAACUAGAUUUCUGAUUUCGAUUUUUUAUUCAGUGACAACUUUACCGAGCUUCACUUUAAUAAUAAGUUUUUCUAUCAUCUCUCGCAACGAAAACAUUAAAAACAAUGUAGUGCAUAUGCCAAGCCAGUAAGUGGCGCUGUAGUGCCAUCAAGGAAAUGCACAAAAGACAGAAGAAGAAAACAGAGCAUGCAUAUAAAGGCUUUUUAGCGGAACACACUAAGAGCUGUGUGCCACGUAAUCGUUUCACAAGAUGCAGAUAGUCAUCCACACAGAGAUGAAAUGGUUGUUGUUUACAGAUUUAUGCACUCGUUUCUGUGUGGACGGGUUGAUACCGCCUUUGGACAGACUGUGCAGCGGGGAGUGGUUUGCUCGUCAUAUGAAACUGCAAAGCUGUACCAAUUUAAAAUCGAUUAAUCGUACAGCCCUACCUCCACCCUUCUUCUUUGAUCACAUUUUUUUAUCUCAGAAAACACAAUUUUUGAUUUCAAUUUUUUAUUCAGUGACAACUUCACCAAACUUCACUGAAAUAAGUUUUUCUAUCAUCUCUAAAAAAGAAACCACUGAAAAUGAUGUAGUGCAUAUACCAAGCCAGUAAGUGGCACUGUAACACAGCUGAGGAAAUGCACCAAAGACAGAGUGAGAGUACGGAGCAUGCGUAUAAAGUUUGUUUUGGCAGUGCACAGGCGACAUAUAAGAGUUACAUUGUGUGUAACAUAAUUGUUUCAAGAGAGAUGCAGAUAGGCAUCAACACAGAGAUGACAUUGUACUCAUUUACGGAUUUAUGCACUCUCUGACUCAUUUUUCAAAAAGUACCGUUUACAGUCAGUGCCGAUACGACAAAAAACACAGAAUUCGUUUCCAUUUCCGUGUGGAUGGGUUAAUACCGCCUUCAGACAGACUUUGCAGCAGGGAGUGGUUUGCUCUUCAUCCGAAACUGCAAAGCCGUUACAAUUCCACACAACUGACUUGCUCUUGCCCUAUUUGGCCACGAAAUUAUCGCCUUCAUUUGAAAUGCUAUGUUUGUUUAUUCUGGUGUGUGUUGAAUCUGGGGAACGCUCCCGCAGGAAGGUGGAGCCUACGGUGGCCUAGAGAUGCAAGACUUGAUAGAGAGGAAAAUUGAUUUGACGAUUUCAAUUUUUUUAAUAUCGUCAUAAUCAAAUAAUCCAAUUAUGAUUGAAAAUCGAUUAAUCGUGUAGCCCUAGUCGUCAUAGGUAGUGGACAUGUUUGGGCAGGGGCAUUGCUUUUCCCUCUCAGUAGAAGAGAAGGCUCACGCUGUACAAAGAGACGGACAUAGACAAACAGACAGACACAAGUCAUUAUCAGUAUGAAAUGCCAUUUUAGGUGAUGCUGCUGCCUUGUUGAGAUGCAUGUUGUGAUAUUUAAUCCUCUCAUUCCAGAAAAGGUGUCUUUCUCAAUCACCUACAUCAGAGCCACUUUGAACCACUUGACCUAAAAAGUAGUUCAAAUUGCUGCAUAAAGUACUGCAUGUCAGGAAAUUCUAAUAACAUACUGUUUAUGAUAAAAAGCAAAGAAAAAGUACUUUUAUUUCAGUAUACCAUGCAUCGCUUCUGUCAAGGUGUCCCUGUGACUUUAAACAUCAUAAUAACAUAAACAUAAUAAUAACAUAAAGGGCACGUUAAAUAUCUUUCAAAACAGCAGCCAAAUACAGCCAUGACAUGACAGAGUUAAAACAGAAUACAAUCAUCUGGAACAGUUUAAAAACUUUUGAAUCAUUUAAACCACAUAUUAUGUACAAAUACAGUCCAGGGUUAAAACUUCCUUCACUGAACGCAGCUCUUUCCUCAUAUGCGCUAACAAAAUUUGGACUAUUUUUGGCCCAAGUUGGAAGAAAUGUAAGGGCUUUAAGUCCCAUCUGUCUACGUUUAUUCACAUUGUUAGCCAACUGUGUUUAUUAUCAACUCCACAAUUGCAAAGUAUAUUUUGUUCCACUGUUGGUUUUGGCGUUUAACAUAAUGGCUGUAUUUGGCAGCCGUUUGGAAUGAUAUUUAACCUCAAUUGACCGGAAACAUUGUUGUGGCUGCACGUUUCACAGCAGCUUCACUCACUCCACUCUCGUCUCAUUGUCCCACAAAGGAACGUUUUGCUUUAUGUAAAUGUUAUUUCAGACGUAUGUUGCUUUGUGUUGUAAAACCCAUUCUUUCCUCAAUUACAUUCAAAUUUAACACCCCAGAGUGAGCUAUAGAGUACAUCUGUCACGGGCAGAACUCCUUUUGUAUCUUGCCUACUUACAUAUACGCGUACGCUCACUUAUCACACUCUCUUCUCCCUCAAUCCUUCUUCUCUAUCCUCUCAACUCUCACUGCUGUGCCUUCUGCUGCCUCUUUUUCUUGAUUUUCCUCCUACCUCCCUCUUUGCUUUUUUUCGUCUUUCCCUUCCCUGUCAUCCCUCCCUCCCCAGCUGGUACAGUUUGCUGCUUAAAUAUUUGGGGGGAGAUGCCGAGUGCUGGAAGGCCUAAGGAGGAUCAGCGAAAGGAAAGGCUGCAGUUGUUGUGGAUUAGCUGCUUGUUUUAUCAUAAUACCACUGCCUGCUUGCUUGGAGUUUGGUGCUCACCGGGCAAGCUGCAAUAUCACGAUUUCUUAAAAAAAAAAAAAAAAAGAUAUGAGUAACACAACUCAUGACGACUGCGCUCCAGCUUUGCUUGAAGAGGCAGGAAGCUCAAAGUUGUCCUUUGAUUGAAUAACUUGAAAACUUCUCUUUUAUGCUGAAGGUUUGGGUUAAGACUGAGAAAGUACAGAGCUGUUAUUGACUCAGAGAAAUUUGUUCCUCAAAGAAGUCAAGGAGGCACAAAUUUCAAGAAAAGGAGAAAAGGGGAUGUGAAAAUAUUGAAAAGGAAGACAAACAGAUUGGCAAAGACAUUGGUGGUCAUAUGGGAGGAUUUUUAAGAACUAAACUAAAAGACACACAUUAGGAGAAACAGAGGGGUGAUGGAUUUAAUGCUAUUUUGUUGUUUUUACUUUCACAGUGUAUGACAGAGUCUCUGUUGAAGUAAUAGCAUUAUGAAUUAAUACAGUUUCCAGGAAGUGAAAGUUUGAUUCGCUGUCAUAAGAAGCAGUGAUUCAUCUGCUAGCACUCCAGGAACUCACUUGACAGCUAGUUCCAGUUCAGUUUUCUAAAAAUGGAGGAUGAAAACAGUAGUUUACCUUUAAAUGGGCUUUGGCACUAACUUUGGUCAAACCUACUUUCCCCCCAGUUUCCAGUCUUUAUUCCAAGGAAGGAAGGCGCUGGCUGUAUGUUUUUGUUACGGACACAGACAUGAGCAUUUAAGACUAUUUCCAUCUAACUCUUGGCAAACAAGCACAGUUCCCACAAUCCUUUACUUUUCUUCAGGUUCAUUAUUGAUGUUAUUUAAAAUGUUUGACUCAGUGCUUCAGUAAUGACUGUGUUCCUGAAUAUCAUCCAUUACAAUCACAACAUAAGUAAUUCCAUAUUUGUUUUUCCUUACAUUUGGUCAACACUUUUCUAUACUUUGACAAUUUCAGUUUGCUUUUGGUAUCUCCUAAAUGGUAUUUGGAGCAUCUUGUUCCCACCAUGUUUUAUGAUCCACAAGAGCACUUUCUAAAUCGCUACCUUCCCCAGUGGUUAAAUGUUUUCUUGGAAAGGCUGCCUACUAUUUCAAGAUUGUUCCAGUGUCCUAGGAGAGAACAAAAAUAUUGACUCCUUGAGGAACAAAUAUUAUCCUGCCUUUAUUGCUGGGACAAUAAGACACCCCAAAAAGUUCAUAUGGAUUUUUUUUCCACAAUGAAAAUACACAUAAUUCCAGCACAUUGAAUGCAACGUGCUGAGGUAAAUCCUUCAUCAUGCUGGAUGCGCUUCCUCCAUUGCAAGAAAGCUCUUUGUUACUCAUGUCAGGCUUAGCCAACCUUUGUGUGGUUAUUUUGUGCGGUCCACAGCAAUUCUCACAGCUCUGUUGAAGUACUGCAACAUGAAAAAAGCAAAGUUAUGUUUGCAUGUUUAAUCAUGAAAGGUUUAUGCUGCUGUCAGGAGCUGAAGAGAGAAAGGUGCCCUAUGUAAUCCAUAAACCUCGCUUAGUACCAAUACGCCCAAGCUGAUUCAUAAGUAAAUGACAGCGUGCGUACGUGCAACACAGACACUGUUGGUAUGGGUAGUUGGAACAGUUACUUUUAAACAGUAAUUUGAUUACGGAUUACUCCUUUAAAAAGUAACUUGGUUACUUAAGUGAUUACUUGAUUUUAAAAGUAACUAAGUUAGAUAAUAAGUUACUUUUUAAGUUACAUUCAGCAGCCUCAACUUAUAAAUGACAACCAUUUUCUUUCCAACACUCACUUUAUUGGAAGUGUCAUUUUAACACGGAUGUCAAAAAAAUACGUUUUUUUUGUUUGUUUGUUUUUUUUUGUUGUUUUUUUUGGAUAGUCUGUCUUGGCUGACAAACAUUAACAAUUUAUUUUUAUAAGAUAUAAAUAAAGACAUCUUUACUGACUUACAAAAUCUAUUUUUUUUAUUGUUAUCUUUAGCUAACACAAAGUCUGGCUGUAUUUCCAGCUUGAGAACGCGCAUCUCUCUCCUCCCACCAUUGUUGUUUAUGUUUGUUCUGUCUCGGCUGCUUUAAGUGUGUGCACAUGUAAAAAGUAAAGUACACUGUGACUUGGACAGGUAUUUUAAAUCUAAUCACUGGUUUGGAAAUAGCAACGCGUUAGAUUACUCGUUACUGAAAAAAGUGGACUUAUUGGAGUUACUGGCGUCACAGGUAGUAGUCAGAAGCUGCAUAGACCUCUUUUUACUGUUGUAUUUGUGGCCCAAAAAGUCUCAAUGUGACUGUAGUAACAAAAGAGCUGUCCCCUGUUUACGCUCACUCUCGAUCAUACAAGAUUAUAAAGAUCAAACUCUCAGACACUCAUGAUGAACUGGGAGAAAAACUCUAACAUGAUGUGUUUUUUUUUCCUGUCUGUCUUUAGAAUUUGGAAAAAUAUGAACAGAGCAAGGAGCAAUUCCACCAAGCUGCCUCCGAGGCUGAAGUAAACGUGGGGUAAGACACGCACAUACAAUACAUACACUCAAAUGCAACACAUACACACAAACAGAGUAACACAUAGGCUAACUAAUUCACUGUUCUAAAAGUGAGAAGAUAUUAUUCCCUUGGGCCCUGGACACCCACUGCUGCCUCACACGUAUAUUUGCGCACACACACACACACACACACACACACACACACACACACACACACACACACACACACACACACACACACACACACACACACACACAGCAGACUAAUAAGCAACGACAGAUAGUGAUCUGCUCUUUUCCUCAUUUUUAACCAGUUAAAUGCAAAUGUUCUCUGGAGCACACCUGACUAAUGUGAUAAGUGUUUUAAUUGGCUGCUUUAAUUAAGCUCAAUUUAACAAUACUGUUUCACUAUCCUUGUUUCUCACUCUAGACUUGUAAUGAGCCCCAGCUAAGGAAAAAGGUAGCUAAUUAUGGCCACUGCUGUCUGCAAAACCUCCUACUGAAAUCAACAUUAGAAACCAAACCUCGACCUGCUGCUAUACCGGGUUUAUGUGUGUAACUCAGAGGAGAAACAAGCAAUUAAUGCAAGCUUAUAUGGGUUAGGGCAAAACACACAACAUAGGUGUUUGUUGUGUGUUAGUAUGUCCUUAUUCCUGACCAGAGUCUAGCUUUGUGCCAGCUUUUUGCUGUUAAAGUUUUCAGUAGUUUUUCUUAUGUUGGCAUGAUUGCAAACUAUAGUUGGAAUUGUUUUAUUACAAUCUUCUUUGUCAGGCUCUUAGAUCUUUACUAAGACAUGUACUAGAUGUGUACAGGAAGUACAGCAGCAAAAAAAAGCAUGCAAAAGACCAAACAAAUUUAACACGUCUCCAGGUUAGCCAAACUCGUUUCGAAGCAAAGGUGAAGGUUUAAGUUGGUAUCAGUAAAGUCACUUACAAAUGUCAGAGUUCAACCAGUCUUUAUUAAAAACAAACUUUUUAUGGACAAUAAUGUUUCAGAAAGGGUUUUGAGUGAAAAGAAAACACAUUGAUAAUAGUGUAAACUUGUGCAUGUACAAGAUAAGAAAUUGUUAUGAUACAGGAACUGAUGAACUGUUUACUGUUCACGUACCAACUUCUGUUUAUUUAAUCUGCUGCUCUUAUUUCAGAUGGGUUUUUCUUUGCCUAUCCAAUAACAGACUUUGUACAUGCAUUGUAAUGUAGACAGAUAAGCCAACUUAAGUCAUUUAAAGUGUUGCUUGUAGUUAUCAAACUCAGUUAAAAAGAGACUUUAGCAUUGAGAGGCUAUAUUAACAGUAUGAUAGUGGAUAGUAGAGUGGAUAUUGGACAGAGGUUUGUAGGUUGCACUCUUGAUGACUGCUCAUGAUGGUCAUUGUUUUAAGUUCACCACAUAACAGAACAAAGCAAAUGUUUUGUGUGCAGCUUAUUUUGCAAACAUUCACAUUUGGAUGAACAACCUAUUUUUUUAAAUCCAUAAAAAAAGGAUUUCCAUUUUAUUUGAUCAGAUACCUGCUUUGACAAUUUCAGUGUCAAUGUGCAGUUCUUUAAUGUCCUAGCUCCUUCUGCAUUUUGACCCAGAGAGGCAACCUCUAGUCUUAAAAAUCAAAACCAAUGCAGGAGCUGUAGUUCCUUUAGUGUCCACUUGAGGCUGUCUCCAAAAGUCCAAGAGUCUGGAUUAAGGCGCCCAUUUUUAGAGCAGAAAAAAAGACAAAGAUACUAAGUUGGAGACCAAUGAAACAUCUUCUGUAGGGACUGGAAGAUAGAAUAGUUUCUACAAAUUCACACAAAUCUCUACAUUGUUUUCGCCGCUCCACACAGCCCAGCUUUGUAGUUCACAUGUAAUCUAAUUGAAUGCUGUUAUCAGCAGUUUAGCAUUACAAACAGCCCAUUACAGUCAGAUUUAAAGCAAUACUACCUGAUUUUGAUCUUUGCUAAAAAAAGAGGUGACUGUACCCGAGGGUAAUACUGUUAAUCCUCUGAACAUGGUUAGAGUACUGAUGUAUGUAUGUGUGUGUAUGUUUGUGUGUGUGUGUGUAUAUGUGUGUGUGUGUGUGUGUGGGGGGGGCUUUAUAAAGAAUGGUUUUCUUUAAUCGUAGAGGGUAAAGUGAUCUACUUUUCCUGUAUGGUAUUACCUGAACAAUCAAUUAUAUGCUGCUUUUACAGCUGUUAAGGAGUAGAUUAGACUCUCAUUCAUUCUGUAAUCUGGUCUGACCCUGACCUUGGGUAACUAAGCACUGUGACUUAAAUGAGUGGAUUAAAGUGUGAGGAUAAAUGUGUGUGUGUCUGCUAUCUGAGUGUGCUUUAUAAAUGGAGUGUUUCAAAAAUGGACCAGUAGUGUGUUAAUGGCAAAAGCAGUUUUCACUGUGAUCGUUGAUGACCAUUAUUGUUGUAACUCAUCGUGAAUAAGUCAUACCUCGAUUGUGAAAAAAGGUUUACACAUUAGUUUAUAUGCUGAAAGACAUUCUGUAUAUAUGAAUUUAAUUCAACUUAAAUUCUAACACAAAGUAACUUGAAAUUUUGGAUUUUAAACACGUAUAUGAACCAGAAAUAAACUAAAACAUUCUCUGAGAUCAAAGUGGGAAAAUUACAAGAAAAAAAAUCAUAAAUGUACCGUCAAAAAGAAUACAAUUUUUCUUAAAAAGUGGAGUCGGCUUUAAAAGUAAGAGUAUUUCUCAGAAAAAGUACAGCCACAAUCAACAGUUUGACUACAAGCACAGCUGCAAGGUGUUUUUUUUUUUUUUUUUUUUUUUUUUCAAAGUAACUACAGAAAAAGAUGGCAGCAUUUCACGAGCACAAAAGUCCCGAUUUAAGAUAGAGAAGACAAUUCAUGAUGAAAAAAACUGAAAUAGGAUUUUGGCAGGUAAAUAACAGACAGUAAAGGUUCUCAUUGAACUAGAGUAAACAAUGUUUUUUAUCGAUUUUCAAAUGUCUUACAUGCACAUCAACUUUGUGCUCCAGCUUUACAAUGUCAUUAUUUAAAACAGAGUUAGCCUUAAAAAGACCAGAAAACAGAGCCAUGUUUUUACAUUUCUAUGUGUUAAAACUGUCGAGUAAUCAGUCAGAAACUUCAGACAGACUUUGGUUUUGUGUUAUGAACUGUUGGAGUGAAGCUUCUCUGGGUGCAGAGCUGUAGAACAAAGCUACUGUAAAAUAUGAUGUGGGUGACUUGAAUCCACCCCCUGGCUCCACCGUCUGUGUCAUUCUGUAAAAGUAUGUGAGUGUGUGUCUGUGUCUGUGUCUGUGUGUGUGUGUGUGUUCUGCAGUAAUCCACAGUUUAAUCCUUCGAGCAAAACAGAGACUUUUGCUGCCAGCACUCUGAAGUUUGACAGAAGCAGAGAGCGUUCACUUUAAUGUGUGUGCACAUGUGCAUAAGAAUGAAGGAGGAAAAUGAAAGAAGCCAGGCUGACAACAACCUGUAGCUCUCAGAACCGUCCAACCCCAAAGAAAAUCAGAAAAAACAACCUCCCUAACUUUUCUAUCACUCUCUUGCAUCACUUUAUCCGUACUAACUUCAAAUUUGCAGGAACAAUAUUCGUUUCCAAAUCCUAAAGUUCAAUAACCACCAGAUAUCUCAAAGCUGUUCCAUAUUUUUGGAAGGAAUGUCACAUUAUUUUGCUUUCCCAUCGUUAUGCUUCACACACAACGAAAAGUGCAUGAAGUUAAAUAUCAGAUAAACAAAAAACUGCACAAAACUUGGAGGAAAAAUGUUCAGUGAGAAAGAAGUUAACUAACCUGACAUGUUGAACACAUUCUCUUAACUGUCAACUAUCCUGUAGAGAGAACAGGUUUAUACUGCACAGCUGGGAUGUCCAACCCUGCAGAGACCUGGCUGAUCCGCUUCACCAUAGCUUACAAUCAUCAAACACAACAACAAAUAAUUGGCUACCAGACUGAACUGAAACACAUUUCAUUCUUUGGUGCAAAGUUGAAGGUAUAAAAGUCCAAAAACAGACCACUCGUGGUGUCUCUGAAUGUCAGGGUAUGACAGUUAAAAAUGUUUAUCCUUUCAGAGUCACACCUGACCAGGCCGAGUUCAUCCAGUCUUUUCUACUUGCUCUGAGGCAGGACAGCUGCACCCAAACCACAUUUAAAAAUGACAUUUACCUGACUAAAAACUGUGAUUAUUUUUACUCUCAUAAUUAAUCUAAAAUAAACAAAGUAAAUAAAUGAAAAACAUACAUAUUUUUAUGUGAUAGUCAGGUUAAUUUUGAAUCCCAGCACUCACGAAAAGAUUUUUUAAAACAUCAGGGACCUCGGACAUGACAACAAAUGAUGACAGAUUUAACCGCUUUGUUCCUAUGCAACAACGCGAGAAACAUAGCACACCACACUCAUUAAGACUCUGCAGCUUGAAAAGAUCAUCAAAACUGGAUAGCACAUCAAAUCACACCUAAUCAGAGUAAACAAACAUGGCGGACUGUAGGAGCUAAUGUUUACUAGCUGUGUAGCUUCCUGGUAUAUCCUCUGCUGUAGUAAUCUCUCUUCAUUACCCCCGUUGUCAUUCACUCAUGUUGCUACCAUGUAUCAACAAGUAGGUUUAGUAUUUCUAACUCCCAUUUCAGUUUAUGUUUCGCAUAUUUAUCUUUGUUCCACCUGGCAAUGGACAAAGUGCAAAGUGUAUUUCUGGUUGCACUAUUAAUAUUCAAUGUUUAUAUUUUCAAUUUAAUUUUGAAGACGCUCCGUCUGUUUUUUGCACAGAUCUGAAAGAGGACAAAUCACUCUUAAAACAGCUCACACCCAAGGAUAAUCUGGCAAAACACAUCCAAUAAUCAGGCCUCUGCUGGCUUCUGUUGUAACUCAACCCUGUUAAAGUGAGAGGCAUAUAAACAAAAAAGAGAAUUCCAGUAUUAUUUCACUGUCAAUAUUUUAAACUUUAAAUUUCAAAAUUUUGUAAGGAAGAAAAAAAGGUAAACAAAACUGAUGAGUCCAUUUGACCCUGUUUCUCAGAGGACUGCCCCCUCUUACUAUAAAAGUCCCAUCUCAUAUUGAUAUUCUGCAGUCCCAUCCACAGCUGUUUGUUGUUCCCUGUACCUGAGUGGGACUCCAGCAGCUGAAAAACUGAUAGACUGCCUUGUGAUCCACAUAAAUGUGUAACUCUGCAACAAAGUAGAGCCAGACUUUUGCUAAUAGUUCAGCACAGCUUCUCGGCUCAGUGACUGGUGUGGUGUCACAAGAGCAGUCAACUUCCCCCCAAAACAGAAGGUGAAUCUCAACAGUCGCCUUCACUUCUAGGCCAUUAUAAAACUUUCCAACUCUGAAUAUGAGAUAAGACACACACAUUGGUAACUAAACAGGCCGUAUGUGGGUAUGGAAUCAGAGAUAAAGUGAAAAAGACAAGAAAAUAGAGGCCGUUUUCUUUUGAGUCCAGGUGCGUUUUAUGUAGGGAGCGAGGGAGACAGCCUCGCCUUCACAGCUGAAAGAGAAAGAAUGAUAGCGAGACAAGACAGACAAGGCAGAAACCUGUGUCUUUUCUGCUCAGGUCAGAAUCCGAGGCUUUUUAACAAGGCAAACUGUCUGUUGUUGUAGUGGUACAUCUAGCCUUAAUAGCUGGCCUUUGUCAGAUCCUCCCAGUCUGUGUACCAGCCUACGGAUAUCACUCAGUGAAGAAGUCGGGAACACUGACAAGCUCAGAGCCAAAAGUUUCAAACGCAGACCAAGAUGCAGCACUUGUUUUUACUCGGUGUGGUUCACUGAAUAUGGACCCUACUUUUCCUUUUUAUACAUUUCAUGACACUAAACGUUCAGCUCUGUGGUAGAGGAGAGCAGAAAUAGAGCAGAUUUGGAUUGGUAUGUCGAUGAGGCCACACAGUGAAUUUGAUCCAAGUGGUGCAGUUUGUUCCUGUCACCUCCAAAUAGCUCUACACCCUGUUUUUACUUACAGCUGCCUUGCUUGUGAGCUAAUUACCAUGUGUUCGCUGUGUUUAUGCAUGCAUUACUGACAAGGCCAAUUACCAAAUUAAAUAUUGUUACAACUGGAGCCAAUAUGAUAUCAGCGGCACAGCACCGGCAAAUACAACACAGCUGCAUGUCUUGUUUCUGGAAAAGGUGAGGCAUCGUGAGCAAAAAUACCGUUCAGCUGUCACCAGCUAGUUAACCGUUGAUCACAGCUGCCCAAAUCCUCAACAGAGUGAAGCACAGGGUUUGUCGUGUCUCUGCACUUCACUGAUAGUCUGCAUUUUCACAUGAAAUAUUUCAGCAGUUAAGUUGCACUGCCAGUCCUCUUCCUGUCCAGCACCUAUCUGCCCCCCCCCCCUUUUUUUUUUACCAGUAUUCUUCACCUCCACCUAGGGCUGCACGAUUUUGUCCAAAAGCAAAAACCUGUUUUUUUUUCUCUGAACACUCGAUUUCCAAUUUUGAUUUUUUAUUCAGUGACAACUUCACCAAACUUAACUUCAAAAUUAAAACGUUUUUCUAUCAUCUCUCAAAACAAAACCACUAAAAACAAUGUAGUGCAUAUGCCAGGCCAGUAAGUGGCGCUGUAACGCUGUCGAGGAAAUGCACAAAAGACAGAAGAAGAGUACAGAGCAUGCAUAUAAAGGUUGUUUUGGCUGAACACAUGCAGGCGCCGUAAAGGAGUUAAGAGUGUCAUAUGAUCUUUUCAAGAGAGCUGCAGAUAGUCAUCCACUCUCAUUGACGGAUUUAUGCAAUCUGACCCUUUUUCAAAAAGUACCAUUUACGGUCACCCGAAACUCUGUUUCCGUGUGAAUGAAACCCCGAUGUGACAGAAACUUUAGCAUUUACUCCUGAAUUUGUUUCCGUGUGGACGGGUUGUCAUGCCUUCAGACAGACUUUGUAGUGGGGAGUGGUUUGCUCUUCAUGCGAAACUGCGAAACCGUACCAAUUCCACAUGACUGAUUUACUCUUGCCCUAUUUAGCCGCAAAAUUAUCGCCUUCUUUUGCAAACAUCAUGUUUGUUUACACUGGUUUGUAUGGGAACUGGUGUGCCUACGGUGGCCUGGAGGCACGAGACAUGAUAAAGAGGAAAAAUUUUUUAACAUCAUCAUAAUCAAAUAAUCCGUCUAUGAUUUAAAAUCGAUUAAUCGUGCAGCCCUACCUCCACCCUUCUCCUUUCAUCAAGAGCCCAAAAACACCUGUGAGUCUGUAUUUGAAAGGGUUUUUAGCAACUGCCGAGAGUGUGUGUUUAUUGAAGCUGUAAAACUGAAAAGGAAUAUAGUUCAGCAGUACAGCAUUCACAAAGACGUGGUUAGUGUGAGAGACGUUGAGCGAAAGAGCUUCACCUCUGUGUCACUGUUUACAAGAGCCGAAGUGAAGUACCAGCACAUGGAGGAGACUCUCUUCCUGCUUGUAUUUGUGAUAGGGAUGGAGAGAUGGAAAAGUGAAGGAGUGUGGAGAUACAAGAUAGGGGAGAAGUGGAUGUGUGCCCUCAGUCAAUUGAAAAGCUGUCAGGGUACAGGUGCAUACUAGCUACAAGCAAGAGAUAAGAGGCAACUCUGUCUCUCUGGCUGUUUUCCUCUUCACCUCUCCUGCCCUUUUUCUCACUUGUUAUCCUCUCCCUGCCUCUCUUUACUUCUCCUCUGCACCAGUAUUAAUCAAACUGGUAAUGUCGAAGCAGAGCGUUCAGUAACUCGGACUCCCUGACACGUCAAAUGUCAUUUCCAACCUCAACAGAUAAGGAUGGACCUGUUUUCCUCUCUUCCACUCUUUCAUCCUCACCCUGCAGAGCAUUGAGGUUUUUUAGGGUGAAAGAGACUCAUGCACACUUCUUUUUCUCUGUGUCUCGGACAUAUUGACUACGGAACCUAUGUGCUUUAUGAAAAUGAUUGAAGAACUGCAAGAAAUCCUAGAUAUCUGCAUUUCUAUUAUUUGGAAUGAUGUUAAGAGAAAAGCUUUAAAAAGAUAUUGUGGAAGACACUGAGCACAUAAUUCACCAAAUAUCAGAGUUAGAGGACAGGAUUGAUAGUUUGACCUAUGACCAUUUUUCAUUUUGAUUAAUCCUGAUUUAUUUUUAAAAUCAGUGCCAGCCAUUAGAUAUAACAGGCAUUUGUGUGCACUGUUAUGUACGGAAGAGGAAUAGGGCCACUGGAAAAAAACAAAAACAAACAAACAAAAAAAAAAAAAGCUCAUAUAUAUAUAUUUUUAAUUAUUAUUCUAGAAAAAAAAUCUGAAUUCUGAGAUUAAACUCAGAAUUCAGACUUUAAUUCUAACUUUUUCUCUGAAUUUUGACUUUAAAUUCAGAAUAACUAUUUUUAAAAAUUAUAUUGGUCCUUUUUUUUCUUUGUUGUUUUUUUUUUUAUUUCCAGUGGCCAUAAUCCUCUUCAGUAGUUAUGGGGAAGUGAGGCUGUGAAUGCUUCCUUCCCGUAUUACUUACAUUCCCUUUCUGUAGGUGGCCAGAGUCUGGCAAUGUCUGCAUGAGGAUGUUUUUGUUUUUUUUUUGUUUUUUUUGUAUCAACCGGUCUCCUUCAGUUCCCCAUUAAAGACAGCAGGUUCACGUCACUCUUGCUCUGGCUUGACAUUUAAUUUAAAUGGCAUUACUAUUGAAUUAGUAUGAAUAUGACUUAAAAAAUGGCAAUAACAAAGACAACCAAAGCCAGGCUUUUAUAAUAGUAAUAAAAAAAAAGUAGAGGACAAACUAUCGAACAUAUGACACAACACACGCCUGUGUUGGCACACCAGCCAGACGUUGCAGACUUUCACUGAAACUGUAUUGUAGCCCUUAAGUCAGUCACAUUAAUGGAUUCUCCUCAUUUUUUCCCCACUGGCGCUUUCUGCAAGAUGUUAACAAGAUUUUCUAAUUAGCUGCCUGAAACACAGAACAGAUAGCAACACUUUGUAGUUGACAAGAUGGAAAUAAAAUGGCAUGCAGGACAAACAAUGUUUCAUAUGUAUAGCCAAGGCUAUUAAGGAAAACACAAAAAAACAUCAGUCUAACUCAGACAGAAGCGUGGUUUAGAGGCGAUAAAAGCAUCUUCCUUAUCAGUCCUGUAGCUUUGCCAGAGGCUUUUGUAGUCAGCGGUGUGUUUUGUGUCUUUUCCAUUUUCCAAUUUCUUUCCUUUCAUUCCUCUCCCGCUCUUUGUCUCGGUAAGCUGGUCUGCGUGCUCCGCAAGUCUGAGGCCUCUGUGUGCAGUACGCCUCCGCCUUCGCCGACGGAGAUUAAAAAUAAUGGGCAGCACCAUUAAUUAAGCAACUAAUCUGACUGUUUAUGUUUUGUCAUAUUUACCGCUCAUGGAUGCGUGGAAAACUCUCCCAAAAAUGACUGGGAAUGUUUUCACGGCGCCACGCUCACAUUGAAAACAAACAGCAUCCCUGUACAUGGCUCAACAGGCUGUCAGGGACACUGCUUUACCUCUUUCCAGCUUAAAAACGCGAGAGCUCCCCUCCCUCUCACUCGCUCUAUUUUUAUUUAUUUAUUUUGUAAGCGGCUCAGUUAAUAUUGUUGAUUUAAAACCUCACCUUCAAUUUGUCGUAGCAUGUGGACAGAGCUUGAGCUUUUGCUGCGGCUGAGCCAAUUUUCUGCUUCAAGCGCCUUUAAUAAACCACGCAGCGCUAUCAGGAGGCUUCGGCUUCCCUGAUGAAGGCCAUUUAUUUCAAAUUAAAGGAGAGUUCCUUAUCUUCGGCAGCCUCAAACGGAGAGUGAGAUAAAGAUGGCGCGCCUUGGUGUCGUCCUCUCUGUGUUGUUAAUGUGAUGAGAGAAAAGAAAGAGGGGGAGAGCGAGGGGAGAAGUGAGAAAGGAGACUGAGUUUGAGAGAAGACAGAGACAAAAAGUAGACAGAUUAAAGAGGCAAGAUAAACCACUGGAGGUGGUGUGUGUGUGUGUGUGUGUGUGUGUGUGUGUGUGGGGGGGGUUAAUCUGAUUGGCUGUCAUCUUCUUGAAAUGUUCCUGUGAUACAACACCAAUGGAUGCUUCGUUCCUUCUCCUUCAUCUUUUUAUCUCUCAUGUUUCCUUUAUAUGUUUUUCUCUCCGUCUCCGUUCGUUUUUCCUCUUUAACCUCCGUCACCCCUACGCAGAUAAACUCCAUGAUACUGCUGCUGAUGAUGAAUGGCAUCUGUGUGCAUGUGCGGAUGUUGAUACGCUGUAAUUGAAACGCUGAGGUCAGCUCUCCUCCGCGAAUCAAAGCCAAAAAGAGCCUUUAAUUCGGCUUUCAAUUAAACCUGGUGUUAAACGCUUCUCGCUGAGAAAGCGUGUACGCAGCACAGUGUGGAGGAGAACCGUGCGCGUGUGUGAACACUGUUUACAGUCUACUACAAAGUAUGUAUGUGUGGGGGUGUGUACAUUUGUGCAUGUGCCUUUUCCUACCUGCGUGGGCGAACGUAACAGGCUUGUCUCUGCUUCAAUCAGUCAGAAUCUAUUACAGAGAGGCACCCAGGCAGCAGGCCUGUCAUAGUUAACAAUCACACAGAUAGACAGGCAAAGACCAAUUAUAAUACAGCCCACAUAUCAAAUUAAGCACGGCUGAUUCAAUCUCUCAAAGCUCACUUUUCUGCUGUAUUUGAUCAGAACGAUCCUGCCCACUCAAUUAAAUGCGAUUUAGCACUAAUUGCAUGAUUUGCAUUGAAGCACAUUCUUUGCACGCCACAGCUUUUUGAACAGGUUGGUGGGAGUGAGGGUAUUAAUUCUUCUUUGGUUUGUCUUGCCUCGUUUUGUCAGACCACAAAUAUCUGAUACUUUUUGAAAAAAUAAUCUGUCUUUCACUUCUUUGUUCGCUGCAAGAACUGAACUCGACCAGCAAUCCACAACUUAGACAAUGUCAUGUCAGGACCACAUGCAUAUACCAAAGGGCUGGACAAUUAUGGCAAAAAUAGUUAUCAUGGUUAUUUUGACUGAUAUUGAAAUCACUUCUGAAGUUGUCUUAUCUUACUUCUCAACCAAAAACGGCCUUCCUGCCAUGUUUUUAAUCGCGCCUCGUUUUAAUGAUCCACACAUGUCGCACACUUGCUGCAGCUGCACAGAACAGGGGUGCAUUCAAGUGUUUUUCAAGCACAGGAGCUAACAUACACGCUGCACCGUGCGGCGCAUUAAUCAUCUUUCUUCAAUUAUAAUGUUUUUAUGAUCAUAAGAAUCCAAAAUCGAAAUCAUGAUUAAAAUUUGAUUAAUCGUCCUGCACUAAUGAACUAUACCGUAGACUAAAACAAGAGCUUUCCCCCAAUUAUUAUGUUUAAUAAUUUUUCAUGCAUUUAGAAACAUGGAUAUGUUGUGGUGAUUUUUUGACAGUGUUUAGUUGGGUUGGGAGUUGCAGAGUGACCCAGUGAUAAGAUGCUAAAUGCAAUUUUUGCACCUUGAAAAGGGCCCAACUAAAAUGUGUCAACAUGAAUUUGGUCUUUGGAUAUUAGGAUAAAUCUUGCUUCUCCAUGCUUUCUGAGUCCGUCUCUCCAUAUAAACUUCAGAAUCUAAAUCAAAAAGUCUUCUUUGAUCAAAAUGAAACCUCCUCUCUCUAAAAAAAUUUGAAUCAAACCCUGAGAAAUCCCCAAACUUCACUUAUAUUUGCAAAAGAAAAGUCUGCGGUGUAAUCAGGAUCUUUGUGUUUGAAUUAUCUGGUUCUUCUGAAGCACAUUUUAGAAAUGUUUCUUUGAGUGAUGGUGAAAAAAUGAGACUGACUGACUGCAUAUCUGUUCACUCCACUAAUUGUUGCAUCUUCCUGUGUGUCCUUCUCUCUUUUUCAGGCAUCGCAACACCCUGCCUGUGUGUGCUGGCGUCCAGGCUCAGAUUUUAUCCUGUUACCGAGCCAACAGAGAUCAGACCCUAAAGUGUUCAGACCUGGCCAAAGAGUAUAUGAAGUGUAUCGAUGCUGCAAAGAAGGUGAGAGAUUGUUCUUUGAGUCUGGGAAUAAUGGGAAGUUGAAAAUCAAGGGAAAGAUCUGAAGAGUUAAAGAGUCCACAACAGGAAAAAAAAUAUAUUCUGCUCUGUGAUUUGACCUUUGGGAUUAGAAAUGAUUUCUCAGAUCUCAUUCUGUAAAUCUUUGUUAAUGAUAAUAACAAUAAUGGUAUAAAUGAUAACAUCAUCUUGUACUUCACAUGGCCCCUCAAAGACCUUACACUCUGUUUUGAGUGAUGGCGUUUGAAGUUUUCCACGGAGAGAUGUGCUGUUAUUUUUAAAGCAGCACUCUGUAUGAUGUAAAAGAAAGAAAUUCAUUUUUUUCUCCUGUUCUCUCGAUUAUUCUGGUGUAGUUAGGAACAAAAAAGGAGUCAGAUUGAUAGGACUUUGAGUGCUGUCACUUAAGGUCUUUAGACAAAGAGAAAUCUUGUCAUUAGAAGCAGCUUUCACAGUGAUUGUCUGAUGUAAAAGUGUGAAAUCCAAGUUCUCCAGCACGACCAAAGUUGUUUUCCAACCACCACUGAAAGUGACACCUUUUCAAAGGCAAACACUCUUCAGGCCUCUUUGAAACAGAUCUUCAUUUGAAGUUCAGCUUGUCAAUGCAACCUUCACCAUUAUGCUUCUUAUUUUAAGUCAUUAUUGGCACAAAAUCAUUGAGUGUAGGCAACAAAAGAAGGAAGAACAGGGUGGCAUGUGAAAGCAGGCUGUUUAACAAGGUUUCUCCCCAGACAGCAUUAAUAUCAUGUUUGAUAGUCCCUGUGUCUAGCCUUGCACUGCAGCACACUUCAGAUACACUGAUAUUCAUCUGUUUCAUCCUCUGACAAAUAUAAAAUACUCUUCAAAACUGAGGAAGAUCGUUGAGCUGUUGGGUUUCCAGGCUCUUCCAGUCAACCAUGUGCAUAACGUCUGCAACGCUAAUUCAAGGAGAGUUCAGAGCUGAAAUCUUGCAGCGUACGCUGCAAACAGGAUUAUGUAAUCUCAAGGCCAGUUUAAAGCUUCUUUCCUGCUCAUUUGCAUCCAAAAUUUGCAUUUAUUAAGACUGCAAACUCAUGCUUUCAGUCCGUCAUCAAAGCAGAGAAGAAGACACACUGCUUGUAAUGCUGUUUAUGUAAGCCAUAGUUUACUUUACCUUUGAGAGUUGAGCUGUGCAGCUUAAUGAGAAGUUUUAAGCAACAGAUUGCUGUUUGACUUGUAAAUGUAACAAGACGGUGCGAGGAGACAAAAACAUUCAGAGCAGACUUUGGCUGUCAGGGCAGAAACGAGAAAAAUACAAUUAUGCAUGCUUUAAUGGAGUCCUUAAAUUGAAAAGUGGCAGAAGAAGGUUCUGAGAAAAGGCACCUGGGUGUUUGGGGAGUAUAUUAGGGUAUAAAAAUCGAAAAUCACAGAUCUGUAUAUGGGCUGUCAAAAUUGUUCCAAAAUUACGUUGGAAUAUUUGCUCUAAAAAUAACACAUAGGUUCGAACAUAUUCAAAUAUCUAGCUUACACAGCUUGCACAUAUCUUUAUCUCGCUCCCUUUUUUUUCCAUUUACCGUGUCUGCCCAAAAUCCGAAGAAUUUACAAAUGGAGCUUCUAAAGUUCGUUGGCGUCCAGACCACUCUCUCCAAGUUUGGCUCUGAAAACAUCCCUCCAUCUCUCUCUGCAUGAGCCAUGGAUGGUUUUUGUUGAGUCUCACUGCCAGUACAUCACCUGUGACUUGUCCCUGACCUGUCAUCAUAGUGCACUCACUCACAAAGAUACCACUGGUUUUUUUUUCCCACUCAGUUUUUUCCUGCUCUUUGAUAUUAAUUUUCACAUUUGAAUCCCGUUUUUUUAAAUAUUCAAAUAUAUAUUUGAAUAUAGAAUAUUGGUUGACAGCCUCACUGUAUACUGUAUCAAUGCUUUUCAGCAUUGUAUUAGAAAUAAAUGAAAGAUAUCUUUGCCUUUUUACCCGUCGUUUUAAGUGCAGCAUUGACCAAACUGAUUUUUUAUGUUUGUAGCAUAAUAAUAAUUAAAAAAAAAAAUAGUUAUCAUCAUACCAGAGAUCUGAACUGACUACGUCGAUGGUUACCCCUCCAGCUCCUGGCUGUAGUAGACAUGAUAAGCUGAACAUAACUCUGUCCCUUCUGUAAAUGCUCUGACUACUGUUGGAACUCUCCUCCAUCCUGUCAAGUUGUGCCAUUGUUUUCUGAGUGCAGCUGGUUGCACUAGCUGUAAUCCUUCUUGUUUUGACACCAAAGGAAUUAACAUCAAGCUUCCUCUUUAUGCAGCGCCACUGCUGUGAAAACAGACCAUAGGUAGAAGAGAAUGAAAUCUCAAGAUGUUUUGAUUUUUGACAAGGUGGUGUGGAAAUGAAGUGAGAAGGAGUAGAGAUAAGGAGUGGGUUGUAAAAAAUUAAUACAAUGUUUUUUUUUAAUCAACUAUUUUUUUUUACCAUCAUUGUAUAUCUAUUAUUUUUAUAUUCAUCAUUUUAUUACUUUCCUAUUCCUUUGUUUCCAGUUUUAUGUUAGAUAAUAAAAUAAGAAAAACAAAGGCACUAGUAAUAAAAUGAGUUGUUGAAAAGUCAAGGAGAAAAAAAUGAAAUUUUUAUAUUGCUUCUUUUUUUUUUUUUUUACAUAAAAGCAGAACUUUUCCACAGAGAAGUUGCCACAUUAAAGUGUCACUCUGAAGUCACAGGGACUGUUUAUGUCUCUGAGCAGGUGAGUCAGAGUAAACCUGUUUUUUAUAAGAUGUAAGAUCUUACUUUUUUCUCUUUGUCACUUUUUUGUAUUUUAUUCUAAGUUGAAACCAGUGGAAAACCACCACUUCAGUAUGCACUCAGUCAAACCUCCCCUUUGCACUUUUUUCUUAGCUUUUUUUUUUUUUUAAUUCCACAUUCCUGAAUCGGCUCCACGACUGUAUUAUUCAAAAGCAGAGACAAGUUCCUCUGCUGAAGCGUGUGCAUCUCUGCAGAGGUUUUUCAGUUAUAAAUUCACAGAAAAGUGAGAGAGAGAAUAAGUGAGGAGGAGGGGGAGGCUUGAGCACAGGAUACUGGAAGCUUGCCCUUCCAAAGUUUGCACAGUGGAGACAUUUGAAGGUGCAGGUGCUCAUCAUGAACCCCAACAACGUAUCACUCCGCCUGAUGCUGCUCUCUGCUCACAUCUCCUCUGCAUUGCUCAGGGGCACUGAGGCUUCCCCUGGCAUACAGUAAUACAGCAUGUGAUAAUCAGUGCGCUGUAACUCUAUUCCUCUGCGCUUGUAGUCCUCUAGUGUGUGUGUGAGUCUAGUGUGUGUGGCUGCCUGUGUGUGUUCAAAAGCAUCAGGAACUUUGUAUCUGUUGUAUAUAAACCCACGAAGGCACAAAGGCAUAAAAUAUACACACAGCCAACUCCGUGUAUGUUUUUGUUCUUGUAUUCCUAUGCUUAUGGGGUCUUGAUAGGCCUGGCAUUGCAUGUGUGUGCGUGUGUGUGUGAAAGUUUCAUCCUCAUAUUAGCUGGUGUGAGAUAACGAGGAGUGAAGUGAAGACUCUUUGAAGACUGUCUUUAAAAGAGCACGGCAGAUCAUACACAUUGUGGGAGCCGCGCGCGUGUGUGAGUGUGUGUGCGUGUGUAUGUGUGCGUGUGUUUAAGUAGCUUGCCACAUUUCAGUCUGCUUUAACUUACACAUCAAGGUCUCGCCUCUUGAUUAGCCCCUGAGGCGUCUCCCUGACUUUCACCCUGUAUAUUUGAAAGUUUACAAAGUUCUUCCUCCAUUUGGUGUCUUUAAAAGCUGUCACUGUUAGUUUGCUCAUCACUGAUAGCUCUCUUUUUUUUCUCUUGUGGAGUAGAUACUGUGUAAUUUGAUCCAGAUUCAGCAUUGUAUUUAGCUGAUGCCUUACAGUGAAAACUAAUCAUAACUGCAAACUUCAUCUACGAUAAUCAUCUGUGUCUUCAGCAUCCACUCAUCUGGGCAGAAACUUACAUAUAUCAAGAUUUCUUAAAGAAUGAUUAAACACUGUAACCCUUACCAAUCAGCACCAGAAUUAACAGUUGGUUGAAGUAUCUAUCAAUAUUAUUAAGAUAAAGAACACGUAAAAGCUCUUGAGUUACCUUUAAUUCAUUGUUAAAAGCAUUUAUUCCUUUAAUAAUUGUAAUGCAAAGUCGAUAAUUUGAGAAUGUUGGUGAUAAAUCUGUAGUAAAUGACUUAACAGUCGUAGAGUACGGGCGUGUAGAAUAUAGUGCUAAUUUGUGCUUUAAAAUAAAUAAUUAAAAGCUAAAAUGCUGCUUAUAUACAAAACCCAAUUCCAUUGAAGUUGGGAAAUUGUGAUAAACGUAAAUAAAAACAGAAUACAAUGAUUUGCAAAUCAUUUUCAACCCAUAUUCAUAUAAAUACACUAUAAAGACAAGAUAUUUAAUGUUCAAACUCAUACACUUUAUUUUUUUUUGCAAAUAAAAAUUAACACAUGACAAAGAAGCUGGGAAAGGAGGCAAAAAAUACUGAGAAAUUUGAGGGAUGCUCAUCAAACACGUAUUUGGAACAUCCCACAGGUGAGCAGGCUAAGUGCGAACUUUGUGAACAACUGCGUGAGCAAAUAGUCGAACAGUUAAAGAAUAAUGUUUCUCAAAGUACAAUUGCAAGGAAUUUGGGGAUUUCGACACCUACGGUCCAUAAUAUCAUCAAAAGGUUCAGAGAAUCUGGAGAAAUCACUGCACGUAAGCGGCACGGCCAGAAACCAACAUUGAAUGCCCGUGACCUUCGAUCCCUCAGGCAGCACUGUAUCAAAAACUGACAUCAAUGUGUAAAGGAUAUCACCAUAUGGGCUCAGGAACACUUCAGAGAACCACUGUCAGUAAAUACAGUUCGUCGCUACAGCUGUAGGUGCAAGUUAAAAUUCUACUAUGCAAAGCGAAAUCCAUUUAUCAACAAUAUCAGAAAUGCUGCCAGCUUCUCUUGGCCUGAGCUCAUCUAAGAUGAACUGAUGCAAAGUGGAAAAGUGUUCUGUGGACUGACGAGUCCACAUUUCAAAUUGUUUUUGGAAAUAGUGGACGUCGUGUCCUCCGGGCCAAAGGGGAAAAGAACCAUCCGGACUGUUAUCGACGCAAAGUUAAAAAGCCAGCAUCUGUGAUGGUAUGGGGUGCAUUAGUGCCCAAGGCAUGGGUAACUUACACAUCUGUGAAGGCAACAUUAAUGCUGAAAGGUACAUACAGGUUUUGGAGCAACAUAUGCUGCCGUCCAAGCAACAUCUUUUUCAUGGACGCCCUUCCUGCUUAUUUCAGCAAGACAAUGCCAAGCCACAUUCUGCACGUGUUACAACAGCGUGGCUUCAUAGUAAAAGAGUGCGGGUACUCGACUGGCCUUCCUGCAGUCUAGACCUGUCUCCCAUUGAAAAUGUGUGGCGCAUUAUGAAGUGUAAAAUACGAUGGAGACCCUGGACUGUUGAACAACUGAAGCUGUACAUCAAGCAAGAAUGGGAAAGAAUUCCACCUUCAAAGCUUCAGCAAUUAGUCUCCUCAGUUCCCAAACAUUUAUUGAGUGUUGUUAAAAAGAAAGGUGAUGUAACACAGUGGUGAACAUGCCCCUGUCCCAACUACUUUGGCACGUGUUGCAGCCAUGAAAUUCUGAGUUACUUAUCAUUUGCCAAUAAAAAAAAAAAAAAAUUAUGAGUUUGAACAUUAAAUAUCUUGUCUUUGUAGUGUAUUCAAUUGAAUAUAAGUUGAAAAGGGUUUGCAAAUCAUUGCAUUCUUUUUUUAUUUACGUUUAUCACAAUUUCCCAACUUAAAUGGAAUUGGGUUUUGUACAUGUUUACAAGUAACACAUCAAUAGUUCCCCGAUCUGAAGUGUUACCUUUCUAUUAUUGUCGGCCUGAAAUGUGGCUUAGUGUGUAUAAGCUGCUACAGCUACCUGCCACUAGGGUCACUAGUGCAACAUAGACAGCCAUACUGCAAAAGAGCCAGCGCAGAUGACAGACAGCAUCUAGUAGUGCAGUGUAGUUAGGCAGUAUUUUGAUCUGGUUGUUUGUAGGCAACAGGAACGUUAUGUUAUGUUAGACCAACUUUUCCCAAUUUUGACUUUUUCUUCAACUUUCUCUCCUUUAGAUAGUUGACUGAUUGAAUCUAAAUUCCCACAAUAAUAACAGAGAAAUACGAUUUUUUUUGGACCUACAACUAUCUACAGAGAUCAAAAUAUCUCACUGCCCCAAAACUGAUUUUAUGAUUCGUUUUCUACACUUGCUGAUAACAUUAAAACAAAAUCAACAUGAAAUUGUAGAAGUUGUCUUAAAGUGAUAAAGUUAUGAUACAAAAGGAGCCUGUCCAAUAAUCUUUUAUUCAGAUCAUCUUAGCCAGUAUGCCGAAGGUAGCAGUGUCACAUGCUUCUUAUAAACUUCCCAACUUACUACAUAAGAGAAAUAGAUUCCCCUUAUAAGCUGCCAAGACCAUGAGCCACAUACUGAGUUGUUUUUCUGUGUAUCAAUCAUCAGAGCCGUUACAUAACAGGAGGAUGUAGUGACAGAAAACAGUUGAUCCUGAUUUGCCUGUACAGCAGUUUGGGAACUAUCCAGAUACCUACAGGAAACUUUCAUAAGCUUCUGCAGGAGAAAACAAGGCCUUACCUCUGAAGCUAGUGUCAUCUAUUCUGCACUUAAGACUUUUUAAUUUAAUCUACUUAAUGCGAACUAACAUAAGCACAAAAACCUGUUCUUUAAUUUUGGCUAAUAAUAGCAAAAUAUCCAUUCAUUCAUCCAUUUUCAGUACUCCCUAUUCCAUUCAGGGUCUUUGGGGGGAUGGACCUAUCCCUAUCCCACCUGCCACUGGGUAAGACAUGUUGCAAACCCUGGACAGGUUAACAGUCCAUCAAACUGCAAACAAAGUGGACAAGAAUCUGGAUACACUCACAGUCAGAACCACAACCCAGAAACCAUGCUGUUGGACUGUGAAAGGAGCCACCAAGAGAGCAUUUUUUUUACAACACACACACACACACACACAGAAAGAAAGAGCUUUUUGUUGUCACCAUGCUGUCCCCAUUUCCACAUCGUGUUCUGGAAACUGUUAAGCGUGCAAGUCUGAAAUCUUAAUGACUUUUAAAGCUUUGCACAAAGACCUUUUUUCAGUGUUGGGUUAUAAAAGAGGAGCACCAUAACAUUCUUCUUCUUAAUUUUAAUCAUUGAAAACCUAAAUGUUUGGGUUCAACAAACUGUAGGGAAAUAUUGACAUUGUAAUAGUUCUUCUGUGUGUGUUCAAUGUUUGCCAACUGUCUUUUACGCCUCCCCUUUUUGAUGCAUUUUUAAUGACUGCAUCUGUGGAGAAGUGCUUUGAGUCUGAGGAAUAUUUGUUUACUUUCCUUCUAUAUUUCAUUCAUAAGCUCAGUUUAUCCUUGUGAAUAUACUUACAUUUUAAAAUCAAAGACUUCUGUAAGAGAGACUUUUACUUUUCUAGUUAAUAAGGGAUAUGAAUGAAGUGAUCUGAAGAAGCACCUGAAGAGGGGAUCAAAAAGAUGACAACUUUUCAUCCCUAAGUUCCAGAAGUGUGAGACAGAGGAGACUUCAGUGGGACUGUUUGCAGUCCAGUUCGUGCUUUGUCUUCCCAGUUUCACAGAAGCGACUGUGAUGUGUUUUGAUCAGUGUCACAGCGGGUCGGUGCACAGGCCAGCAUAUCACAGACGUCUUCCUGCUGGUCACACCAACACAUUCAUAUGUGUGCGUGUGCAUACGCGUGUGUGUUUGGUGGCAAAUGAGGAGAGGAUCCCACAGAGCCUGCAGAGACAGAACAGACAUCCUCCAGUCAUUAUCCUCUGGGAGGCUCAGCCCGAUGUGGGCACAGCUACGUGUGACACACACACACACACUGCCCGGACACUCAGUGGGAUUUUCCAGUCAUUUAUCUGCACGCUCAGAUGCAAACACACACAUGCGCAGUGUCUCCAUGCCUGGCAGGAUUUUAGAGUCAUUUAGCACCAAUCUCAGAGAGAGCCUGGCUUUGAUUCGGAUCAAUGUUUGAGGCUCUGCUGGUGAUGGAGGGAGGACAGGAAAAGGCCGUCCUGAAAGUGGAAACAGAUUUGAAAUAUCUGGGCAAAGAUGUGCAAGACUGACCAGUGUAAGAGUGAAAAUACCAGAGUGGAGAGCAAAACAAGCAGGUGAAAGAUAAAAUGGGAGUAAAGAGGGAACUCUUAGAAAUACUCCAGAAAGACGUUGGUGCAGCAGCAGCAGCACGUCAGAUCAGCGAUGUAUGCAGAGGAACAGCAAGGUCAGGAUCUGUCCAGCUGCUAGUUGAGACCUCUGAAACUUUAAAUGCUGUUAUUUUCCCCUCCAGCAAGGCCAACCACUGAGGCGCACACACACGCACACAGACGUAUAUAUCCACAGUCUCACUGUGGAGUACAGGCAGAACGGGCUUUAGGUCUAAUACCAGGGGAGUUACUCCUGAAGUGAAAGUCUGUCCGUCAGAGUAGAGAGAGGGAGCAGAAGAGUGAAACAGACUGAGAGUGAAGAAGGAGGUAGAAUCUGAGAGGGGAGCAAAAGUGAAGUGAAAAGUGCUGAGAAGCAGCAGAGUGAUUGACGGAGAUUUAGAGACAUCCCUGCUCCUGUGUACCUGAGCAUUUUCCUCCCUUUAUUCAUAAAGACAGUCCUCCACCAUAUAGAGCUGCACCUGUAUCCUCUGUUUUCUGGUCAUUUUUGAAUCUAAGUGUCUAAAAUCAUGCCAUUUACAUGCUUUUGUCAGCUAUUCAAGCUGUUGAACUCCUCAGCCCCUGUCAGCCUACGGAGGCAGUAUUAGUGGGAGGACUUGCUGAUGAGAUGUCAGAUGUCAUACUGUAAGACCCUCCAAAAUUACCCUGUGCAUCAAGAUUGACAGUCCUUCUCCUGCAUGAAGGGUAUUAAUUUACACUUUUUACUUUAGUGGUUAGUCUAUAAUUUGGGACUUUGGUCUCUUGAGUUGCUGGCAGUCGUGACAUUUAAGCCAGUGAGCUGGAGCCUGGACUAAGGUCCUUUCUGCUGUCCAUCAGUGGACAGUUUACAGAUGAUUAAGUGCUGGGUUUUUACAGAGUUUGUCUAAUGGGCAGACGACAGGGGGUCAGCCAAUCCAGGGCCCAUGAGCACAGUUAAAGUAGACAGUAACAUGUAUGAGAGAUGACGUACAUAGAUGAUUUAAAGCUACUAUGAGGAGUUUUUUUUUUUUUUUAUGUUUAUGAAAAAGACUGAAAUUCAUAUUGAAGCCUUUUCAUGAUAUCCAAAGCAAACAAGACCGCCAGAUUGAAGAUAUUUCAAUCAUCAUUUUUCAUACCUGAAAUCAGUGCGAGGGCGUAGGCUGCUGUCAGCCUCCUAUUUCCCUUAAGUUUAACUCAAAGUAAGACCCUGUAUUACCUGAUAUUAAAAUGUCAACUCUAGAGAGGUCAACAUAGUUGACUUUUUUAUUUAGGAGUGGAUAGAUGUGUGAUCUACCGUCAAGUAAAGGCUAACCAAUGCAUGAAGUAUAAUAAACCAUUAAUCACUCUUCACUUGAAAGGUGGUUUGACUUGCCUAAAGAAAUUUUUUCGAGAGGGGUCUGGCUGCAGACCUCCACUGUGAGGACCCGAAGUAACGUUUUUUCUCACACACUCCAGUUUGUAUGAAGUGGUCAUCCGGAUUUGUAUUUUCUCUUUGUUGAACACAUAAAUAUACAAAAAAAAUCAUAUUAAGAUUUUAUACAUAAAAUAAAGCCCCAAGAAAUAAAAUAUAUUCACACAAGACAAAAAAAAAACAUACGUCCCAGUUUAAUCACUUUUAAUUUGAAAGGCUUCAAAUCAUCUUCCGACAAAAGAAAAAUGUAUAUUUACUUUUAUCUUUUUUAACUCUCAUGUUGUUUAUUCUUUUAUUUUCUCUCUCUGUAUCUGUACUAUGCCGCUGUAAAUUUGAAAUUUCCUCCCAUGGGACUAUUGAGGGAACAUCUUAACUUAUAUUAUCUUUAUUUUGAAAGGCUUCAAAUCAACUUUCAGUCUGCUCAGUGGUGGUGAAUCCUCACGGAGGAGGUCUGCAGCUCGGCUGUCUAGGAUUUUCAGAUCCAGUUUACAUUAAAAAUGGUUCUUUGGUGUACACUUUAAAAUAUCAAAGGUUUUGAGCGGACACACACACACACACACACACACACACACACACAAUAACAUAGAGAGGAGGAGGGAGGGAGAGGAUCAUACUGGAAUAAAACUCGCAUUAACUAAUGUCAUUUAAAAAUUCAAAAAUUAAUGACAAGAAACAAUUACUUAAAAACUGAGGGCAUAAAUAUCAAAUGUGACUCUUGAACUUACAUUUACAUUCUGCAUUGAACUGAGCGCAGUAUGAUUAUUCUAUGUAUUGUGUAUUUCUGAUAUAUUGCAAAGUGAGUAUUUGAAAGGAUUAAUUUACACAGGUCUGAUUUCUUUAUUCUGAAAGUUUCAGUAGCUUUGGUUAUUAAUUUGUUUUACAGAACAAAAUUUCUGUCUUGGCACUACCUGAUGUUUCUGUCAGGCUCGUCCUCUAGUUUUCCCCCUCGUGUGAAAGUAUUUGAGUGAAAGUCCUGAAAAAAAUCACAGUAAGUCUAAGUAUCGCUCUUGCCUUUCAGAAACAUAUAUCAGUUACUUGUGACGAGGGAGAAAUGUUGGACGGCACGUUUAAGCAGGACAGUGCUGCUCUUGAUUUAUGUAGCCGUCGAUUUUUGUAGACUCACAGAGGGAUUGCGUCCCAUUUUUAGAAACUCUGUUGUGAUUCAAAAAUGUCCGAGUUUUAUUGAGCAGGAGCCUCUGUGCUGAUUCUUUGGCAUGCUUAGUGUGCAAGUUUGAUUCCCUGCAGGCAGCCGGCGAGAAGAUAAGACAGAGAGAGAGAGAAAAUAGUUUCAUCAAGUUUUGAUAAGUCCAUUCUGAAAGAAAAAACCCUAUCGACAGCAGUGAUACACUGAUAAUAAAUCAGUCUGUUGUAGAUUUGAAUGCACACUGACUUUUGCUGAACCAGUGAAUCACAGCAGUAUAAAACCUCGUAUUGAUUUCUUUUUCCUUUUACCUUCAGUCUUAUUGUUGAUUGAACAGGAGUCAUGCCGGUACAAAGAUCACAGCGGCUCGGCUACUCAGCCAGCAGAUAACAAUGUAGAUAAACAAACUGAAAGAAAAUAAAAAGAGAAGGCUGAGGACAAAAGCUUGCAUUGAAGAACAGAAAAAUAAAUAAAUAAAUAAAAACAUGCUGUACAUGUACAGACAUCUGCAGGCUGUCAUGAAAGGGUGUUAAAUGUGAAGGAUAGCGAGACGUAUAUGGGAAGACCUUGAUAAACACUGGGCAUAGAAAAAGCAAAAUAAAAUAGAAGUUAAGUGGAGGAGAGAGCUGAAACAUGACUGGAGAGCCAAGAAAGGAGAAAUGAUUAGGUCUAAAGUGAAAGCUAAGAUUAAAUGUUGACAUGUAGAAGCAAGGGAUUGGUGCAAGUCAAACAAAUAAUGGAACAGGCUUCCUUGAUAGGCUGUAUGAAAAGGAAAAAUGAGCCCAGGUCUGACCGACGGUGCGGAGCUGGAGAGACUUUUCAAGAAAACAAACCAGGAAAAUGAAUGAGACACAAACAGAGGAGGAAAAUCAACUGAAAAUAUGAGUAGUCAGAGGGAGAAGAAGCUCUGAAAACAUGAUGGCGGAUGCUGAGAAAUUGAAAAAGCGAGGGAGAAAAUAAAAUGUGGGGAUGCGCAGAAAUGAGGAGGAAAAGAUGUAGACGAAAGAUUGCAGCUUAACAGAAGAGGAAGAACGAUGCUGGAGAGAGAGGAAAGACUCAGACGGAUGGGCAGGUGAGAGAUAGAGGGGAUGUGUUGUCAGAAGGGAGGAUCUGGAGGGAAAGAGCGAAAAAGGCAGGAUGUGUGGAUCCUGUGAGGAGAAAAGUGGUCAUGGAGGAAGGGCUGCAGAUGGACAGAGGAUGAAAAGAUGCAGAGGGAGAGAAAAAGAUGGCAGGCCCCUCAGUGGUCAGCACUAAUGAAGAAGAAUGAGGGUCUUCAGCUGCUCUCUGGACCUGUUACUGACCACACACAUUAACACUUUAUUCCACUUAAGGAUCCUUAAUUAUAAGGCGAUGAGGAAGUAGUCAAACUUCACUUUCACUCUUUGCUAUGCUUGAAUAACAUCACAAAGUGUGGUGGAGCUUCUUUAAACCAGAGCUAAUUAGGGAACAGAGUUUUUCUCACUUUUUAUAUUUGUUCUAAAGGGAAAUGUCUCAGAUUAAUAAAUCAGGCAUGGGAGUUACACAGCAAGCUUCUGAAUGAGUGUGGGUUGUUGCUUUAAUUGGGGCUAAAGUCAUGCAGUAUUUCCACAUCCUCCUUCAAAGUGCAAAACUUUUACUCCAAAGCUGAUGCGCCACAGAGCAAACAGCGCUUUUCAUCCUUUGACAUGCUGUUUGUGGAUCCGUGCUUUGACUGUUUUACCUCUCUGCCCACUCGAGAAAACAGGUACGAACCUCAGAAUAAGACACACAUACCAAAAAAAAAAAAUAAUAAUAAUAAUCUAAGCAAAAUUUUCAGGGUUAGUUCUCUAAGGUUUUUUUUUUCUUUUUACAGAGAAAUAGUUUAAAAAGGUGACUUCUGUUUGAAGCACAUUUUUGUCAGAUUCUUGUUUCUCUUCUUCUCGUAGUUGAAGGUCUGUUUGUGCCUCAUUAGCUGUGACUGCCUACAGACAAGGAAAAAAAAAAACAUCUGAGGAAUGCUUGAACUUUUCUUCCACCCCAGCUCACAGUGGUGAACAAAAGUUGAUUAAGAUUUGCAAGCACACGCAGUGGUAUGAUAUAUAGCUUAGUUUUAAACUAGAAGUUUGGAGACUGUUUUUUACAAAGUUUGUUUGUCAGCAGUUUGACAGAAAAUGACUGACCCAGUUUUGAUGAAAUCUUGUGGGUGAAUGUAGCUUAAAAAUAUCUGAUCUAUUCAGAAGUUUCAUCGCAAUUUAUCUUAAGAGAAGCCAUAAUAUGCCACACCAUAGACUGUACAUACUAUGGACAACUUGGCUCCGCCUUCCAUCAUUAUAUGAAUUUGAAGCCAAAUUGCUCUCUGCAUUCCCUGGAUUUUCUCCACUUCCUGAAACCAACAUUACACAGUAGUGUUGUACACACUCCACCACUUGCGCAGUAGCAUUGUACACAUUUGGCGGGAGAGUCGCCAUGAGUCGCUGUGAUGACGCUUGGCUCAAACAACGUAUCUCCCUGGUGAGCUACGCAAUCUUUGUACGCCCAUUGGCUAUAUCAAGUGUCAAUCAUAGGGCGAGAUAAUGGAAUAACAAAGUUAGUAGAUUUAUUCAACGGCUCUGCCUUGAUGUCAUUUAGUUAGUUGAGACCUCUCAGAUUGAGAGAGCUCUUUCACUUGGCCUAUCAUCAAUUAAAAGUUUCAGUGAAUUUGGAAAAAAAAAAUCUUGCUGUAAGUGACAAAACUGGAAGCCAAAACUGGAUGAUUAUGAUCUGUGGUCCCUCUGGAGGCACUGCAUUAAAAACAGACAUGACUCUGGAGUGGAAAUUACUGCACGGGCUUCAAACCACUUUUAAAACACAUUGUCCAUGGACUAAAUUAUCAACGCAUCCACAAGUGUGAGCUAAAACUGCGCUAUACAAAAAAAGGAAACCAAAGAUAAACAUAGGCCAGGAUUGACCCAGACUCUUCUGAACCAGUUUUAAAUGGACUGAGGCAACAUUGGACAUUCUUUUUUCAGGGAAUACUGCAGAAAGUGGUAAAAAUCUUUGCUGCUUUUAAAAGGUCUCAAAUUUUUUGUUGGGAUAGGAUAUGUGCACUUUGUCGUCGACUGAAAGUGUUCUUGGAUAUUGAGUUAUUAUUUAAGCAUCCUGGCCUUUGCCAGUGUAUUUCUGUGUGUUUGUUGCACCUACUGAAGAGUUUGUCCAUGGUUUCUGACUCACUGAAAAACAGACAAAUUAGAGAGAUGAAGUUUAAGUGGAAAAUACAAACACAUACCUGGGCAAGGCCAUGAAAACUCAUAUGAACCGGUGUGCGCCACAGGUAAAAACGUCACAGUUCCAAGAGCUCUAAUUUGUGUCCUUGGGCAAAAAUGAUUUAUGAAAGAAAUAUUUGUGGUUCAUCAACAUAGACGGGAAAUGGGCUUUAACAAAGUACACAAAAACACUCAGGAGGGGUGUUGACUGAAAAACUGUCUACGAUGAAGAAAAAUUGUUAUUCUGGAAAUCUAAGGCUGUGUGUCCAUUGGUUUAACGUGUCACUGUUACAUGCACACACAUGUACGUCAGGACCUAACUCAGCACUGAGGGUGUUGUGAAAAAGUUAUCAGUUGGUUUAUCUGAUUGUUUAUCAGUUUGUUUUUGCUGUUGCCUCUUUUUUUUAUCUAUCUUUAAUGAACCUUCCAUCAUCCGUCAAUUUAGUUUUUUCUGCCUCUGCUUUCUGCUUUCUCUAAACCAACACCUUUCAUCUAGCUCCAUGUUUGUUUGUAACACUCUCUCCUUUGUCUCGGUCUCCUCCACUCUUUUUUGUCUCUCUUGUUUCACUCGCUCUUCUCCUCUCUUGUUUUCCCUCUUCAAAACCCUUGUCUUCUUUCUCUCCGCCACUUCCUUCAUUCCUCUCUCCCUGCUCUGCAGUUGACUUAUUGAUUUCAUUUUCAUACUGUUGGCAGUUGUUCCCGCUGUCAUAAACCAUCAGCGUUGCCUCCUUUCAAACAAGCAUUGAUCGUUGUACGGCUGAUCACAACCAAUCACCACCGAGCAUCAUUAUCUACUCUCUGUCUCGCUCUUUUGUCGUUUGUCUGUGUUGUGUUGUUUGCCGUGUUGGUUAUAGUUUUUAAUCUUGUGAUUCUGUCCUCCUGUAACAAAAAAAAAAACAAGCUUGUAUAUUUUGGUCGUGAAUGAAGCCUCUUCUUUGUGUUCUUGGAAAAACAGCUCACUCAGAGGGCUUUCAAAUAAAACUGCUUCGCAAAAAAAUCAUUACAAAAAAAUCUGAACAUUUGGGCCUUUUGUUGCAAAAAAAAAAAAGAAAACACUAUUAUUCUGUUUUUUUUGUUGUUGUUUGUAAAACUACUUUGAAAGUGAAUGCACAAACCAGAGGUCUAAAUAGGCCCAGAAGGAGGCAUCAGCACCCUGCAUGCAUUUGACAUAUUUAUUCCAGAAAGCAAUUUAGCAACAACAGAAAUGAUAAAUACACAUGCCAGGUACCAAUCAGAGAGGAGACGCAUUUAUGGACUUGACAAUUGACAUAGUUAACAGUAGAGCAGUUUCUAAGGCCAGGAACAAGAUUAUUACUUUAUCUGUUGUACUCUCUUUGAUAUUUGAGCAUGAUUCAGGGUCUAAAAUGGACGUGAGUAGGUGCUGCAAAGUUUGAGUCCCUCACCGUCAAUUAUUUUUUUCAGUUUUCUUCUCACUUCUACAGUCAACAUAAUCUAAACAGGGCUUUUAAGUCCCACUUCAAUCAUGUUCUAUUAUUAUUUCAAAUGUUCUCAGUGGUCUUUAAAUUGUGAUUAUGAAGUUCUUAGCCAAAAUCAUAUUACCUGUGUCAUUUUCAAGGGCUUUUCUUCUGCAGAGCUUCAAUAGAUCAUUAACAAUUUGCCUCUGAGUCGUGGGCAGAGACAGUGCUGCUCUGCACACUCCUCUUCAUGCUAGCUUGCAGCCUAACGUUGCCAGUGUAGUAGAAGAAGCAGGUAACAUAGGAGCUAUUUAGCUCUCAGACACUAAUGUCUUUGGCUUUCUUACGAGCAUUGCAAUCCACUACUGCACAUGCUUGCUCAGUGAUUGUCCUCUCUACUCUGAAUCUGGCCUGCAUAGUGAGACGCUGGAGUUGUAACAUAGGAAAUCUCACUGUGUCUGAACCUGCCGUUUGGGUCUGCCAGAGAUUCACAGCGAUUUAAAUGCAGAAAUACUCAGAUAUGCAAUUUUGCUCUUAGUUUUCUCUUGAUAUGUCCUCUCGCGUCAGAAAAAUGCCACAUGAACAUGUAGACAACAAGAAAAACACAAUUUUCAUCAGAGUGGGUCUUUAACUUGCAACUUCUUCGGACCCAAAAUUUAAUCUGAGACUUCAAAUUAUAUUUGAGAUUAUUAAUGUGAGUGUAAAAAAGUUCUUUUUUAUUUUUUAUUUUAUUUAUUUAUUUUUUUACACAUAUGCGAAAACAACCAACAACAUUAAUGUAAUUGUACACAAACUCACACAUCUUACUCAAGGAUACCCCUAGAGGGUGCACCAGGAAGCUCAGGCAGUAUUAAGUGAUGCAAACCAGGCAUGUCAGAAGUCAGGAAAGUUACUGUUAUACUAAUUCUGGGUCUCAAGUGAGCAACAAGUUCUCGAGCCAGCUCAGGCGGCUAAGGCAGUCAGCUAGAGCACACCAUCAGCUUCAGCCCUGCUCAAUUGUACCAAAAAUCUCCUCCAUGCUGAGACGUAACAGUCCCAGACAUGUUCAUUAAGUUUGGCAGGUUCCCACAUCAACUAAAAGAUUAAAUUUAUCCAGCAUAUAGUAUGUUGCUUAGCAGUGGCAGUGACACAUAGUAAAGAUGUGGGUAACUGCAGACUCAGUGCAUUGGUCUUUAAGACUUUCAGACAUUGUUACUGCUCCUGUUCAUUUAUUUACACACUGCUCUUUGCAUCCUGGUUGCUUUAGUUCACUGAAAUUGAGGAGUGUUAGUCCUGGCAAGUCAGACAGUCAAGCCCAACCCACAGUAAAUUAGCUGAUUCUGAAUCAAGCCCAAUCAGCUCACAGAUUGUGCACAUUCAGUUGGCAAAUGUAUAAAUAGGUGCUAUUUUUAAGCUGCUCUCUCUCACUGCUUCCAUUUCAGUUCUAUUUGCAACCCUCCUCCACUCCAGCUCCUCUUUUUUAUGCUGUUUCUAGUUUUACUCGAGUCAGAUGUAUUGUCACCGAUGCUCUCAUCUGUCUCUGGGGUCCAUGCUGCUGCUCUCCCUGCCUCAGCUUUUAAAUUAUGCGCAUGAAAUCCUUCCAUCAGACUCUGGAAGUCCACAUACACAUGCGCAGCCAGGUGUGGCACGUAUAACUUUGUUCAACAUUAUUUUUAAAAGAUUUUCAGAGACAUCACUUUCUGUGUCUCUGUCACCUCUCAUUUUGUCAGCCCCCCCCACUCCACUCUCCCCCUGUCCCUCCAUUAUUUCUCUUGUCUGGUCUUUUGUUGCAGUGCAGUGUUCGAUCGAACAGCACAACAAGCUAUAUCUGGAGCCUCUAUUCCCUCUUCCAUCUGGCCCGUAGCCCUCGGACACCUUAAAGCUUUCAACUGAGGGGAGAGUCAGGGGGUAUGAAGACGUGAAGGAGGAGGUGGAGUUCAGGGUACUAACAACUGCAUUUUUGUGAGCUUUUGUAACCCUCCUUCGCUGUAUCCUGACCUUUCUGAGCACCUCCACGCCUGUCGGCUCGCGCCAGGAGACCCCCUGCUCUCACUGCCUUUCUGCGUUCUCUGAUGGGGGUCCUGAUAAUAAUCCACCUCGGCCCUGUAUUGUGUUCUGUUGAAAGCCACCACGGCUGCAUAAGCAAUCGACACUCUCUUUAUUUCGGGCACAUUUCACAGUGAUACUCAGGUCAGCAUUUUAUCGCCCUCGCUCCCUCGUGCGCUUGCAAGAGUUUUUGUGGAGCCCAGACCACCUGCUGGGAUAAGAGGGGGACCACAGCAGUGCUCGUAGGUGGGUUUUAUACUGGCUUUUGUUGCCAUGAGGCAGUCGCAAUAUUAUCGGAACAGUCCACUACUUAGAAGCUUCUCUUUUGUGUCCCAUCCUCACUCAAUCCAUGUGUCCCCACCCCCUCUUUCUCUUCAUGAGUUGAGGCUUGCUUCUCCUUUGUGCUCUCUCUCAUUUUCAACCCGCACACCCAGAGGGAUCGAUUUUUUUUUUCUUCUCUGGCCUUUUUGUAAAUAAAUAAAUACCAUUGUGUUAUUGCCUGCUCCCAGAGCUGUGAUGACAAGUUCACUCCACAUCAAACUUUAAAAAAGCUUUUUUUUAAAGCUAUACUUCAGUUAUUCACAAUAAUUUACGUGGCAAAUGCUCCAAGGGCAGCUACUUAUUUGUUUAGCUGCUCCUGCAACACAAAGUACAAACACCUGUUGAUGAAUUUACAGAGAGAAAAGAUCUCGAAAGAUCUCUGGGAUCAACUCCUUAUAUACCUUGUGGACAUCUGAACCCUUACAGCCACUAUGCUUUGUUCUCAGUCUCUGUUUUGUCCAUCAGUAUACCCUUCAGUUCAGGUAUGAGGUUUUUUCAUUCAUCAGUCCAACUAAGAUCUCAUCCCCAGACUGGAUCUGCCGUUGCCUGUCUAUUUCUGUAACUUUGUGCAACCAAUUACCUGACAUCCACGGUCGCUUCACACUGUGAAUGACCUGUUUUCAGGAGGUGAGAGAGCAGCCGGGGUUUGAGACAUCUCUACUCCUCCAGUUGUUUCUAAACUACUUGUGACUCUUGGAAAGUGAUCACUUUACAGGUUCAGAAAUAGAGACUGUCUGAAAAUGUGCACUGUUGACACCAGAUUGAAACAAUAUCAAAUCUUCGCUUCUCUACAAAAGGAGGUUUCAUCAUCCACACACAGAGGCUUUUGAGCUACUUCUACCCCAGUUUCCCCCCAGUAUAAAUCAGUAAUUAGAAUGAACAAGGGAAUUUACAUGUAAUACUUUUCCCAUCUUAACCUUUAAUCUUUUAGAUAAUACAAUAUUGCGUGGAAAACUUUGCUCCACCACUUUAACUCCAUGGUAUUAACAUAAAUGGCAAAGCAAGGCAUAGUAGUCCCAUCCUGAUCAAGUGGUAUGGGAGCCCCAUUAAAAUGUAAUCGGUUUUUCCUCAAUUUUGAGUGUCUAAACCAUGGACUGUAUAUACUAUAGACAACUUGGCUUCGCCGUGUGUCAUUAUACAAAUUGGAAGCUGAAUUGCUCUCUGCAAAUCUGGUAUUUUCUCAAUUUCCUGGAACCACCACUUGCGCAGUAGCAUUGUAUGCAUUCAGCAGGAAAGUCACUGUUAUGGUGCUAGACUCAAACAGCAUAUUCCCUGGAUGAGCUAUGCAAUCUUCGUAUGCUCAUAGGCUGUAUCAAGUGUCAAUCAUAGAAAACAUGAACCCCCUUAUAACUUUUGAAAAUGGAGCGGCACAGAAAAAAAGAGGACUUGAGCACAAACUAAUCUUACAAUAACUACAUGUCAACAUCGCAAGCAGGGGGGAGAGAAAUUUAUAUUCUGUGCAAUUUAUUUCUAAAGUUUGUCCACAACUCCAUAGGGGUUGCUGGAGGAGGCAGGAUUUAUGACCUAUACUGCAGCCUGUCACCAAAGGGUGCUGUUCUCAGGGUGGCUUCACCCAGCGAGGAGGCCAACAGUGUCCAUUUUAUAUACAGUCUGUAGUCUAAACAUGCACAAAACCUCACUAAAAUGGACACAGGAAUCAGGCCUGGAGAAAUAAAUACAAUAAUGGGAUCUAAAUAUAAGUUGGCCAAAUUGGUGUUGUAGUGCACGCAGUUCAAAAAAUUCAGCCUCCAGAGGCUGUUACACCUACAGACAUGCAAGUUGGUACUCAUAUCAGGCAUUGUGAAACUUUACAUAAACAGCUCUUAAUGUUAUGGUGAAACGUCAACAGGAAGUUUAAAAAGUUGGAAAGAAAUGGUGGAAAUUUCUAUGGCAAGCCUUGUUGCGUGUUUCGUCAAGAAACAGGGAGUUGUUUGUUUCUUAGGUGUGCAUUCUCCAACUGGACUCAAACAUGACUUCUCUGAUUUAAGGGUCCAGGGCUGAACACAUUAACAUGGUAAUAUCCCAGUUGUAGCGCCCCCCAGCAGUAACAGAAAAAGGCUGUACUGUCACUCAAUGAGCUAUAGUUCUGAGACCAUUUCACAAAUUUAUGCCACAUUCGCUUAGAAACCUUUGACACAUCUGUCUUGUUGAGAACCAAAAUCAUCGAGAACCAAGAUCUGUGAAAUUUGGAUAGAAAAAAAUAAUAAAAAAACAUUUCAUCUCAACUCUCAGAAGUUCAUUGAAGAGCUUUUAAAAUUGUCUUCGCAGUAUGUAAUGCGCAAUUUUUUUUAAAUUCUGCAUUUAUAUUAUUUUGAUUACGCUAAACCAUAAAUCCUGAUCCUGAAGUAUGUAUAAAAUAUAUCAGCUUUCAGGCAAAUUGAACAAUAUUUUAACUAUGCUUCCUGCUUGUGCAACAAAAUCAUUUCCUGCUAACAUUUGCUUCAAAUCACCUCAAACCGGAUUUCAUCGAUAUAUGGUUUUUAGACUAAUUGAAAAAGUAUUAACAGAUGAACUGAUGAUAAACACAGUCACCAUUUUAAUUUCAGUUUAUUUGAUUGAAGUGGAAGGUGAUUAUCAUCUCGGUUGCCUCAUUUGAACCACGUUUGUACAGACAAUCUGCAGUACGUGUUCUCCACAUUCCCCUCCAUCUCCAUCCCUCCAUCCCUCAGCAGUGGAGUGGGCAGGCCUAUCAACCACACAGCCUCAGCCUAUCACCUAGGAGCCCCAAUUGCCUGCCAGUCAUCAGAUAAAAUGGAUUUCCAAUCGAGUCAAGGCUCUGAUGCUGGGUCGGACAGAAUGGAGUACAGGCAGACUUCUGCGCUUUCUUUACCUCUCCUGAUUCUCUGUUUGGUUUUUGUUUUUCCUCUUUUAUCUCCUGCUGUGUUCAGACCAUCUCCAGCUUCUUCUCUCCCCACGCCCCUCACGGGGUCUUCAUGAUCUGCUGAUCUGUCCCACAUGAAAUGAAAAUUGGCUCAUUGUAAAAGCCCAGAUACCAGUACGUUAUCUCAUAAGCAGUGUGGUGCAACCAAAGCAAGUCCUAAAAGCGAGUGACUGCUUUACCUCAGGAUGGAUCUUCAAUUAAAGCAACAGGUGAAAAUCUAUUACUUGGCCAGUGUAGGCUUAAUGAGUUGUCACUAGUACUUUUCAAUACUGCAGAGUGCAUGUUUUCUGUUUUCACAACCUGUUAGAAAAGUUUUUAAAAACUUCUUGAAUGAAAAAAGGGUAUUAGUAUCCUCAUAGUCGCUAUAACUUUGUGAGAAGUGAAGAAAGCUGAGUUAGAAUCAACUUUGCCAGAUGACAAAUAUAUCCUAUUAGACUUCUUUUAUGUUCCAGUCUCAAUAUAUGAAGCCACAGCAAAAGUUUUUAAAACUGUAGUUGCUCAUGUGUCCACUUGAGGCUGGUUCCAAAAACACCAGAAGCUACAUACACCCAUUAACAGAGCUCAAGCAAAAAUCGACAUAUUAACAGCCUGAUUUGAAAAAACAUUUUGGUCUGAAUGUACACAGUAUUGGCAGCUAUUUAGUUUUGAAGACACGAGUGUUCAAAGUUUUGUGUAACUAGGGUUCAGCUCACAGACUAAAAGGCAAUCUCAUUAUAGCUGUCAGCAUGGACGCUAAAGGUCUGCCUCGAAUCCACUUCUCAUCUCUCACUACAGUGAUCUCAAGUUAGGUUGAGGCAGCAUUUCUGAUAUGGUAAAUUAAGAGAACUAUAAUAAACCAACGGGUGAUGCCAGUGAGACUUAUUUGUAAUGCCUUUAAAAAGUAGUUUUUACAUCAAAGUGUUGGAUUGGUCCACAUCCCGAGAACUUCUCCAAGUCACCAGGGAUUGGCACGCCCAGGCCUACUGCCUUGUCUGCCACAUGGCAUUGGUUCAACCCCCCAUACCUUUCCCUGCCAGUGGUGGGCUCACAGAGUGACCUCCAGCAGGAAUUGGGGUUGAGUGCAAAGGGGCCGGGAUGAGAGUCAGCACGUCAGACUCUGGGGCCAUGGUCCUCUGACAGAAAAGGGUGGACUGCUCUCUCUGGCUGUCUUUGUGGACAGGUGGAUUGGUGUGGCAUCAGCAGUACUGCCAGCGUUGCACUGUCCUGGUGAAGAGGGAGCUGAGCCAGAUGGUAAAGCCUCUGAGUUACCACUCAAUCUACGUUCACCUGUAGUUAUGAGCUCUGGGUGGUGAUCAAGAAAUUAAGAUAGCGGAUACAAGCAGGUGAAAUGCGUUUCCUCUGAAGAGUGGCUAGGCUCAGCCUUAGAGAUUGGGAUAAAAGUUUGGACACCUGGAAGGAGCUCAGAGUAGAGCCACUGCUCCUCCAUGUCUGAUAAGGAUGCCUCUUGGACUCUGGAUGGAUGGAUGGAUAUUAGAUUUAAACUCAAAUGUAAACCUCAGUUGUGGAAUCUUUUGGUCUACUGUGGAGCCACUUUGACAUUUAAUGUGUCUAUUCAUCAUUCAUUUCUGUGGCUUUGCAGUUGUGAGCGAUAUACCCCCCUUUUAGAGAAGUGGCACCUUCAUUCAUCCUGUUGAGGACAAAUGUCGGCGUUCAAACAAGUUGAUUCUAAAUACGAGUCAGUCUCAUUUUUUAAAUCUUAUUGAUGGAAAAAACAUUCAGUGUUUGGGUUAGUGCAAUAUGCACUUAAAGAUCUAUAGGUCAACAUCGAGCAAAGGAAAAAAGUGAUGCCAAGGAAAGCAUGUAAUUCAUUCUAAUGAAGUUAGUUCCACCUGUGCGAGUAUAAAUCCUAAAGGUUCAGACACAUGCCUAUUGCCAAAUAAGGACUUCAGGGACCCCAAGGGUCCUGUAGUUAUGCUUUUUGAAGAGUAUUUUCAUAUCUGGAAAAAAAGGAAGAAAGCGGUUAGAACGUACAGGUUUGAGAUGUAGAUGAAAAGAGAAACGAGAGGAGGAAGGGGACAGAGAAAAGAGAGGAAAGCAAAAGAGUGGGAUGAGCAGACAGCAGAGAGGAGCUGUAUUGAUCAGCCUGCUCUGGGAGUCUCUCUGUGGUUUUAAUGGUUUGAGUUUCACAGCUGGAGUGAGCUCUGCAUUGCUCAGAACAGAUACUAUGAUGCUGUGCACUCACAGAUGCACAUGCAGUACACACACAAGUGGUCAGCCUCUAUACCUGCUGGGCUCAGGUCAAUGCACGCCAGCCACCAGUCAAUUUAGCUCAUCGCAUCGUUCCACAUGGACUACCGGAGCUGUCGGACUUCAGUGAGACCAGUCGUCUUUCUGAAAUAAACCUCCUCCCUGCUGCUGACCAGCCUCUGGAGCCGAGCAUAACUGAGAAAACAACAGCAAAGCUCCAAAAUAUCACUUUAUGACAAAGAAGCUGGAGUCAUUUCUAAUAUGAACUGUUGUUGUAGAGUUGAGCACAGUAUCUCUGUUAAGGCGUACAGGUAUUUAUCAAAAUGAGAAACAUUGUCUGGAAAAAGCAGAGACACUUAGCAGCUCAACUGUCUUGAGAAUCACCUGGUGUCAUAAGCUCCGCCCUCCUCCUUCUAAAAUAUCCUCGUAUCGGUUGUGGUCAGCUGACUGUAUCAUCCAGCACAGUUAGAGCAGAUCUACAAAUUGGUUUCACAACUACAGAGUUUUCUGGAAUCACCAUGGAAACAAUUGCAUUAUGUGGCCAUUUAUAAUCCACAUAGGGUGUAGAUAGGGAUCAGCCACCUUUGCAAUCUCAUCAACACAGCAGCUCUACCUUCACCUCUUAAGAGCCGCUACAUUUUCAGUUUUUGUUGUUACGUUAGAAAGUUGAAAAUCCAUGUUUAUAUUUUACCUUCUUUAAUGUAUAUCCAGAUUUACAACUAGGGUAAACUAUGAUACAGCUUCCAAUACGAUACCGAUAUUGUAGCCUUCAGUAUCGGUCGAUACUGAUAUCGAUCACAAACUUCUGCAUGACAAGUUUUGCACUCAUCUGCAAUGUCUUUUUCAGACUUUAAUGAAAAAUACUGCCACACAGCCGGCAUCACUCCUACUCCUUGGUACUUUGUUUGUACCUUGUUGUUGUGAUCACAUGGGCUCUGCAUGCUAGCUAGAGGUGCCGGAGUGGAGUCUGAAAUGGACUGUUUGUAUCGGAGUGCUGGUAUCAGAGAUUUUAGUUGCAGGCCAAUAUAAUCCGAUAUUUGUCAUUGGCUGAUAUCAGACCGAUAUCCAAUAUCAAUAUCUUAUCAGGACAGCCCUACUUGCAGCUACAAAACAGUUACAUAGACAUUUUUUUCCCCAACACCAAUCCUCUUCAUAGUAUAAAACUGUGUGAGCUCUUUCUUCAUAUACAGUUCAGAAAUUGUUCUUUUUCAUAGAACAAUUGCUUGUAGUCAGUAGGGUAACACCUGAUCAGUAAAGUGGUUUUAUAACCACACUGUGUUAACAUCUGUUAUUUGCAAAACACUUUCUUUAAAAAGCUUACUGCAGAAAGAGGUUGAGAUCACAAAGAUACACUGAGAUUGCAAGGAAACUGUGAUUCCAGCCUUGUGCAGCUGCAUGAUAAUUACACCGCCUGUAAACUGAGUUGAACGUGUCGCUUAUUCUCUGAAAAAACAGGCAGAUCAGCCUUUCUUCAUCUGGCCUUCCACUCAUUGAGAUUCUGUGUGGGAGGUGCAGUUGUCAGGGUCAGGCCUCCCUGUGGUAAUUAGCUUAUGCAAUCAUUGCUUAAAGCUGUCUUUUUAGAUAUUGUCUCUCUUGGAAAGCAUUAUAAUAACUAAUAAGGCUUCAAAGAGUUUAUUGACCUUCUCAUAGAGGCCAAUCACCUACUAUAAGGACGCCCAAGAGCGCCCCCUACUUACUCGAUAAGUCAAUAUGUUGUAAAGACCACCUGACUGACAAAACUCUGAAUAUCGCCAAGCUGCUAUUGAUCAUUUUAACAGUUGGCAUUCAGAGAUUAUAGAAAUACAUUUAGGCUACAGUCUAUUCUAACUGCCUAUUUAUCUCCUGUCUGUAAAAGGCUACCAGCGAAAGGUUUUUAAUUGAUCAGUCAUUUCAAUGGUGGGUGUUGGAUUUGUGUGAAGCCCCCUCACUAGACAAGGCCACACGCUGAAGCUCAAAAUCAGGUAGUCGGACCUGUUAUCUUCUCUCAAGGACUUCCAGGAUUCUAAGGACUUCCUUGAUUGUUAGCAGAAAAACAGAGGUCACACCGCUUGGACCAUUUGUUUGUCUUUCAAUUUUUUCAUUCCUUUUUUUCCACAGCUAUCCUCUGAACAUGCCGAGUAAAUCAGUAACUUUGAUUAAAAAAGACAAUCUUUGGGUGAAUUUCAAGACUUGUAUCAUUUUAUGAAACAUAUAGUAAGGACUUGAGUUAGAAAUGUCUGUCGUUACAUCUCAACAAGGUCCAUUUGAGCCCUUGUUUUCGAGAGCAUGGGCAUACAAACAGAUGAACUUUCUCUUUGAAUAGAUACAUGUAUGUUUUAGCAGUUCCCUUUCAGUCGAUUCACUCGGUACAACACAUAUAGUAUGGGAUAUCACGCCCUCGCGUGGCCUGACUGAAGACACCUUUAUUCACGCCUUUAAGGCAGAUGAUCUGUGGUGACGUCUGGGAGGCUCCGCCUGCACAUAUAUACGUGUAGCACCACAGCCAUCCUUCAGUUCUUACGCUCUUCACCUCGCUGAGAACACCUACACCGAGUCGGGCUAACUAGCUGCUGCUAGCUCAGCCUGGUCUUGUCUGUGGCUAUUGCCUGAUCGUUUUUAGCUUAACUGCCCCUGUUGGUGUUAGCCUACGGCUACCCGCGGAGCGCUAAUUUCGUUCAGCUUCUGCGUCUUGUUAUGAGCGCUGAGCCCAUGAAAGCGAAGGCGAAGUCUUCUGUUCGCCCCUGUCCUCGGGGGUGCGGCUUCUCCCUUCACGAGAAGGAUCUCCAUGAGGCUUGUCCAGUUUGCCUGGGUAUUGUCCACGCCAGGAGGGCGUUGACUGAGCCCGAGUCGUGUGAGUCCUGUCACCGGCUUCGGAGCUCAACCCUGGGAAGGCGGGUCAAGUUUGUGGAGAAAAUUCUAGGAAAAUCCGCUGUUGCGAUGCACGAUCCCCUCCUCUCCGAGUCCAGAGACCCGGCUUCGCCGGAGUCCGGUGGUGAGGACUUUCUGGUCGAAGGCUCAGUUGGAAACUGGGCAGACCAUGUAGAGUGUGCUUACGGGUCAGCUGGAUUUGAGCCGGGCCCGACCGAGGGCGCUGGCCAGCCGCUAUCCGGGCUAGCUUGUUACCAGGAGGACGAUGACGUGCUGGACAUCGGCCUGGACGUGCAAGGUUUUUCAGAGGAUGAGCAGGAGCCGUUGUCUUCGGGUCAGUAUGCCGCCGCUGCUGCGCCGGUUGAUCUGGACGACACAUCCUUCCUCUCACUGUACCGCCGUGCAGCUGAGAAACUGGAAGUAGGAUGGCCCUCUCCUCCACCGGCUCAAAAACCGUCGCGGUUCUCAGGGUUUUUUCUCCCACCCGAACCGACGACUGUUAAGAACAGUUUGCCCAUGUUCCCGGAUUUUGUCGCGGAACUAACCUCGACAUGGGACAAGCCGCUGUCCACCCGCGCCACAGUGCCCGGUUGUGGACAGUUUCUGGACCUGGAUGGAGCUGAAAAAGCUGGAUUGGUGAACCCUCCGCCUAUGGAGGCGUCCCUGGCAGUUUAUCUGGCCCCGGCCCAGAAUCAUGGUGUCGGUAGCCCCAUCACGCUCCCAUCCAAGCACUGCAGGUUUUCAGCGUCACAGCUGGAUAAAAUUUACAGGACACAGGCAAAUACGGCUCGUGCACUGAGCUCCGUCACCAUGCUUCAGACAUAUCAAGCUAUGUGUCUGGCGGAACUCGGCUCGCGUAUGCCUCCUGACAGUCCGCUUUCUCCUCUCCUCGAUGAAGCUAGGGUCGCCACAGAUUACAUCCUCCGUGUGUCCCGCUGUGCAGCGCUCUCUCUCGGUAGAGGCAUGGCUUCCACGGUGGUGGCGCAGAGGCACCUGUGGCUGACUCUCUCCGACGUUCCGGAGAGGGACAGAGCGGUUUAUCUCGACGAGCCUGUGUCGGCCAGCGGUUUGUUUGGGCAGUCCCUCGACGACAUUCAGGCUAAGUUUGAGCUGAGGAAAAAACAAACCGAAGCUUUGAGCAGCAUCAUCCCCAGGCGUGAUGCGAGGCCCAAACAACAGGGUUAUCCGCACAAACCGGCAGAGACGCUGCCGCCCUUCAUUUUUUGCCGCCGAAGAGGCCGCGUUUAAUGUUUGUUCAGGGGUCCGGUCCCGAGAGGCGCUGCACUCCCUUAACACAGUUUUCCCAAGCACAAUCCUCCCUCACACACAUGCCCCAGUAAUGGCGCCUGUUGUUCACUGAGUGAAUGUUACAAAUGUGCGUUCGUUGAAUCAAAUAAAGGUUCCGUUUUGUUCUCAAAACAUCAUAAAUCAAUCAAGUCUGGGCGGGAAAGUAUUGCUGUUCCCAGCCGGCACGCUAGAGGGCGACAACCCCUCCCCCACAGUACUGGAGGUCAGUCGACUGACUGUUCGUCUCCCUCGGUGGUGCGCAUGCGCAGUCUCACCGUGGGUAGAGAGAACCGUUGCCAUGGGCUACCGUUUACAGCAGUGCUGAGGGAAGAAAUAAACAACUUGUUGAACAAGAGAGCGAUACGAGUUGUUCCCGCUUCGGAAACGAACAAGGUUGGUACAGCCGCUAUUUCGUUGUUCCGAAAAAAGGAGGAGGGCUCCGUCCUAUCCUUGACUUGCGAGUGUUAAACAAAUACCUACGAACUUACAGGUGCAAGAUGCCAACACUCAGACAGCUACUGGGCGAAAUCAGACCGGGAGAUUGGUUUACAACUAUCGAUCUGACAGAUGCUUACUUUCACGUAGCGAUUCAUCCAGACCACAGGCACUUUCUAAGGUUUGCAUUCGAGGGCAUAGCCUACGAAUACCUGGUGCUGCCGUUCGGCUUAUCACUCGCCCCCGAACAUUCACCAAAUGUGUCGAGGCGGCAUUGGCUCCUCUAAGGGAGAAAGGUGUGCGCAUCUAAGCCUAUCUGGACGACUGGGUGCUAAUCGCGAGCUCCAGAGAGCAAGCAGCGGCUCAGCUGUCAUUGACCCUAUCGCACAUCCAAACACUGGGCUUUUCAGUAAAUUUACAGAAAAGUUCACUGACUCUUAGUCAACAGGUAUCAUUUCUCGGGCUGGAAAUAUGCUCCGUUUCAAGCCGAGCGUGUCUGUCAGAACGCAGGGUGGCUGCGUUUCACCGCUGCCUUUCACAAUUUCAGUUGGGACGCAAACUGUGUUUCCGGACGAUUUUACAGCUGACAGGCAUGAUGGCAUCUAUGAUCGCUGUAGUGCCGCUCGGACUGUUAAAAAUGAGAGCGUUUCAACGCUGGACUCAGUCUCACCGGCUGUGCGCGCAGCGUCACCUCCAGAGGAGGCUGACGAUAACUCCGUCUUGCAUGUCGGCUCUUCUCCCGUGGAGAGAACCCGGUUUUCUACAACGGGGAUCUCCGAUAGGGAGUGUGUCUUUUCGCAAGGUGGUGUCCACAGACGCAUCCCUGAGGGGUCGGGGGGCUCUGUGCGAGGGCGCAGCAGUGAGAGGUGUGUGGACGCCAGCAUAAUGCAAGCUCCACAUCAAUUACCUGGAGCUAUUAGCUAUCCUAUUAGCUCUGAGGCAUUUUCGUCCGGUUCUGACGGGCCAUCAGGUUCUGACGGGCCAUCAGGUUCUGAUCGGGACGGAAAACAAAACCAUGGUUUCCUACAUAAACAAACAGGGAGGGACAUGCUCUCUUCCCCUGUUAAAACUGUCUCACUCUCUGUUGCUAUGGUGCAGUGUUCAUUUUCUGUCACUCAGAGCCACACAUAUUCCGGGUCACUUAAACCUUGGGCCAGACCUUCUCUCCAGGGGGGUCGUCUUGUGAGAGAGUAGAGAUUGCAUGUCAGGACCGAAAUGUACUCCCAUUUCAAAGUUCUAUUGUGGAUGUUUUAACAUUCCUUCAGGAGCGGCUGGAUAGGGGUCUCUAUUUCUCAACAAUUAAAGUCUAUUUGGCAGCUGUAUCUGCAUGCCAUGUUGGCUUUGAUGGUGUGUCGCCAGGCGCUCACCCUCUUACUAUGCACUUCCUAAAGGGAGUCCGCAGGCUGAGACCUGUGCUUAGACCCAGUGUUCCCUCAUGGGAUUUAGGGUUGGUGCUUGGGGCUCUUGGUGGACCUCAUUUGAGACUGUUGAGUCAGCAGACAUGAAAUUUCUUUCAUACAAAACUGCACUGCUACUUGCUUUGGCGAGUGGGUGACCUUCAUGCUUUGUGCAUCCCUUUUGUAUCCAGUUCACUCUGGAUGGAUCUAAGGUUACAUUGCGCCCAAAUGCAGCGUAUUUGCCUAAGAUUAUCCCCACAGCCUAUAGCUCUAUGAGUUUUGAACUACUGAGCUUCUGCCGUCCUCCAUUUGCAUCUGAGGAGCAGAGGAGGUUGCAUUCCUUGUGCCCUGUGCGUGCACUACGUACUGACAUAGACCACACUCAGAGUGUGCGUUUAUGUUACCAGUUGUUAGUCUGUUUUGCUAAUCCAGCCUAAGGCAGGGCACUGUCUAAACAGCAGCUUUCCCGCUGGAUUGUGGAGGCUAUCUCCUUAGCAUACGGCAGCAGGGGUCUUCCGUUGCCCCAAGGUGUGAGGGCACAUUCAACCAGGGGAAUGGCAGCCUCAUAGGCCUUGUUUAAAGGGGUUUCUGUGAGUGAUAUCUGCACUGCAGCCAGUUGAUCAUCACCGCACAGUUUUUGUUCGGUUUUAUUGUUUGGAUGUGGGACAGCCCCUUCAGUGGCUCACUCUGUCCUUUCUGCUGGGUCUACAGUGCACUAAAGUUUUGGAGGUUUGACUUCGGUUCGGUGGCUGCUCUGUGGGGCGUGUAUAUAUGUCCCAUACUAUAUGUGUUGUACCGAGUGAAUCGACUGAAAGGGAACGAAAUGUUAUGAAUAUAACUUCUGUUCCCUGAAGGAGAGGAACGAGGUACAACACUAGGUUGCCCCACUGCGCAGCUAGGCUCGGUGAAGAGCGGCUAUCGAACUGAAGGAUGACUGUGGUGUUACACGUAUAUAUGUGCAGGCGGAGCCUCCCAGACGUCACCAGAGAUCAUCUGCCUUAAAGGCGUGAAUAAAGGUGUCUUCAGUCAGGCCACGCGAGGGCGUGAUAUCCCAUACUAUAUGUGUUGUACCUCGUUCCUCUCCUUCAGGGAACAGAAGUUAUAUUCAUAACAUUUCGUUUUACACUUUCUAUUGUUGACACACUUUUACAACUUUGCGAAAAAUGCAUUUUUUUAAAGUUCCUGUUUGUGUUAGUUUGGCGCCCCCUGUGGAUAUCUUCUACCCAACAUGCUUAAGGAGUGUCUCAUCCUACUGUGAAAUGUGUCAUUCUUUAUCGCUAUUUUAUGUGGAAAUUAUGAAACAGGGCUGUUUCUUUCGCUGGUUGGCUGACACCUACCCCCUCUGUUGUGAUUUGAGACAUGAAAAAUUAGAAUAUGAAAAAUGUCAGUCUUGUCAUUCACUGCCUUGUCUGCUUUUUUACACUACAAAAAAAGCAUCAAUAUGAAUUUCAGUCUAUUUAAAAAACUUUAAAAACUCCCCACAGGAGCUAUAAGUUUAAGGCGAUUUAUUUACUUCUCUUUUGUUUCACCACAAAUUAAAUUUUCGCUGCUCCUGGAAAUGUCCAAACUGAAACAGAGUUUGUGAAAACCCAACCCAGGUUCUCGGUGUUCUACAGAGAAUAUACUGAUCCAGUUCUGACAGAGAAAUGCCUUCACAGUCUGCAUCAACAGAGCUGAACAACAGGCACAGGUUCUUAGUGAAAAUCUUCAUCAUUUCCGCUCUUGUAGUUGCACUUUGUCGCUCUGUGAAGAAACCCCUUUAUUACUGACAUCGCUCAGAGUAAAUCAGUAAAACCACCUCCUUCCUUCUCUAAGAUAAUCUCUACUAUUACCCGGUCUGACCUUUCUGUUGUGGUCAAUUAAAACUGGAAAACUCUAAUAGUCCAAACACCUAAGAGCAUCUCAAAGGUCACAGGGGGAGCUGGAGUGCAAAUGGACCCACACUUAUUUGUGUUUUUUCUUUUCUUUUUUCUUAGAGUCUGCUGGUCAACCAUGUAUGAAGACAGGGAGGAAAAGGGUAAAACAGUUAUUUGACGAAGACUCUUUACCUUGGCACCAUAAGGGCAGUACAUGUCGCAUUCCUGUUUUGAAGUGUAAGAGAGUUGAUUUACUUUUAGAAUGCCAUGAUCUUAAAACUUUCUUUCUAUGCUAUUUAUCUGAGUUAUCAUCCAUUAAAGUUGCUUUAUUAUUCUGCACAGCUACUUUACACAAGAGAGCUUUUGAAAAAGAAAUGAGUGUAUAUUAGAUUCAUGGCCCGAAGGAGCAGACUUUCUAUUCAACCUUUUACAACAUCAGCGGAAAGAAUUUCUGAUAUCGGAGUUGUAAGGAUCCAUUCAGGGUCAUUCCUCCAUCGUCUGAAUGUGAGAGUCAGUCUGUCACAUCCUCUGCUGCUUUUGUUGGGAUGAAGGAAGGAGAAAUCAUUUCAGGUAUGAAUUGAAUCCAGUGCAUUAGGACCGUCCUUGUUUUGAUCCCUGACUGAAAGAAGGACUGAUCGAGUUUUAUUGCUUUUGAGUUUUAUAGUUUUGUAUUUUUGUAAAGACAGGAAAAAAAAAACUCAGGUAAUCCUGGCCAUGAAAUCACUCCACCAAACCUGUGAUGUAGUGUGUGAUUUUAUUAAAACACUCAUAUCCUUUGACUUUCUCGUUUGUCAAUUCUUUCUUUCCUAUAUCUACUGCUUUAUUUGACUGCAUCUGUAUUUUUCUUUAAAUGUAAAUGCCUUUUCCUUUGUCUAAUUUAACCUCUAUGACAUGCUAU